AUGAUUGGAAUUAGCAGGAGAGGUAGGUGGACUAGAGACUAUUUACUAUUUAUGCAAAUAGCAACUAUCUUAAUUAGUAGUGCAAUAGGCAGAAGAGCCUUACCAUGACAUGUUCCUUUGGGGUAUGCUGAACUGAAGAAGACAUGUUGCUCAGAUUGCACAGGGAAGCUCCCGGUUGCGGAGUUACCUGGUAUAGGACUUGACAAGGAGCAAGAAUUUUGUUAGGCCCAUUAGUUGAACGGUACUGUGAAUAUUCCGCUUAUUGAUUGCAUAGGGAGCUACUAUUUGAACACUUCUUUGUAUGAUUGAAGUCGGAAGAGUCUGACUCCUGAUUGCCUCACUUUUGCAAUGCUAGAACAGUGAAGGGUAUGGCUAACAUCCUAAACAAUAGCUAGCAAUGAUACUGACCACAGCAAACAUAGUCUCUCAUUGCAUGGAUUUUGGGUUCCCGUUACAGCAUUUAUACAUGGGUAGCCUAGGCAUGAAAUAAAUAAAUAAAUAAAUAAAUAAAUAAAUAAAUUACUGUGAGUUUUGAUCAAUCAUAAAUAACGUAGGAAGGGUGAAAGUGUUUGUUAUAGUGAAUAGAAUUUGUCUUAGUACUGGAGGAGGAUAGUGUUGCCUAACUUUUUCUCUAUUUGCAUGUUGUUGUUCUGUAUCCAUCUAACAGAACUGGGCCAGGCUUGAUGAUCUGGUCCGUAAUUAGAAAUUCUCUUUCAUAGAUCCAUUGUUUUAUUUAAUGCUGUUGCUGUUCCCAUCUUAUGUCCAUGCCAGUGGCUGUAAAAACACAUUCAUUGUACCUCUUCAGAAACAUUUACAAUAAUAAUAAUAAUAAUAAGUAUAGAACAAUCUUUUCACAGAAUCAUUGGUUUAGGAGAUGCCAUUAUCAUUUUAUAAAUUUAUCAUAUUGCACAGGAAGUGGAUGCCAUCACAUUUGAACUUAAUUAACCUGUAGAUCUGUUUAAAGUGUUAGAGAGGGAAAAAAUGCAUUCAUUAUUACUGUGGUUCAGUGAGGCAUUCACAAUGUAUGCACAAAGCAUCUGUAUAGAUUCCUAAUAAACACUUUGAAUUUCUAUGCAUUAUGAGUAAGAAAAGAAUGAGUCUAUGCCAUUGGUAUAUAUGAAAUGACAUGAUACAUAUAUUUGGGCUCCAAUCCUAUACCUACUUGCUGGGUGAUAACCCCCAUUGAACUCAAUGACUGGGAUCCAGUUGAUGCCCUUAUGCCUCUGACAGAAAAAGAGGGGAGGCAUAUUUUACUGAUUCCCCCUCAAGCCUGCAUCUUCUGAAAACCAACAUCAAAUAAUUGGGUGACUCUCCAUAAGGGGGUGACAUAGGGGAGGGGGAAAGACAAAAUGACAAUACUCCCCUCCCCUUUCUGCAGUAGACAUUUCUGUUGGAUCAAAAGGCCACCCCUUCCACGAGUGCAGCGGGAAAUAUUGCUGCGUAGACAUGUUUAAGUUUGUUCUGUUAAUCUUAGCUGCUUUGAUUUUCUGUUAAUCAUAGCUGCUUUGCUUUUCUGAUCUCCUGUUUGCUUGAAGAGUAUUUUUUUAAAGUAAAUUAAUUAUAUGUAGAUAUGCCUGAUUUACAAAAUAUCAAAUAUAUAUGGGAUCAGCAGACCACUUUAUUGCACUAUUGCAAUAUAGUGUCUUCUAAAUUUAAAAAGCAAUUGAAGAGGAAUUAAAAGGGAAUUGGCUUCAAUAGGAGUGGGUGUGUGCCACUGAUGUCCCCAUAAUGUCCUCGAGUUGUACUACAACAGGUCAUUUGCAGGGGAGGGUCAGAUUUGGCUGCCGAGAGCAGCUCUGUCACUCCCAUGGUUGGCAGAGUUAGAAUAAAGAAAGGGGGAGGGAAUGGGAAGGACCACUGCACCACCACCACCAAGGAUUAGCCCCCUGAAAUUUAUUUUAAAGAAUUUUAACCCUUACCCUUCAAGUCAUACCUAUUUUCAGGAGAAUGAUUUUUGGCCCCUCCUAAAAUUUGAGCCAAAUGUUCUCAUUUGUGAACUUUGGUUCAGCCCCAGAAAUUACAUUUUUCUUGGUUGAUUCAAUAAAAGCACAAAAGUGGGGAGUGGGGAGGAGAUAAAACCUUGGGUGAGGUUGUGUGUUUUGUGUGAGAGCCUGGAGAAAGGAGGCUGAGUAUUAUAGGUUGUUGGGCUAUUGAGUUGUAAAUUAAUUAAAAGCAAGCAGCUCAGUGGAAUUAGGGAACUGUUUAGACUUUGUUGUUCUCUGUGGAAAGCUGACCUAAGGCAUUCUAUGAUGAAACAGGACUCAAUCCCCUUGGGGACAUUAGCAUAUUACUAGGUAGACCGGGUGAAGGCACUGACCUGGUGGUCUGAGAACAUAUUUUUGCAAUGUUAAUUAGUGAUAAGGGCUUAUUGGCUGUCAGGCAAUUCAGCAAACAACAAAGAAAGGAGCUGGUCUUCUAAUGGUUAGGACUUGUGCUGACAAAUGACUUUGCUAUUUGUUAUUGUGUUUGUUGCCUCAUUACACAACACUUAAGCAGGUAUGUCAAGAGGCAGUGUCUUAAUAAGACCUUAGGAGACCCAACUGCUUCCUCUUCAGGAAGCCUGCCAUUUUGCACCUUUGACCAGCAGAGGGAUGCCUGCCUCACCCCCUGCAGACUGACUGGUUGAGAGCCCACAUUGGCUCAAUCUGCCAGGGGAGCGGGGCUAUAACGAGACCUGGGCUGACGAGGUCUCCCUUUUCGGGGGAAUGGCUUUGGAGGGAGGCACGGGCAAGGGCCGCCCCCAUAACAUCAUAUUCCCUGGGGAUAGCCUUGCUCUAAUUGUUUAAAAUGUUUAAAGUUGUUUUAACUGCUUUUUAAUGUGUGUGCGUGUUUUAAUUUGGGGGGGGGGGUUGCCUUUAAUUAAGAGAGGUAAGAUGUGCCUUGGAAGAGGGGAGCUGGGGAGAGCAGUGGAGGACUCCACUUGCAAUGGUACUGAGCAAUGGGAGGUAUGGAGUGGGGCAGGCCUUGUAAGGGGCGCACGGCCAACCAGAUGCCUGUGUGAAACCCACAAGCAGGACCUGAGCACAAGAACACCCUCCCCUCCUGUGGUUUACAGCAAGUGAUAUUCAGAAGCAUAUUGCCUCUGACCACGGCAGCACAGCAUAGUUAUGGUACUAAAAGAUAAAGGGACCCCUGACCAUUAGGUCCAGUCGUGACCGACUCUGGGGUUGUGGCGCUCAUCUCGCUUUAUUGGUCGAGGGAGCCGGUGUACAUUUUCCGGGUCAUGUGGCCAGCAUGACUAAGCCACUUCUGGCAAACCAGAGCAGCGCACGGAAACGCCGUUUACUUUCCCACCAGAGUGGUACCUAUUUAUCUACUUGCACUUACAUGUGCUUUUGAACUGCUAGGUUGGCAGGAGCAGGGACCGAGAAACGGGAGCUCACACCGUCACGGGGAUUCGAACCGCCGACCUUCUGAUCAGCAAGUCCUAGGCUCUGUGGUUUAACCCACAGCGCCACCCGCGUCCCUUCAGUUAUGGUACUAGCUACCGAUAAAAUUAUCUUCUGAGAAUUUGUCUAACCCUUUCUUAGAAACCCAUCUAAAUUAGUGGCUGUCACUCCCUACUACGAGUUUAGCUACCGGUAUGUUCUGCAUGUUGAAGAACUGGAUCUUUCAACAUACAGCUUCGCAUGAGUUCUAGUGUCAUGAGAGAGGGAGGAGGAAAAAAUCAUGUAUCCACUUUCUCUAUGCCAUGCAUCAUUUUAUAAACUUCUGUCACGUCAACUCUUACCUUUCCUCUAAACCAAAAAGCCAUUCAUGCUGAAAUCCUUCCUCACAGGAGAAUUGUUCCAUACCCUUGAUUGUUUUCAUUGCCCUUUUCAGAAUCUUUUCCAACUCAAGAAUAUCCUUUUUGAUAUGCGACGACCAGAACUGUACACAUUAUUCCAAAUGCAGUUGCACCAUAGAUUUGUAUAAUUGCAUGAUGAUAGAGGUAGUUUUAUUUUCAGUUCCUUUACUAAUGAUCCCAAGUAUGGAAUUUGCCUUUUUCACAGCUGUCAGUUGUCAAUUAUUCAUAUUUAGAAUUCCUGUGUGAACCCUUCAAUAACAUACUCAUGAUCCUGUGUUUUCUGAUUGAAAAUAAUGAGCUUUUUUCAAGAGAAAAUAUUAAUUCAAUUUACCUAUUUUAUUAAUGUUUAUUUAAUGCAUGCAUUAUUUAAUUACAUCCCGCUUUUUGACCAUAUGAUCUCUAAGGCAAUUUAUAACAAUCAAUUAAUUUUUUAAAAAUAUCUUAGACAAUUACCUAAAACAGAACAUAUAUAACUUAUACAAAGCAGACCACAGUAAGAGAACAAUGGGUUUUAUCCAACAAAAUCAUCCCAUUAGUGCAAUAACUUUUUUCCAGGACGUAUUUGCUUAAAUACUUCCUGGUUCCUCCAGCCUUUCCUAGGAGAUUUGAGGGGCAUGAGGUAUGAGGAUAGGAGAGUGAAAGGAAGUCCCAUUACAAAGGCAGAAGUCCACAUUAACAUGACAAUCUCCCAAAUGAACAGACAGGUAAAAAUAUGCGCUGCCAUACAAGAUGCAACAGUCCAUAUGAGAAAGACAUAUUUCCCCAUACAUGUAAAUUAUGCAACAAUACCUACUAGUAUUGACCUACGGUCAUUCCAGGAUAGCAAAAUCCACUUCCUUCACAUGUGUGUUCUGGACACUUUUUUAUUCUCCUAGGCUUUUAAAAAUGUUUGGGCUUUUUAAUAAGAACUAAGAAAUUAGUCCUAAGCCUGUGAUCCUAUGCACAUUUACCAGUGAACUCAAUUGUUCUUACUUAAAGUGUAUGUAUGUAUAAGUAUGUGCUGUAAAGGACUUUUACACUGUGGUUUUGAGGUGUGUGUUUUUUUUAAAAAAAUACUGCUUUUAACUGCAUUUGGUUGCAUUUUUGUAUUGAUAGAGUUUUAUCAUUUUAUUUAUAAACUGCCAGGAAACCUGAUCUUGAAGAGUGUGGUAGAAAUUAUUUAGUAAGAUAAAUAAAUACAUGGUGAGAAAGUAGGUGCCUGAGUCAUAGUUUUGGUGGUGAACUUAUUUGAUUGUCUGGAUUUGCCUUAAUAAAGAGUUCCCCUUUCAAAAAAACGAAAAAGCAACAGCAGUAGACAUGUCCUCUAAAGUCUCUGCUCUUUCUUGCUUUCCCCCUUAGCAGCCAUUUUACAAGCACAAGUUGUCAUAGGUUGCUGGGACUGGUCUCAUAACUCCCAGGAAAUACGUCUGGAGUCAUUGAUAGUGCUGGCCUGCUCUGUGUUUUUAAAAGGCAACUUGCAUGAUGAUUCUGUAUAAUAUACCAGCUUUUGAGCCGCACUUGUCCAGUUACAAUGAUUUUCAACAGAGAAUGGGACUAUUUAUUUAUUUAAAGUUUUAUUUUUAUUGAGUAUAGAUUGUACAUAUACAUAUAUUCUUGAGGAAUUACAAAAUAAUCCCUUAAAUUAAUACAUUAUACAUCUACCCAUACAAAUCUUUUCCCACCCGUUGACUUCCUACCACCUCACUGCAGCUUUCCUUUUGCAAUUUUUUCCUUACUGUGUUAUUUGCUCUUCAUUUUGUUUUAAGUCUCCCAAUUCUUUCUCUUUCAAUAAUACUCUUUACAAGAUUUAGUCAAAACAUAACCAGGAUAUAGUUUGAAAACAAUGUGGUUUUUUCAUGUAAUCUCUUACACACAGCCAAUCUUUUGGGGCUUUUUGAGUGGGUUGACUAUAUUUUAGUGCUGGAGCUAGGGGGUGAACCUCCACUUGUGCUGAGAGCCUGGUACCCAGUGUUAUAAUAUAAUGCCUUUCUUCUAGACAUAAUAGACAAAUUUGGUCCCUUAGAGUUCCUGGAAUAGUUUUGAUUCUGAACAAAAAAACCAUCAAAACUGUUUCCAGAACUCUAAGGUAUGGUAUUUUGCUUUGUAUUUCUAGCUGUGGUGUUGCUCAUACAGCAUCAUGCAUUGCGCUUAAUUAAACAGUAUUACUUUCUAAUUGUUAUUUAUCUUAAUUAUUAUUAAUAGGGUGACAGAGAAUUGUAAAAAAAAAAGAGGCUUUAGGUAUUUGACAAAUCUUUGCCAUUUUUAACACUGUAACGUUAUAGAACUGUCAUUGUUCAUAGGUCUUAUUUUAAUACAUUGGAUGGGUGGUAUUGUUUUUUGCUAUUUGGCUAUGUAUUUUGUGGGUUUUUUGGUGUGUUUAUGUUGUAAACUGCUUUGUGAUCUUCGGAUGAAGGGUGGUAUAUCAAAUAAAUAAAUCCAACCACCCACAUGAUAUUAUUUAUUGUUCAUUAAAAAUGCUUAGGUGCAGAGAGAGGCAUUUUUAAAAAUAAAAUAAUAUAUUAAAAACAUGUUACUUCAUAAAUAACUAAGACAUCAUAUGGGAAUCUAUUUUUAUAUGAAAGUUGUUAUAUUAGUAAAGAAGUGUUUUUCCUUAAUGAUAAACAUUAUCUUUACAGAUCGGAAGCUAUGGUGGGCAGACCAAAACUUAGGCCAGCUGGGCACCUGCAAUAAGAAAGAUGGACGAAAUCCCACAGUUCUGCGGAACAAAACUGCAGGAGUUGUACAUAUGAAGGUGUAUGAUAAAGCAGCACAACAAGGUAAACUGUAUUUUCUAUGAUUAUGAUCAGUUGAAUGGUUUGCUCCAGUGAUCAGUGAGCAGAACUCCAUUCUUCUCUCACAAAAAGAAUCAAAGAAGUUAUUUUCACCAGUUAUUCUUUCCUGCUAUUAUUUCCUUGUGUCCCCUGAAUUUUUUUCUCCAAAGGGUUCAGAAGCCUUCUGGAGCAGCCUAAGAGGUGGGGCAGAGAGUGCAGGAGAAUCAAUAAAUACUGUGUCUCCUCUUCACUGAAUCGAAUCCCUAUCCAUUGAAUGGCAGAAGUACUUUCAUUGAAGGAAGCUCAACUUAGGACAUCUGCUGUUGAUGAUAGAUCAGUUGUAUUAGUACCAAAUAAAUGGAAUAUAACUAUUUCCAUACUAGUAUUUGUAACCCGAACCACUAAUGAAAAGGAGGAGACACCACACAUUGCUUGGGUUUAAUAAAGGCAACAUCAUAACUUUACAUCAACUUUGAAUUUAAUAAAAGCAAAAACUUCAUUUAGCAUCAAUUAUCUGCAGAUAAGGCCUCAAUAAGAACUCCUGUCUGUUCUUCAUUGAGCCUGUUGCCCUUGAAUGGAAGGUCUAAAGGACCCCAACUCCUUUAUUUUGUAGUGAGGUCUAACGUUUCUCCUCUUUUUUUUCCAUUUUACUAACAUUGUAACUGUGACGUUGCCUAAUUCACCAGCCGGAUUUCAUGUACUACAAGCAGUUCCUUCCAGCUCUAAAAUUUUAUCAUUCUGGUUCCCGGUACCUGUCUGCCUUAAUGGAGGUAGCCUCCACGAGACCGCGGGGAUAGAAGGCGAAGCAAAAAAAAGAAUGAUAGAGGGUCAAUCAUUCUUGGAAAUUCCUCUCAGGGAAGGGAGGAACAGGCUUCACUCACAGUUCUCACUCUGGCAUGGAAUGAAGGCAGCAGGAAGGCUCUGAGUGCAAAAAGCACUUUGCCUGGCAAAACCCUCCUAUGCCGCCAUUAAGAAGCAGAAGUUCUCCUGUUAAAUUGGAUUUCUAACUGGCUUUAAAGUCAGGCACACUCCAAGAGAAGCUGUUGUCAUCAGAACUGUGGAAUUACCCAGCUGCAUUGAUCUGAGGUUUGGAACUGAGAAAAUAUUUUAUUUGGUGAGGGCGAUGGAUGGCAAAGAGAGCCUCCGGUUUCCUGUUUACUUUUGAGUUUCUUUAUGAAUGAUUUGGCAACCCUCUCCAGAUGCAAAAUCUUAAAGAUAUAAAAUGAAGUUGGUCUGCAAUAUGGAAUAAAGUCUGUGAUUAAAACAACAGUUAUCUGCAUGUGGUUUAAAGAGAUAGAAGGAGGGGAGAGCUCUACUGCUGGAAUGGAUUAUCUUGGGAAACUAGAGCAGAUACCACCUCUACCACCCUUAAAAACAACAGAGAAGAGAUAUAACUCAAGUGGACUUUGCCCAAAAUGCAGUCGUAAAGAUUUGGGGCAGCAGAUGAGGGAGGCAUGGAGACACUGAUGGUGAUUAAUUAAAAUGAAGUACUUCAAGAUGUCCUGUGGUGGAAGUUGGAUGCCUCUUUCUCAGGCUGUGGAAACUUCAACACUCUUGACUGAGUAGCGAGAAAGAGUGGACUGUUGGAGUAUGUUGUUUUUCCAGAAACAUUGAGCAAGAUGAGAGCACGAUGGGAGGGAGCUAAUGAGAUAUUCUGAGAAUUCUCCAAGAUUAGAGCCCCACCCCAGCUACGCUGAGAGACAACAGCAAUUGGAGGAAUUUCAAGAGUGGGACAGCGGGCAAAGGCCAAGGACUUUAUAACUGGAUAUAUUCAGACUUGACACAUGCAGAGAAAAGGAAAAUAAUUAGAGCACCUCUUUUGAAAUCCUAUGAAAAGUUAGAUAAUGUAAUAACACGAAUAGUAUUCACUUAAAAUGCAGCUGUUACCUUAACGAUUAAUAUACCAACUGAAAUGUAAUUAGAAGUUAAUAAAAAAAAAACAUGAAACACAGCAAUAUAAGAACUGGACAAAAAUAAUUGAUCAAGGAGCACGGGAAACCACUUUGAUUAAAUUGUAUAAAUAUAGAAUUAAUUGGAAUUAUUUUGAUCUGCAUAAUUGGCAAAAGUGUGGUAAUAUUGGGUAAUUAUUGGCCGCUCACCCACUCUGGCGCAGUUGGCCCCAGAGUGUCAAAGAAAUAUUGGGUAAUUAUUGGAAAACCAAUAUUUCUUUAUAAAAAAAAUGAAGGGGGGAAAUUCUAUAAUUCUAUGAGUCUGAUACCCCAACUAUAACAAUAUUGUAGAUAUUGCAUUUCAGUAUUGAUGCAGAGAUAGGGACUUUUCAUUCUGCCUGCUCCCUCUACCCCUUGAGCUUGCAACAAGAGAGUCCUGCAGCUGGCCCACCCUGUUAGGAUCGUCCUACUCUUGUGUAGGACCCUGGCAGAGACACAUGCCCAACCAGCAUGUUCUCUCCCUCCUGGUUGAUCGUUCGGGAGCUUCAAAAGCUUUCUUCAGCUCGAACAUCACAGCAACUGAUACCAAUAAGCAUCAGCACACUUAGGGAUCCGCAGAGUAUUCGCAGUUUGUGUAACAGAACUCAGCAGCACAGCAUUUUGGCUAAUCUAAUUUAUUUACAUAUAAUAUACUCAGAGUAUUCUGCUUUAGCUCCUUCCUCUUUCUCAUCAGACCGCAGAGAGAAAGAAAAAAGGACAAUAGCCCCACUUCACAGAACACAUUAACAUAAACUUCCUGUCUCCAUCACUUCCCACACUGUGAAAUGAAAACAUACACCGUCAUGUGAUAGACAACAAUCUCAUGACUGCAACCACAGGUAAAGAAUCCUAUCACACCCAUCUUGCCUAUUCUCCAGGAGGCUGGUUAAAAGACCACUUACCCACCCACAAAACAGAGGGAAGGGAAAGAGCAAAAACCUUACAACAUAUAUAGCUAAUGCCUUCACUACAAUCUAGUACACAGUUAUGCACAUUUAAAUUUCAUUGAAAUCUAUGGGGCUUAAGUGUACUCUGCCCUGGGUGGCAGCUUUCAUUACUAGAAUACAAACUUCUUGACAUAUAAUUAGAGUUAAAGGGAGGGGAAUGCCAAAUAGUUUGGAAAGUGGCCAUGUGAUAAAAAUAUUUUAUUAGAGAAGGUUUUGAUAAUUUUUCUCUGCAAAAUAUUGAAAACCUCAUGGUUUGAAGACUUUAAAAGUACAUACAUUUGAAAUACAGUGGUACCUCGGGUUACAUACACUUCAGGUUACAGACUCUGCUAACCAAGAAAUAGUACCUCGGGUUAAGAAUUUUGCUUCAGGAUGAGAACAGAAAUCGUGCUCCGGCAGCACGGCAGCAGCGGGAGGCCCCAUUAGCUAAAGUGGUGCUUCAGGUUAAGAACAGUUUCAGGUUAAGAACGGACCUCCAGAACGAAUUAAGUUCUUAACCCGAGCUACCACUGUACAAUUAUGAUUGACUGAAAAUAGAAAACUAACAUUUCAUAAUUAAAUAAAUUUGAUGAUUAUUUUGCCACUGCAAUAUUUUCACAAAAAUUGUAACCCUACUCUUCUUAAUUGAAAUACUAUAUAAAUAUGUUUAAAAUUCAUGGUCAUAGUCCUACUUGCUACUUCGAAGCGCGUUUCUCUGGCCCCCCAAUUGCCAGUGCUGGAGGCUCAGUCUGGGUCAAGAUCCUAGAGUGGUGCAUAAGGUGUUUUAAUUGCUCCACAGUGAUACAAUAAAAUGUUUUUGCAAUGCAAACUGUAGGUGUUGGUAGCCAACCCAGAUUGGAACUCCAAUGGGGGCUAAUGGUUAAAGUGAAUUUUAGGGCACCAAUGUGGAGCAAAGCUUUUACUCUGCUAUUGUCGAACAGAACCUAUACUCAAGGGCAGAAUUAAGCAAUUAAGGUCACAUGUAGUUUAGCCUUUACAUAUUUGUAUUCCACACAUAAUUGUUACAUUGUUUUCUAUUUCAUCCCCCUCCCCAACUCCAUUGUAUUAUAGGUAGCAAUUCAUGUCAACACAAUAAUGGAGGAUGUUCCCAACUUUGCUUACCAACCUCAGAAUCAACCCGGACAUGCUUGUGUACUGUAGGCUAUAACCUUCGGAAAAACCGUAUGUCAUGUCAAGGUACAGCUUCACUAUUACCAAAAUAAAAUAAAAUAAAAUAAAAUAAAAUAAAAUAAUAAUGCAUAGUAAAGGAAAUAAAUAAAAAGCACUGGAGUAAUUUUCAACUGCUUCAUAGUUGGGAAAUAAAAUGACUAUUGUUACUCUGGAUCCUUCCGAGUGUAUUUUUGGUAUGUUAUUGCUAUUACAGGUUUUCCUAUACUAUAUAGAAUUUACAAAAUUAACUAAUACGGGAUUUGUUGUAAUUCCAAUCUCUGCAUUUUGAUGUUGAUAACAGAAAGCUAGUUCUUGCAGUUUCAGAAUUAGUGAUUUCGGAGCCUUCUGACAUGUUGCUUCUAACAAACAAAUGGAAAUAUGCAAAAGGCCCAAAGAAAUUGUAACCAUUGAUUUCACUCUCUCUUUGUGCGUUUUCAAACUUUUCCAUCAGCAAUAUAUCAGUGUGUUAGUAAGUUGUACACAUGCCCUGAAAUAAUUGCUUGAAACAGCACUUUUAAAUUAUGUUCUUGGGAACACUAGGUUUCCGUGGAAGCUUAUUAGGGGGUUCUUUAUAAGAAAGGACAUGGUUUCUUGAAAGACAGCUUGUCUGCUAUUAUUGAUGUUCCUCUUUAAUGUUUGAUUCAUUCUCGGUUCACAUAAUCCUCUACAAGGCAAGAAAGUUAAUGUGGGAAAUGUUCUCUGAGUUUAGAAAGUUUGAAAACCAUUGGCUCAAAGUAAUCAAUAUUUGUAGACGUUUCACAGGGCAAACCAUACAAACCAUCCAAUGUUCCAGGAGUUUCCUUGAAAAUCAAGCUUUUAUUUUAUUUUAUUUUUUAGAAAGAAACCAUAUAUCCUUUUAAUUUUUGCAGAUAUAAGGGUAAACGUGAAGGCAAUAUUCUGCCCAAGUGCUUAGUAAGAGUAAAAUUCCUCACACCUUGCCGUUUUCUGUUUAAAGCCAUGUGGAAAUGGCCUCUCAAAAUGGGGAAAAUGUCAGCCACCACAGGGGUUUCUUUAGGGGUGUGUGGAAAUUAACAUUUUAGAAAUGUUGUAAAAAAAAGUUGUUUUUUUGUUUUGUUUUUGGCUCAGCUUUAGUUUUGUCCAAUGAAUGCAAAGGGACUGGAGUAAUUGAAUUAUAGUGCUAUUUAGAAGUAGCUCACCAGCUGGGGUGUAGCCCCUAUGCUAGGUUCCCAGCAAGUCAGUCACUUAUCAUGAGGGAGAAGGGAAGGGUUGAGGGGCCAGGGAGGUGGUCAUGGUGCAAAUGAACUGGGAGAAGCACCAGAUUGGUUCCAAAGGAAACCAUUUGCCUCAGACUUAUUCCUAGGUAAAUGGAUAUAGAAUUGUAGCAUUAGGUGCUUAUUUUUUCAUACAACUUUUUUGUAUGAACUUUUGUGUUCCAUUUAUAUGUUCUACCAUUAAUCAGAUAAGAUCCUAAAAACAGCUAUUAGGCUAUUAAUGAGGUUUGAUGUUGAUUCCUCUUUCCCUUCCAAUGUCCCUUGAAGUCCCCAUCAUCCACCCCGGUUGCUGAUAUUCAUAAUGGUUUUAAUCUUUACUGUUUCUGUGCAUGUGUGUUUUCUUUAGGCAUAGAAUCAUUCCUGAUGUAUUCUGUUCAUGAAGGAAUCAGAGGAGUUCCUCUUGAUCCAAAUGAUAAGACAGAUGCAUUAAUGCCUAUAUCAGGAGCCUCAUUUGCUGUGGGCAUAGAUUUUCAUGCAGGUGAAUGCAAAUAUUUAUCUUUAUUUUACACAUAUUUUAACAUCUUGAGCAGUUACAAAAUAUUGUCACCAUAAUCUUUUUUGGAAGUGACAUGUGAAUUCGAGGAGGGAGCAGAAGUCCUGAAUCUUUGAUGCAACUGAACACGAAACCUUUUAUCAGAGUUGAUCUAUACUUGCCAACCUAGAUUACUAACUAAACAUACUAACUAAACAUUUGAAAGACGAAUGUUAGAAGGGACAAGGGAAGGCAAGUGUGUAUAAAAACUUACUACAGCAGUGGCUCAUGGGGGUGGAGGUGUGUCAUUUCUAUGGGUGUAAUGCCACUAACCCAGUGCCCCCAAUCCCAAUGAGAGCAACACCGCCUGGAGGACCAAACUUAUACAACAUCAUAUCUUCUCAUUUGAUAAACAGCUCAACCUUUGAUGAACAGUAAAGAUGGAAACCUAUUCUUUUCUUGCUCACAGAAGAGGCGAACUGUCAUGUGUAUUCACACUUCUGUCAAUAAGACGGCUCAUGAAGUACACUGCUUAUGUGUACCAACAUCCCCCCCCCAGUCUUGCAGAGUUACAUAAAUCACAGCAGCUAUGUACACAUCCCCAAGAUGGAGGACUGUUUCUCAUCAAUGACAUCUCCAUGCACUUGAGGUGCUAAGAAGAGGCCACCAUUAGAAUGAGCCCGUCCCACAAGAUCUUGUUUUAAGUUGAUUAAUGACAUUUAUUACAGAUUUAAGGUUGCAUUUUUGAUACUUGCUAAUUUUUAAUAUUUCUUUCGUAGGAAAUGAUACAAUCUACUGGACAGACAUGGGGUUCAACAAAAUAAGCAGAGCUAGAAGGGACCAGACAUGGAAGGAAGACAUCAUUACAAAUGGUUUGGGAAGAGUAGAAGGCAUUGCAGUGGACUGGAUAGCGGGUAACACCAGUUCUUCAUUUUUAAUUCUUUAUCUAGGUUCAUUUAGGUUUUGCUUGACUUUUCCUUUUUUUAUUACCUUUCGUAUGAAAAACAUUAUCAGUCUCAUUUCACAUCCGCCCCCCAGGAACAUUAAAUAGAACAGUACUGUGGCAAUUUAUAUAUAUGAAACAAAUGAUUGUAAAAGUAGAUUAAUAAGAUUGCACAAGAGAAGAGCAAGAGCAUGUUUGCACUUUGUCAUUCCAGUACUGAAGAGAGAAAGACACUCUUUAGUAUGAACCGAUCAUUUUGCUGUCUCUUUCUUUUAGUUUAUAUGCCACCAUAUAAACUAUAUCCAAUCUUUUCAUGCAUAUGAGUGUGGGUUAAUUGUUUUCCGUCUGUUGGCAAUAGCUAAUGUGCUGCCAUUAAUAAAUGUUAUUACCAAUUAUCUGUCAUCUGGUAUUAUCAUGUUAUUUAAAUGGAUGGCUAAGCACAAUCUUAGUUGAUGAGACUGUACAAAGCAGCAUGGCCACCACUGACAUCACAGCCCUGCUAUGUUUGGUGGCCUUGGCAGAAAGUGGAUGGGAGGUAGAUUGCUGCGGCAGCCUAUAGCUCAUGAAGCAGUUGAGCCCAUAUUUGACUUGAUGCUGUGUGUGAUAGCAGUGAAACCAUUUCAAGAACCAACAGCUCCUGGACCAGCUUAGAACCUCCCAUUCCCUGCCACAUUGCUGUUGGUGGGGAUCCUACUGCCCACCCAGGAAAGUGCUACACUGAUCACUCCAUUGUCGUUGGCUGACCGAAGGCUGGCUUAGGUAGCAGAGCUCAGUAGAGGUGCACUUCCAUCCAAUCCACACACAUUGACAGUUUGGAUUGUUCUCCCACAGCAAUUGGUUAUUGAUAUGAUGAUGAUUUUGCAUUUAUCCAUGUCUUCAAGUACUGAAUUGGUGCCCCCCCUCCCUGAAUUUAAUAGUCUGUGGCUAUCAUGUCUUUUUCUUUUCUCCCAACAUUAAAUUCUAACCAUUAUGAUUUGUUCAUAUUAACCUUAUGACCUGAUAAUAAUGCAAAUUCUGAGUGUAUUUUUAUCCCAUUCUCAAACCUCUCUGCUGGGUCAAGCAAAGUUAAUUUGCAAUCAUCUGCAUAUAGUCUUACCCUGCACUUUUAAAAAAUGUUAACCCCUUUUAGUUUUGAACAUAGAUAAACUCUCUGAAAUACUUGAUUGAUAAAGCCAGUGCUUUUUCCCCUAAAAAAAUGUUUAGGGGGUACUCUCAUUUUCCUACUCAUAUUGAAAUACUGCCCCUCAAUGAGGCCAAACUUAAGAUUCACAAAAUAUUUAGGGCUGUGCAUACCCCUGUGUCCCCCCAGAAAAAAGCACUUGAUAAAGUAAAUACUAACAGAGAUAGGGAAGCUCUGAUACAUCCUCUAUAAAGAUGGAGAGUAUCAGAACCCAUCCCUUGAUACUGUAACAAAUGCCAGGGAGGUGGGAUAGAUCUAUUUAAUCCAUUUGAUAAAUUUCUCUCCAAAGCUAAAUUUAACGUCUGAUAUAAAUAACUCCAUUCAAUGCUAUCAAAUGCUUUUUAAAACAACAAUGAUACUAAUCAUGAUUUCAAAUCAUGUUUACUUUGUAACCAUGGGGAAAAUAGUAGGUUAGCUAUGCUUGCUUUCAGUUUCCUUUCCAAUAUUCAGUGGGAUGGAUGCAAGCAUAGGGCUGGAAGGACUCAGGGUCCCUUCCAACUCUACAUUUCCAUGAAUCUAUGACUCCUUCCACUCAUGGAAAAGGCAUCAGUCCAAUGAAAGUGGGGUAAGAGACCCAUAAUAUUCCUUCCCCCUGCAGCCUCCAACACUACCUUCCAUGUUGUUCUAGAGAAUGCUCAAUCCUCCAGACCAGCUUUUCAGGGGACAAAGCGGGCUGCUGGAGGAGCGAUGAGUCUGUGAAAAUCACCUACUCCGCUCAUGGGGAGUCUAGAUCUAGCCACAUUAUUUUUGUUUGUUUUUAUUCUGGAUGUAUUUGUUUUAUUAACUCAGUAAGAACCUCUGAUGUACUCUGUUUGGGGGGGGGGUAGAUUGUUGUUCCUUGUGGCCUUUCCCUGAAGAUUUAUUUUAAACAUCCUCUUAGCAUUGUUAGGUAUGAAUUUGUAACAAGUAUACUAUAGUAUCAUUUGACCAUUACAAAUACGAUAUAACUGUUGAUUUUGUUUAUUAAUAAGUAAUAAGUCAGGCAUAAAACUUACAUCAAUAGCCAUGUUAGUAUAAGCAUUCUUAAAGGCUUAUAUCACCAUAACUGAAUGGUGCUUCCCCCCAUUCCAGGUAAUAUAUAUUGGACAGAUCAUGGCUUCAACUAUAUUGAAGUUUCCAGGCUGAAUGGAUCUUUUCGAUAUGUAGUCAUUUCUCAGGGUCUGGACCAGCCAAGGUCUAUAGCUGUACACCCAGAAAAAGGGUAACUUAAAAAUUUAUAUGCAUGCAUUUGAACCAAAUUAUUGAAAUAGUGGUUAAGUAUUCAUGUUCCCAGUUUAACUCUCAAUUUAGCCCUCAAUUUCUUUUGCAAUCUUAUCAAAAUGUAAUUCUCUCAGCCUUAGUCUCCUAUCAGUAAUGGAAAUGUUUCCCAUGUGGAACAAAGGGCAGCUGUUCAAGAAGUACAAGCCAAAAGCUUACAUAAGUAUAUGGAACUAAUUGUUUAACAAUUUGGAUUUGGGCCAUAGUUCAUAGUCCCCUUUGGGCCAGUGCUGGGAAUCCAGUAUGCAGACCUAUGAUGUGAUGCCAUUAAGGGGUGGGUACUAGCAAAAAUUCUUAAUAAUUUUCAUAUCUCAUGGAGCACAUUUGUGUAUACAGAAGCAUGUGUGAACAAAGUAACAGAUUGCAAGUUAGCAAACUUAGCAAACGAAACCUUUAAUUAAAUAUAUAUAUAUUGUACACCUACCUCUUAAUAUACUAAGUUUAUCAUUCUUGCACAAGGUGCUUCUGUAUGAUUUUUGCCAAUUUUUACCUCCUAUAGUAGCCCCUUAUUCCCUAUCCCACGCCAUUCAUCCAUUAUACCCUCUGACUCUCAGAAACAUAUGUGAGAGAUGCAGUGAACAGGCAGUGAUGAGAACUUUCCCAAACCUUCUAAUGCUCAUAGUACUCAAGAAUUUGCCCCGUGAUCAAUUUCAAUAAACAUAGAUUUUAUCCUAUUUUUUCCCAUGUUAUAGAUAUUUAUUCUGGACAGAAUGGGGACAGGCACCCUGCAUAGGCAAAGCACGUUUAGAUGGAUCAGAGAAGAUGGUUCUUGUUGGCACUGGAAUUACAUGGCCUAAUGGAAUUUCUGUAGACCAUGAGGUUGGUUUUGUGCCUUCUUCCAAAUAGAGUCCAUUUAAUGCUAUGCUAUGCUAAAACAUUUAUACCACAUAACAUUCAUUAUUUUAUUUUCCUAAUAAAAGCUAGGAUAAAAGUAUUUGGAGCUUACCUUUCAAUUGAUCCAUAGGAAAAUAAAUUAUACUGGUGUGAUGCUCGAAUGGACAAGAUAGAAAGAAUCGACCUUGAGAGUGGAAGGAAUCGGGAGAUUGUGCUGUCAGGAAGCAAUGUGGAUAUGUUUUCAGUCGCAGUCUUCGGGGCUUACAUCUACUGGUCUGACAGGUAAUUUAUUUUUCCAUAAGUAUUUGAGUCUCAAAAUGUUAUUUCUGUGCCAGAUGCUUCACCCUUGUAGGAUUAGCCAUUCUUUAGCAAGGUCACUGAAAGGAUCUCACAAAGCUAUGUAAUUUCCAGAGAAAAGGCACUUUUCGAUAUUCAAAGCUAAACCAUAUCAACAUCACAGUCAAAAGUAUGCUUUUUCACCUUCUGCUAGGCCAGAUGUCUCCUGCAUUUUAAUGACUUAAUUUAUUUUAAUUAGUUGAGAUUUGUGGAUCAGAUAUUUCCUUUUUUUAUUUUUUUUGGCAGAGCUCAUGCAAAUGGCUCCAUCAGACGAGGCCACAAAAACGAUGCCACAGAGGCGGUAUCCAUGAGGACAGGUCUUGGAAUAAAUUUGAAGGAAGUGAAAGUCUUCAAUAGAGGACGUGAGAAAGGUAAACUUUUGUUCAACACUUUAAUGUUUGAUUGCACCCUUCUCCCUCUAUCGUCCUUUUUUGUUUUGUUUUUGCAUGAAAAACAAAAUAGCCACUGUAUUUUUGGAAUGGAAUGUUUUCAGAAAUUGCUAAAUAGCAGACUUAAGUAUUUUAUUGAAAUAUUAAAUAAAACAAUAUUCUAAAUGAUGAUCAAAUAAGAUAACCCCCUACUUAAUAAUUAUAAAUAUAGUUGAGGAAAUGAAAAAUAGGAGAAAGUAAUUGUAAAGAUCAUACAAUAUUCAGGCCAAUAUCAUAGAAAAGAACAAUGUGAAAUUAAAAUGUACUAGAUUUUACCACAGUAUGUUUGAAACAAAGUUUAGAAUUAAAGUGAGCCACAUUUCUAUGACAUUGAGUCCCACCUUACUUUGGGACUACAUGGUAAAAUAUAGUAAGUAGGUAAGUAAGUAAAUAAAUAAAUCUAGAAUAUAUAGGAAAUUUCAAUACUUAAUAUGCACCCACCCAAAAUGAAGUUUCUUGUAUGAUAGAAAGUAGAAAAUGGACAUUUUAUAACCAUAUUCUAUAGAUAAGUUCUUUAGAACUUACAUAGCAACAACAAAAAAAAAAUGUUUUCUGCUUUUGUUUUCAAUUUUUUUAUGAAAGAGUGGCAUAUAAAUGUUUUUUAUAAAUAAAUAGAUUAUUCACCUCGGGCAACAAAAUGUCGUGGGGCAGUCCUGACUGUCGUGAUCAAGAAGGCAUAACUUACAUAAACUGAUAUCGGGAUGCAAGGAGCACCCCAUUUCCCAUACUGAGUGAUAAAUUCAGCUUAGAACUAGAGCUGAACUGAAAAUGAUCCUCCAAGUCCAUUAUAAACUUGGUGAAUGCACUCAGGUUUAAACUAGUCUCACCCUAGAAUUGGAAGCACUUGAAAUUAUAGACAAGGAAUCUCCAGUGAACAACAAACAUUUCCACCUGCUUUGCUCCAGCCUCUAACCCUAGGAGCCUUCAUAACGGAGGUGUUUCCAGAAGAAGAGACUUAAUCUGUUAUUAUGGGGUGGUUGGUUUCACCUGUGCUAUCCCACCUCCAGCCUGAGGAAUUUUCAGGACUGAGUUGCUGCUGGGGGCCUUAUGUCUAUAUGUCUUUAAUGAACUGAAUAAAGUCAUGGAUUAGUUGGAUGCAGAGGAAUGGUGGGAAGAACCAGCUGGAGAACCACCAAGGGAAGAGGUCUGAAACCCUGGGGAGUGGUGGUGGGACAACAAUGAGUGGUCAGAGGGAGAAGACUGGGAAGGGGAGAUGUCAGAACCAAAUGAGGUAACAGGACUUAGUAAGCUGGGGGAAUCUAUGGAAGAGAGAAUCAAAGGCAGAAGUCUAAGCAGGGGAGGAGGGAUGCCAAGAGGCAGAGAUGAGUCUCAGGUUGGUGAAGAAUCACAGGUGCCUCCCCCUCCUGCUAUGACAAGCUCCCCUCCCCGCUAGCCUCCCAGAGCCAGAAGAGGCAUGAAACGGGGGGAGGUAACGCUUGCUACUGUCAUAGAGUGAAAUAUUAUGUGUCAUAUGGCUGGAAAGUGUGUGUGUCUGAAUUCAGCAGUGCUUAGUUUAUUUUUUUGGCUUUUAAUAUUGUUAAUAUUGGUUUUUAAUUAUGAAUGCUGUAGUACUUUAUGAAUCCUAUAAAAUAAACCAGUUCUGGGUUGAUGGGAGAUUGCCCAGGACAUUUGAAGAAAAUGCUGGAGGCUGCAGGGUAGAGGGAGAAUUAAUAAAAAAAAUCAUUUGUUCUUGUUCUCCAUUAAUGGAUGAUUCCUGCUGGAUCAAAAGUUCCUGCACUCAUGUAAGAGCAUCAGUUGGAUAAAACCCAUUGUGAUUACAUUUUAUUCUAAUGUUACAAGAAUAUCGUUGUUGUUGUUUAGUCGUUUAGUCGUGUCUGACUCUUCGUGACCCCUUGGACCAGAGUACGCCAGGCUAUGAACACAAAUGUGACGAUUUUGUGUUGAUUUCCCUAUUAGGUCUGGUAACAGAGAACUAUAAUUGUGCAUAUAUACACACAAUACAGUUAAAAUUUCAGGGAUACAAAAGGUCUUGCUUGUCUUUAUUUACUUGUGGUACGUAUAGAUGCAAUGACUCAAUAUGCUACAUCCACUUGAGAUGUCACUUUUUUUUAUAACAAUGAAAACUGUGUGGAAUAUUAUACACAUAAAUAAAAUGAUAUUCUAAGACAUCAGUAUAACAGUUUAUUAAAUAAGUUCCUGAAUUUCCAAUGUAGAUAGUUUUUAAAAAAUAACUAAGAACUUUGUAUCUCCUUAAAGACUAACAUCUUUAUCAUGGUAUGAGCUUUCAUGAUCCUCAGCUCACAUCCUAAAAUAGUGCAAUAAAUCUGUUAGUCUUUAAAUAGGCCACACAAUGCUUUGCUGUUCUUUUCUGCAACAAACUAACAUGGCUAACACUCUAGAAGGUUUAUUAUUUGUAUUUUUAAUUGCUUUGAUAGAUGGUUGAUGCCCACUUCUGUUUAUGUUACCUUCAGAAAUAAAAAUAUUUGCGUGUUUGUGUGUUGUGCCUUAAAAAUUAUAUCUCCCAGCUGAAUUAGUAAGAUUUAAUGCCUGCUUCCUUCAAACGGGCUUUAUGCUUCUUUUGAACAGUUUUAUUCUGGUGAAUGGUGCCUGUGUCUACAACUUGAUUGCACUAGAUGAAAUAAUAAUGGGGGUAAGGGAGAAUAAUGAAGUAACAUGCUAGAAUUUGAUGACUGACAGUUUGAAAAAAUCAUAUCUGAAUGAUAUUAAUACACUUUUCAAAUUUUACUAGGCGACAAAUGGUUAAUGUCUGGGGGGGGGAGGGGUUGUCAGUGAGCCAGGAAGACAAAGGGGAGAAACAGGUGAAAAUAUUUUGAAAUGUUUUCUAUCUCAUUUCAACUAUUUUUUAAAAAAAUAAGUUUUAUUAAGAUAGAAGUAAUUAACACAGGCCUAAAGCUGUAUUGCAUCGGCAUCAUGAUGACCGUUCAAGACGGGAGAAAGCACAGGCAUAAUUUCAUUGUUCACAAAACACCUGUUUUAUCCUUUAACAAGUACUGACCCUCUAAUGUGACCUUCUAGCAGAGAUGCCCGCAUCUUCAUUGUCAGCAAGAUCCUAAAUACUGAUAGCAUUAACUUCAUUUUUAGAUAGUGGGUCUUAAUUGAAUGCAUGGUUUAAAGGGCAUUUAAAAUCAGUGAAGUGAAAAGUAGUUGAAGCCAAAAGUCAGGUUUUCAUUUGCACAGAGUCCCAUUGAGGUCACUCAGGGUGUGUAAAGUUGUUGUAGAGAAAGUAAAAAUAUAACAGGAAUGCCAGUAUUUGUGCCCCCAUGAGGUCAGUUGGUGCUGUUAACAGAGUACUUUGACGUAGCUUCCACAGGCACACUCGGUGGUCUCUUGAGACAGAUGGAGACCAACAACAGAAAGGCAUUACAACAAGCAAAGAUGAUCCAAAAUAUGUAACACUUUUAGAUACAUUUACUGAUUAAGUGGCAUAUACACCCUUCUACAGCAAAUAUUAACCUUUGUAGCCUACUAAAACAUUAAUGAUUGUAAAAUUAUGUCUCCAAAAUAUUUGAUAUUAUUUGCAUGAUUGCAUAAGUCUUUCCAUCUAAAAGAAACAAUUAAGUAUUUCUCGGUUGCUAUACUAUAAUAAGUAGUAUAAACUUUGUAACUGACAUCAGCGUAAGUUAGAUAUGUUAUGCUAGGUAACUAGAAGCUCAUGGCUUGUUUGUGGCAUUUGUUGUGCUAACUGCAGAGAUGGAGAGGAGACCACAGAAAGAUCAUUUUUUGAGAUAGCAUUUUAAUUUGCAAACCACCAUUGCAUGAUUCACUGCACAAUGGGUUUUCUGAAAGAGAGCAACUUCUUGGAGCUGCUAUUCAGAAAAGGAAGGAAUGAUUCAGGCCAACUUACAAAUGCUUUAAAGCUGUGUUUAAAACUUCCAUUUAAAUCAAUGGGGUUCAAAGUGCUUAACAUGGCUGGAUUCUGCCCAAAGGGAAAGGCCCUUCUGUGCAUAUGCUGUACACAUCCAUAGACUUGCACAUAGAGGCUCAAUGGAUUGUGUUCAAUUACCUGCUUGCUUGGCAAGGAAAGAUGUCUCAUGUGUUUAGAUACAUUGGGGACAUGUAGUGUAAUCUACAAAUACACUUUAUUUUGUUGUAAUGACCCUUUUUUACCUCCCUUGCUCCCCCAUACUGCACAGGCAUCUGAUACUUAAGCAAACCCCAGGCAUAUCUUACCGCAAGGCCAAAAGUCAUGGCCAGGGCUUUUGCUCCAGCCCCUCUCAGGCAGGUGCCAUUGCCAUUAUAAUAGAACAACGGAGGUGUUCAUGGUGAGUUCUGCCACCUCUUUUCCUAGGAAAAUAGCACUGGUCAUGGCACUGGAACUAACCCAUGUUUCACUGGGAGAUGUUUAUUCUAGAACAGUUGCAAAAGCUCCCAACAAGGAACAAGAUAUUAUUGAGGCAUCAGAUCAAGGUCUGCAUUUUAAAAUGAGCUUAAAAAAAUAUAUUUGCAAAUGUUUGUAUGUCUCAUGCCAGGCAUAUAUUGGCUUAAAUGUAAUUCUGCAAAGGAUUUAGAAAGUAAGAAAUGUUAGAUUCUUAUGUUAGAUUCUUAUUCCAUUGAUGGUGUGUGAGAAGGUGAACCCAAGAUCUCUGUUUAGACAAAAUUUAAUACCAUGAGCCAUCUGUUUUAGCCAUUUGUUUUGGAAUAAAGGGGCAACAGGGGCCAAAGGUUAUCUGGUAAUUAAGGUGCCUGGUCGAGGCAAAUAUAAGAUAUAUGGCUACUUGUCUGCCAUUUAUGGAUAGAAGGAAAUAUAGCUCUUUGUCUCCCAUAAAAGGUAAUAGGAAAUGGGUGUAUCUUUUAUGAUUGGUUCUAGCAAACAGCCAAUAGGAAUUUCAACCAGGCUGAUUGGACAGAGGCAGCCAAAGGAGGAGCAAGGGGGCUGGGCUGAGGAAAUAUAAGUGCUGGCCAUCAGGGCUGGAGUGGGCAGAGCUUUGGUAACCAUAUACCACUGUGUCUCUCAUUUAUUUGUCUGACAAAUAAAUUAUUAUUUUAAUUUCUCUAUUGCUGCGUUGAAUAUUUCAUUCCAGCUAAGCGUUAACCACAAGCAGGGUGCUACAUUAUCAGGGUAAAUGUCAUGGCAAGAGCUGACAACUUUUGAACUGUUCUGUAGUUGGCCUUAACAGCUAUUUGAUUUGCAGCAAUUUAGUAAUGUGUACUUUUUGUGUCAUGAAAAGCUUCACCUACUAAUUUCUGCAUAUCAGUCUGCUGUGUUACAGAGGCAAGGAAAAGCCAGGCAAUUUUUAUGGCCACAUGGCAACAGAUUAUGGGGCGUGAGAUACUGAAAUCAAAAAUUAGUCUAGCGUUACAGGUGCUCAGCUGCUUUGUGAUUGUGGAAAAGGUUACAUCAGCAGUGGGGAGCACCUCUUGAAUUGUGCCUUUGGUUUCUCUCCUAUUAGCAGUGCACCAAAAUUACUGGAAUGUGUUUACAUGUAAACAAAUGUCUCUAUUGGAAUGAGCAAUAAUUGAUAGACUUCUUUAAAACAGUGAACAGUCAAAUACACACAGAGACACAUAAAAUGUUAAUAGUGAACAUUAGUUCCUUAGAUCAUUUGAAUCAGGAUUGAAUUUGUAAUCAAAUCAUUUUGUUUUCAUUGCCAUUUUUCCCCCCUUUUUGUCUAUGGAAGAAUGCAGAAAAGCAAAAAUUUAAACAUAUAGGGUUAAGUAUGCCUUCUGCAGACAGAAGGACUCCUUCUGUUCAUGGAAGAUUUUAGAUCCAACAAGGAAUCGCAGAGGGAAUGAGGCAAUCUUUUACCAAUUCCUUCUCCCUGCUGUUGUUCUAGGGGGGUCCUCUGACCAUCUGGACCUAAUUUUCAUGGAUGGGGCUGCAUAGGGAUAGGGAAAUCAACCAAAAUCAUCCCCUCAUUCACCAGUGGGAGCAUACCAUUAGAAAAACACCGUUCGUGAGAUUCUUCCAGCAGCAGAAGCAAAUUCAGGAUCCAAGCCAUAAUUAGAAACUGAGCUAACAUCAAAAGUACAAAUUAAAAUUAAUAGUUGAAAUAUGUUUUGACAACUGUGUUAGUAACAGGUUGGACUCCCAACAUGAGGUACUUAAAAGUUGUUACUUUGACAUUUGGUCCUUAAGUUAUUCAUUUUUGCCUGAUUUAACAAAUAUUACAAUGAACAUUUAUAACCAACCAGACCAUUUAAAACAAAAGUCUGUGCUUUUGAUUAUAUUUAUAUAUACUUAAGUAUUUCUAGAUAUAGAAUUUCUAUAUAUUGAUUUAUACUGUUUACAGAUACUUUUGAUUUGUUUGUUUUUUAUGUAUAUAAAAACAACCAAAACCAAACCAGGCCUAUACAUACUUAUUUGUUUUUAAAUUAUAUUGAAAUUAAAGGGACUUGUUUCCAAGUACAUUUGUUUAAAUAAACAUUUCUUAAUAUUUCAUAUAACUCUUCUAAUCCCUCUAAAAUAAUAAAAUAUGACCGUUUAUGAGACAUUUGAACAUUCAUAGCCGAUAUAUAUCUAUAACAGUAACCCUUAGCAAUUGUAGAGAAAUCUCAACAAUUCUUUCAAUCAUUGAUUAAUGACUGUGGUUAAUAAUAGUUCCAGCAGAAAGGUAGAGAGGUCAUUUUCUUGAUUCUGCCUUUCCCACUGUUCUAGAGGAUCCCCCAACCCUCCAUAGCUUAUUUUGGAGGACAAAGUAAGCUGCAAAUGGAAGGGGAAACUGGGGGGGGGGGGUUCCUCUCCGUCCAUUGGUGGCAUAAGAGCCAUUUAAUUUAAUUAAAUAAUAGUUAUAUUACUGUAAAUGCAUGGAUGAAUAACAUUUCUGGUGUGUGAUAUUAGCAUGAUCAAAAUCAUUACGAUAUGGUAAGUUAUAAAAAUCAGAAUUUUUAUUGUUUUCCCUGCAGGAACCAACAUUUGUGCAAAGAACAAUGGUGGAUGUCAGCAACUUUGCCUUUUUCGAGGAAAUAUGCAGAGAACAUGUGCUUGUGCACAUGGCUACCUAGCCGAGGACGGAGUUACAUGCCUGAGACAUGAUGGCUAUUUGCUUUAUUCAGGAAGAACAAUAUUUAAAAGUAUACAUCUUUCGGAUGAAACAAAUUUAAAUUCACCAAUACAACCUUACGAAAAUCCUGAAUAUUUCAAAAAUGUGAUAGCACUGACUUUUGACUACAGCCAAAAAGGAAGACGUACUAACCGAAUCUUCUUCAGUGAUGCACAUUUUGGUAACAUACAACUUAUUAAAGAUGAUUGGUCUGGCAGAAAAGUUGUAGUUGAAAGUAAGUAUACUUAUGCAUGGUUGUUUUUAAAUCCACUUGUCUUUUAGGUAUUUUUACCCCCCCAAAGUGCAUCCAUCUCAUGCCCUAAAUUAUAACUGCAAUAAAUGAAGCUUUGCAGUGCAAUGCUUACUCACUGGGAUGUUAUCUUUUGUACGUAUUUUUAGAUUGCAGCCUUAAUUGGUUUAAUUUGUGGGAUGGCAAAUUUAAGGGUGCACUUUUUUUGCUGUGUUCAUAGCUGCCUAUUCCCAUAAUAGGAAAUGAAAAAGAAAACAUUCCAGCUAGACUUUUCUUGUUAGCAGUGAGUGGUAGCUUUUGUUUAUUAAAUUGUAAUGAUCUUAUAUUUUGUUUAGACUCUCCAAACGCAAUUUGUUGAGUUUUAGAAUACACAAUAUUAGCUUUAAUGGUUAAAUGGCAAGUGAUUAAUUACUGACUUUUAAUUGAUUGGAAGCUGUAAUAAUAAAUUGGGCAUCUAAGUAUUUCUUAAUCUAAAUGUAUUCUCUCAGGUUUUAGGAUAUCAUCUGAUACUGAAGCACUGGUUGCAGCUGAACUUUUUUUAAAAAAAUUAUUUGCCUUUAUUCACAAUUGCUAUUUCAAUAACAUUGAGCACUGGCUUCCAGUUUCAACUUAGUGAUGUUUGCCCCAAAGAAAAACUGACCAUGGUAAAUCCCAAAAUUCUUCUCUGUCUCAGAUUCUAAUCUGAGACAGACUUCAUGCACAAGAUUACAGAGGGCAAUAUUGCUGGAGCUGGCCAGUCUAAUUUCUACAUUUGUUUCAUGAACAGAUUGUAGAAGUGAUAUUAAGCAAAACAGUUAAGCAAAACAUUUUAUCAUAUAUUUCUAUUAGCCUCAGAGGAGAUAUAGUGGUGUAGGCAUAGUGGCUGAGAGAUUUAGAUGUGACUCAGAGUUCUGCCUCUUAGGGGCUUGUAGCAUUGGGGAGGAAAGUGUCAUUGAUGUAAUUCAGGGUUUUAAUCUUAGAGAGGAAAUGAAGAACCUUCCAUGCCUGUUCAUUGCUUUGACUAUUAUAAUUGGGCUCUCCUACUCCAGUUAAGAGAAAACAAAAUUUGUAUCUGGCUGCUGUAUAUUCAAGCAAAUAUCUACAGUAUUUCAUUGAAACACUCUAGAAUAAAAUUGGUGAUAUUGAAGAUACAUUUCCACUUCACAGAAACUUUUACUACUUAAAAAAACACUAUUUAUUGAUGGAUUUUACACAUCCCUAAAAGCAAAUGGUUACCCAAAUCCUACACGUAAUUUAACAUUUUCUUUGCACAGAAACCAAAUUUAUGACUUGUAAGGAGUCUUCCAUUAAACUGGUUUCCAGUUCACUAAAUCAGAUUUACAGCUCACUAGCACCCUAUUCCCUAACAUGUUUUCACCUCACUGGAUACAGAUUUACUACUUAGAAACAACCCAUUAUCUAGUAUGUUUCCAGUUCACUGGAAACAGAUUUACUACUCAUACACAAACCAUUAUCAAACAUAGUUCCAACUCACUGAAUAUUGAUUUAGAAUUCAUAAACAGCCCAUUAUCUGACAAACUUUCAGCUCACUGAACAGAUUUGCAACUCAUAAACAACCCAUUAUCUAACACAUUUCCAGCUCACUGAAAGUAGAUUUACAGUGUAUAAACAACCCAUUAUCUAACAUGUUUCCAGUUCACUGAAAACAGAUUUAAAACUCACAAGGAUAUCAGUCACGAACAAGUUUUAACCACCAUAAAUAAAUAUAAGAAGAGUUUAACUCACCAUAUGUUCGGUCAACUGUCAUGUAUGCUGCAUUCACUUUUUCAAAUUAAAUACCAUAUUGUAAGCAUAGGAUUAAUAUAAUAAAGGGGUGUGUGCUUGUGUAUGUUUAAAAUGUAAGAUCAGCUGCGUUGUCAACUUGUGAUCUCUUGCACAUGAACACUACUAGUGAGAAAAAGAUUGCUCUCCAACAUCGGGAGAGUAAUUUUAGAUGUGAAGCUAUUAUGGUUUUUAGAUGGUUUUUAAAGACUAAAUUAGUGGUUGGUCAGUAAUAAACCUGGUAUUGGUUGUUGUUAUUUUGUUAGAUUAUUUACCUGUAGUGGUGCAUAAGUAACUGUAUAAGAGCAAGUUAAGACUGACAGCAUCUUCUCCUUUUAUGUUUGAAUUAUAUUAGUAAAGUUCUUCAGUCUGAAUGUCCGUAAGAAUGCACUGCAUCCUUUCCAACAUGGAUUAUGCAUGGAGUAGCAUGGGGGUGGGGAUGAGGAGAGAGCUUGCAAAAAUCACAAACCAGGAUAGGAGAAGUGGGAGAUAGGCUUCUAUUAAAAUAUAAUUAUCAUUUUUAAAUGGGGGGGGUUUAUAGGUAGCGGUCAUUUACAUCUUAGAUUGGCGGCAAGGACUUAUCUUUUAUGCCCAUUUAACUCUGUAAGGCACCAUGCAUUAUGAUGGUGCUAAAAAAAAAAUAUUAUUGCUUUAUCACUGAAAAAAUUAACAACAACAAAUAAAUUUAUAUACCACCUUUCAUCUGAGGAUCACAGAGCGGUUUACAGUAUUCUUUUGACUGUCCUAACAAAACUUUAAAAGCUGCUGUUUUAGAAUUGUUUUGCUGAUGGUAACAAUAAGGGAUGCAAAUUGCAUUUUCACUUGUAUUUGGUUUAAAAUUAUGGUGAGUUGGGGCCAGACUUGGGGUUAAUGGCGCUCCACUUGCAAUGAAGGAAAGGGAUGGAGAAAUGGAUUCCCUUGGUUCUCCUUCCCCAUUUUAUUACUUACUAUUCAGCCUUACUAACUUGGGAGUUGACUAACAACACUCCUACAGAUGAUCUCAAUCAUGCAGUUUGGAUAAAUAGGUCCAGGUUGUCCGUAAGGUAACUAGGACCUAAGUUGUUCAGAACUGUGUAAACUGAUACAAGAACCUUGAGCCUGACCUGGUAGUGGAUGGGAAGCCAGUGCAGUAUUUUUUAAAAAUCAGCAACAACAGUGCCGCUGCAUUCUGGACCAGUUGGUUUUCCUGGAUGAGGCCUAAGGAAAGCCGCACACAGAGCGUGUUGCAAUAAACCAGCCUUGAGUUUACCAAAAUAUGUAUUACAGCGGUCAGGCUGUUCAGUAAUGACUGUAGCUGAUGAUGAAGGUGGUAAAAAGGCAUUCCUAGACACAAAGGACAGUUGUACCUCUAGUGACAGAGAUGUGUGCAGGAGUCACCCCCAAGCUACAUAAAGGUAAAGGUAAAGGGACCCCUGGCCGUUAAGUCCAGUCGCGGAUGACUCUGGGGUUGCCGGCGUUUUGUCCGCAGACAGUUUUUCCAGGUCAUGUGGCCAGCAUGACUAAAUCGCUUCUGACGGACCAGAGCAGCGCACGGAAACGCCAUUUAUCUUCCCGCUGGAGUGGUACCUAUUUAUCUACUUGCACUUUGACGUGCUUUCGAACUGCUAGGUUGGCAGGAGCAGGGACUGAGCAACAGGAGCUCACCCCUCAUGGGGAUUCGAACCGCCGACCUUCUGAUCAGCAAGCCCUAGGCUCUGUUGUUUAGACCAAAGCGCCACCCGCGUCCCUAUCUACUCCUACUCCUUAAGAAAGAAGAGGUAACUUGCCUAUUGCCUGGACACGGGGACCACCCAUCCAAAUCUUCCCAUGAUUCAAGCAUAGUUUAUAGGGGGGCCACUCCAAUUCACCACUGCAUUCACACCGGAGUUUUGACAGCCUCUUCUGAUUCAGAUGCUACAGAGAAAUAGAGCUGUGUGUCAUCAAUGCGUUGGUGACACUUUGCUCCAAAACUUCUAAUGGCUGCUCUCAACAGCUUCAUCAGCUUAUUCACUGGACUCCAGUUCCUUUCAACUCCUAUAUCAUGACGUAGUUAUGAAGCCAAUACAUAUCUUUUUUAAAAAAUCUGACAGAGGAAAGGAUUUUAAAGGACUGAGUGAGAAAAGCUAGUAUUAAUUCAGCGCCUAGCGUAUAUAUAUAUCUAUAUAUAUAUGGAAAAUGUUAUUGAUUUGCUUUUGUCAGUUUGUCACAUUUUUCAUAAUAUUAGUGUUCUGAAUUGAAAGGCUGCCUAGACUAUUUGUACAAUAGGAGUUAUAGAAUAAAAGUCAAUUUAUCCCUAACACAAAGUGACUGGCUUUGUAAUAUAUUGCAUAUCUCUCCACUGAGGUUGUUCAUAUGUGUGUUACUGUUCCUUUUAGUUAAGUGGUUCCUAUUUAACUGCCAGACAAAAGCAUCUAGGUUAGCAUUUAUCUUAUUGAAUAUUAAUCAUGAUAUAUAUUUUAGGUUCCCUUAAUAUUUUUAGGCUUCUGUACAAUAACUUUUUCUAUAAUAAAAACUUAAGAUCUAUAUAUCAUUUUUGUAAUUUCACCAUGAGUUGAAUAAAAUAUGAAGUCUGUGACAAUCCAGGAAAAAAGUAUUAAAUGUUUUGUGUUUUUUACUAAUAAGCUCCAUAGAAAUUGCCUAAUAUUUAACUUUCUUUAUGGUGUAUAAAGAGUCCCGCAAAAAGCAUGUGUCAUUAUAGUGUUAAAUCUCUAUCCCGAUGAGUUGGUUGAUGAGUUCAGUAAGUGCCACAUUUUCUAAUUUUACAAAUUGCAUAUGCAUACUUAUUUUAUCAUGCUAAGUAGCAUCUUUCUUUUAAUGUUUGCAAAAAGGAUCUAAUCAGACAAUCAAACAAUCUGUCAGUCAGGAGACAAAUUCUUCAUCCUGCCAAUUUAUUCAUUUUUAUUAUAGCUUAUUAUUACAUGUUGGGGGUGGUGGUAGGCAAUUGGUGGUUUGUUCUUUAUGACUAUCUUAGGAACCCACUGAAAGAGUAAAGAAUUAAUUAGUGCUCUCAUUGUGCCAUUUAUAAUUUGUGUGAACUGUUGAAUCAUAUCCUCAUAUGGUUUAUUGCUUCAAAACACUGCUUUAAUAUCAGUCACCAAAUGGUGACCACCUGUUGUCUGUUACAAAUAUUCUGUAUGAACAGAUUGUCAGAAACCAACCUCAUUCCCAGCAUCUGGGCUAGGAAAGCAACUGACAGACUCUUCCUGAAAAGGUAAAUUGCAAGAACACAAUGAGUGAGCACAGUAAACAAGAAAACAAGCAGUACCGGUAAAUGCAUAAUAUGGUUAAAAUACCUCCAAAAAUGCACUGACCACAACUCAGCUCACAAUAUUCUUUAUGGAUAUACUUUAGGCCAAACACCUAAUUAUGUAUGGCCAUUAUUAGUUCCCAGUUUUAGCAUGUACAGUGGUGAGAGAACAGAUUGUAUUUGUUGCUGAAAUCUGUGCUUUCGUAAUCAUCCACUAGUCUUUUCCACCACCGCCACUGUGCUUUUUUCAUUACCCAAUGGAAAGAUUUAUGUAGGAACUUUUUUUGUGUGGAAAUGAGGAAUGUGCAUCAAGCUCUUCAGCUGCUUUUAGUUCAGCAACCCCCAAUAUUGUUUUUUCCAAAUUCAUGGGGCCAGGGCUGCUAGCCUGCCAUCGUCUGCUCCUUUCUGGCCUCCUCCUACUCCCUUGCCUCCUUUAGUGAAAGGAGAGGCUGCGAAGGAGGAGUUGGUGAUGAUGGGAAAGCUGAGGUGGAGGUGGGAAGUAUUUCUGUUUCGCCUGAAAUGGCAAAACAUCCUGGAUGGGGCGUAAUAGGUUUCAUGUACCUUAUUCACCAUGUCUUAGAGGGCUGAGGUUGGAGGAGGAAUAGCUGUGCCUUCCAUUUUUGUAGGAUAUUUUAAGAAUAGAAUCUUAAGAAGAAGAAACGUAAUACGUUGAAUGAACUUAAAACAUGGGGGAAAUAAUAUUUACAAUCUCUCUGUGUGUGUUUUUCUAGUUUGAACUAACCAGUUGUAAUAGUGUCAAUUGCAAUGGCUGGUGUUUUUUAGUUGUUUGUAUUGUCUACGCACAAGAAAGGAUGUUUCAUGUGAUUUCAUCCGUUAUUUUUAUAUUUAUUUGCUAUUCCGUUUUCCAGGCAAGUCAGAUGAAGAGCAGCAGGAUAGUAUUCAUGGGCUGCAUCUCAUUGGUGGGAUGUAAUCCAUCUUCGUUAAGUUCAGUAAAAGUGAUAGAUGGCAUUUGGCAAUGUAAUGAUGUGAUCACUGUACCAUUGCCUCUGUAAAUCAUAAGCUGUUGCUUUCCGUUGUGUAGACAGUUAAUCAGUUAUAUACCAUAUUACUGAUUUAAUUCAGAUUGUCAGGAGCAGGUGAAUAAUGUGAGUGUUGUAUAUUAAUAUCAUAUUGUAUUAGUGUUCACUUCAUUUGAAACUCAUAAACUCAUAAACGCAUUGCUUCAUGAAUGAGAUGAAAUAAAUAUAAUUGGUGUUCUCUGUAUUGAAUGCCAUCAGUGCUUUAAUUUAGGAACUAAAGUGUGGGGUGGAGAGAUAGUGAUCUGGCCCACUAGCCUAAAAAGCUUCCCCACCCUGAUUUAGUGUGUCAGGGCUGAAAAUAUUAUAUUGAUAGAUAUAUAAAUCCUAUGCAUUAUUAUAGAUUGAGAAAAUCAGUGUAUGGCAUUGAUUUUCAUGUUAUCAAAAUAUUAUUUGACACUUCAGAUGACAAUGAAAAAUAUUUAUCAUGAGUUUGUUGGCAAAUAAUUAGUGUACGACAGUUGCUAAUGGUUUCAUAUCCAUCUUUAAUGGCUAUUUCCAAUAGGCUACAUUCCAGUUGAAAUCAAAGGACUUGCAGCAGUCCCCAUUCUCCUAUGACUUCUGAAGGGGUCAUUUUAUUUACUUACUUUCCCUGAUAGUUCUGCAAACCCGCACAAAACAACCCCUACUACAUUUACAAACCACUAUUUAUAAACUGCAUUUAUGUCCCCCUGCUACAUGUACAAACCACUCUGAUUGCUGUGUAUGUUGGGAACGUUUCUCCAGCUGCCAGGCAAUAUAUGUUGGAAGCAUUCUGUGGAUGUAUGGAAGCUUUGCAGUAUCCAGUAGUUGGAUGAUAUUCAACAUUAGUCGUACCCCAAGUAGAACCUCUGAAAACUCUGCAUAUGCCUUAGUUGGCUAUCACCCUUUAUUCUUGAUUCAAGAUAACUCACCCCCCAACUCACAUUCUAAUUGUUGUAUUUAUCCACUGCUGUUAAUUCAAACUAUUAUUUAACAAGCAUAUUCAAUCAUGUUCAAUCAUAUUCAAGUCUUAUUCAACCAUUAUUUUCCAGAAUAAUUAUUAAAACAUUCAUGUGUCCAUUAGCAUUGCACAGGUAGCUUAUUUUUGUGUGGUAAUUACAUUUUUUUUUUUGCAUGUGUGACAAUGACAGUUUUACACAAUUCUAUUUUGGAACGUGCUCACUUGAUUUAAAUAUAAAAUAUGUGUUCUCCAUCAGAUGUCGGUUCUGUGGAGGGUCUUGCAUAUCAUAGAACAUGGGACACUUUGUACUGGACCAGCUCUACUACGUCUUCUAUCACAAGACACACAGUUGAUCAGAAACGGAGAGGUGCUUUCAACAGAGAAGCAGUCAUAACUAUGUCUGAAGAUGAUCAUCCACAUGUAUUAGCUCUUGAUGAAUGCCAAAAGUAAGUGCCAUAGUCAUAUUCGUUACUGUAUGACAAACUUUACAUUGUCAAGUUAGGUUCCUCUUGGUUGCAUUAGGAAACAAACAGUGUUGUGUGUAUAUGUUUCUAAUAUGAGAUAAUUCCAAUCAAUCAUAGUCUGUGGGACUACCAAAGAGUAAGUGCACCUUAAUGUUUUUAAUGGAUUUUGCCCAAAAUGUCUUGAUUUCUACAAAUUCCUUUUGGUAUUAGAUAGUGUUCUUUUACCAUAAUAAAAGACAAAAGUGGAAAGGACCUAACAGAAGCAGAAGACAUCAAGAAGAGGUGGCAAGAAUACACAGAGGAAUUAUACCAGAAAGAUAUGGAUGUCUCGUACACCCCAGGUGGUGUGGUUGCUGACCUUGAGCCAGACAUCCUGGAGAGUGAAGUCAAAUGGGCCUUAGAAAGCACUGCUAAUAACAAGGCCAGUGGAAGUGAUGAUAUCCCAGCUGAACUAUUUAAAAUUUUAAAAGAUGAUGCUGUUAAGGUGCCUCACUCAAUAUGCCAGCAAAUUUGGAAAACUCAGCAGUGGCCAGAGGAUUGGAGAAGAUCAGUCUACCAUCCCAAUCCCAAAGAAGGGCAGUGCCAAAGAAUGCUCCAACUACCGCACAAUUGCACUCAUUUCACACGCUAGCAAGGUUAUGCUUAAAAUUCUACAAGGCAGGCUUAAGCAGUAUGUGGACCGAGAACUCCCAGAAGUGCAAGCUGGAUUUCGAAGGGGCAGAGGAACCAGAGACCAAAUUGCAAACAUGCGGUGGAUUAUGGAGAAAGCUAGAGAGUUCCAGAAAGACAUCUACUUCUGCUUCAUUGACUAUGCAAAAGCCUUUGACUGUGUCGACCACAGCAAACUAUAGCAAGUUCUUAAAGAAAUGGGAGUGCCUGAUCACCUCAUCUGUCACCUGAGAAAUCUCUAUGUGGGACAAGAAGCAACAGUUAGAACUGGAUAUGGAACAACUGAUUGGUUCAAAAUUGGGAAAGGAGUACAACAAGGCUGUAUAUUGUCUCCCUGCUUAUUUAACUUAUAUGCAGAAUUCAUCAUGCAAAAGGCUGGGCUGGAUGAAUCCCAAACUGGAAUUAAGAUUGCCGGAAGAAAUAUCAACAACCUCAGAUAUGCAGAUGACACAACCUUGAAGGCAGAAAGUGAGGAGGAAUUAAAGAACCUUUUAAUGAGGGUGAAAGAGGAGAGUGCAAAUUAUGGUCUGAAGCUCAACAUCAAAAAAAACGAAAUCAUGGCCACUGGUCCCAUCACCUCCUUGCAAACAGAAGGGGAAGAAAUGGAGGCAGUGAGAGAUUUUACUUUCUUGGGCUCCAUGAUCACUGCAGAUGGUGACAGCAGUCACAAAAUUAAAAGACGCCUGCUCCUUGGGAGAAAGGUGAUGGCAAACCUAGACAGCAUCUUAAAAAGCAGAGACAUCACCUUGCCAACAAAGGUCCGUAUAGUUAAAGCCAUGGUUUUUCCAGUAGUGAUGUAUGGAAGUGAGAACUGGACCAUAAAGAAGGCUGAUCGCCGAAGAAUUGAUGCUUUUGAAUUAUGGUGCUCGAGGAGACUCUUGAGAAUCCCAUGGACGGCAAGAAGAUCAAAUGCAUCCAUUCUUAAGGAAAUUAGCCCUGAGUGCUCACUGGAAGGACAGAUCGUGAAGCUGAGGCUCCAAUACUUUGGCCACCUCAUGAGAAGAGAAGACUCCCUGGAAAAGACCCUGAUGUUGGGAAAGAUUGAGGGCACAAGGAGAAGGGGACGACAGAGGACAAGAUGGUUGGACAGUGUUCUCGAAGCUACAAACAUGAGUCUGACCAAACUGUGGGAGGCAGUGGAAGACAGGAAUGCCUGGCGUGCUCUGGUCCAUGGGGUCACGAAGAGUCGGACACGACUAAACAACUAAACAACAACAACAACAAAGUGUUCUUUAUCUUUUUGCUUAAUUUUUGAUGCCUGUAAAAAAGAUUCAAGUUGUGUGGGGCAAGGGCAAUCAUUUGUUUGUAUAUGUUGCCUAUGCAGGUUUCGAGUCUUUUAUUCCCCAUGUCUGAAGGACUUGUCAAAUGACACCCCACCUUCCUGUUGGCUCCUAAAGUAUCCCCUAUUUCCUUUACUGACCUGUAAAACAGUACGGUGGUAGUAGUAGGAAGUGUUUCUCCCCAAUUCCUCCUCUUGUAUCCCAACACAUUGGAGACUGCAUCAGAACUGGCAGAGCAGUUGAGUUUGGCUCUUGGAAUCUCCAUACAGGCAUUGUGGCCUGUAGUCUCAAGACCCACCUAUCUGCCUAACGUGCUGAGGCCAGAGUUAUGCACCAGGGAGCACUUCAAGACAAAUGAGUGGAAAGAAGAAAAAAUAAUAUGUCUUCGCUGCUACUGCCACCUCCUAAUUGUGGGAAAACAAAGAGAAGGGUUCUUGAGGGACUGGUAGCUAUAGGGGAAAGGAAUGCCAUGAUGCUUUCUAUUGCACUGCUCUUCUUCCAAGUUGGAGAUGUGCAGUUUCCAGGCUUCUUGAAAUCUCUCUUUUAAAGUCCUCUUCUCCAGACAUUUGUUUUCAAGUCAGUCUUGGAUGAAUAUCCAUGGCAUCUCAACCCUGAGAUUGGAUUGUUAGAAUCCCUGAACAGAAGUGGCACUUUCUAGUGUGGCACUUCACCAUCCUAAUGUGGGGAUUUGUGUGUGUGUGCAUGUGUGUCUAGAUUGCCUUUCAGCUUUUGGUGGUGGGGUUAGCCAAAAUAUUUGGGUGGAGUGUCACUUAGCUUGAUGUUUUAAAUGGUAGCCCAAGAGUUAAGCACAUUUUCUUUUUCUCUCAGUACCAGCCGAAGUUUUUUUCCCCCUCACAGGAGUUGACAGCAACAGCACUUACAUCUUGACGCAAUGUUGUUGCCAUCAUGUCAACUCCUAAGGAAAACAUGUCCUACAGCGACUGAGCAGAGAGAUGGACCGUGUGGGGGGUGGGGAGACCUUUUAACGCUGAGACUACAUAUUUUAAAAGAAAGCUCCCACUCCAAAACAUCUAGACUAUUUGCCCUCAACCCUGGAACCUUUUGUCCUAUUUCAGUAGUUGUUUCACCAUUCCCUUAAUCUAAAGAAGUGCUGCUGAUGUAGAUGUGAUUUUAUGGUGAUUACAAGGACCUGUUUUCAAUAAUUCCAUCAGCUUUAAAAGCAGAACCACUGCUGCAUUAUAUGUCCAUUUAUGUGGCUGAAAUGUCCAUUUUAAGAUGAGGAAAUUGUGUCUGUCUUUCAACCUUUUUUCAUAUAGUUUAAUGUUUUGGACUAAUUGGAAUGAGCAGCAUCCAAGCAUCAUGAGAGCUACAUUGUAUGGCAAAAAUGCACAAGUUGUUAUUAGCACUGACCUCCUGACACCAAAUGGACUUGCGAUUGAUCACAGUGCAGAGAAAUUGUACUUUUCCGAUGGCAGCUUGGGGAAAAUAGAAAGGUGUGAAUAUGAUGGAUCACUCAGAAAUGUGAGUAAGAUCAUAAUGCUGAUUUCUAGAAAUAUGCUGAUACUUUCUGUAUAACUGAAGAAAAAUAAUUUACAAUAAUAUUGCCUUCUCCAUUCAGUGCCCUUUAAUCCUUAUUGAUGUGGGAAAAAUAAUGUGUGACUUUUAAUUAUCCAAAUGCAACUACAUUGCUAUAGAAAUGCAACUAUAUUCUGAACUAUUGUGUAUGCCAAUGACACAAAUGAUGCCAGCAUGCCAAGAACUGAUACAUAGAAUCCCAAUUACUUUUAUUAAAUAAUUGAUAUAUAUAACAACAAUUAUUCAGUCAUAAUUUUAACAUUUCAAACUCCGACUCCCUUCCUCCUCUUUCUGUGGUUUUUAAAAUUUCUUAUCAUCUUCCUGCAUACUCCAUAUUCUCUAAACAUAUUCUUUUAUAUAUCUAUUCCCGUGUAUAUCCCAUAUAUAUUUUGAAACUGCAGGUUUUUACAUUAAUCCUUCCAUGUUAUUAAAAUAUUAUCAUGACCUUCCAAAUCUAAAAGAUGUGAUUUCUUCAAUAACAACCAUUCCUUCAACCAGCACAUACAAUCUGCUUCGUAAUAUAAUCUCGUAUCCAGCAGAGAGAAACCUUCUCUCUCUUUCACAUCUCUCAAUACUUUAUAUGUUAUGGUUUUUCCCUUGCCAGAUAUCUUUGGAAAUAACUUUUUGCCAUUUGUUGAAACAAUCUGUCUUGCCAUUCUCCGAUAUUGAUUGAAACAAAAAUAACAUCCUGUGGAAGAAAUGAAAUAGACAAACAGCAGGAGUAUAAAUAUAAUUCAAUUGAUGCCUAUUUCCUUUUCUAACCAGGUGAUUGUCAAAUCUGGACCUGGCACCUUUCUCAGUCUGGCCGUUUAUGAUGACUGGAUCUUCUGGACCGACUGGGUGAGAAGAGCUAUUCUGCGAUCCAAUAAAUAUACAGGUGGAGAUACAAAAAUUCUUAGAUCUGACAUACCACAUCAACCAAUGGGCAUCAUAGCUGUUGCUAAUGACACUAACAGCUGUAAGUUACCAAACACACCAUUAAUAUUUAUUUAUUGGUAGAUAGUUAUAAGUAAAAGGGUUAUUUUUGUAGUUUAUCAUACUGUAAUUCCUUAUUUAGUUAUAUAGUAACCUUUUUAAUGACAGGAAAGUCACAUACCAAAGUGGGCUGCAAGCUUAACUAAAGCAUUUGUUGACAAGCGCUAAUCUUCACAAGAUGAUGGGUUUGCAGUAUUCCUUUGGAUAAAGAAAGAUGAAGAAUCCUCUUCAAGCCUUGUGCAAACACCUGAAAAGUUAUAACCAUAAUCAGACUUGCCCAGCAUGGCCACUUUUAACUUUAUAGGCUAAUGUGCAAUGCAUCUUGAUAUGGCUUGGAAUUUGCAGGAAGGUCUUUGGAACUCACUGUCUGAUACUGAUCCAUUUCAAACUUCUUUGGGGGUGAAUGUCCCAUAGCUUAAAUUACUCCCUAAGGCAGUGUAGUACUAGGCAUUUAUGGCAUCAUGCACUAGGGAUGGGGAGAAGUUUAAUUCAAUUUGCAUUUAUAUGCAUUUAUAAUUUGUAUUUUCCAAAACAGUGUGCUAACCGAAGCACAGCUAUCUGUCAAAAUCUGAACUUCUCUGAAUUUUGCAAUGCAGUAGUCCAGCAAAGUAUAAAGAGUUGUAUACUAAAGUGUGCCGAACAAUGCUCACAUUAGUGAAAAUUGUGUAUAUAAAUGCACAAUUUUAGGAGAAAUCACAUGCAAAAUGUAAAAUUGCAUGCAAAGCUUUGGAGGAAGUCACACUAAAAUGCUCAUGAAUUGUCAUGAAGACCUUUCUUUAAAUUAAUUUACAACAUGAUGUGGAAAUGGGAAAACUGAACUUAAGAGUGGAAAAAUGAGAAAUUGGGGUAAACAGAAAUUGGCAAGUUUGCCCAUCUGUAUCAUACACCAUCACAGUGUUAUAAUAAUGGGGUUAGACACAUACUUCAUGAAGGAAGUAAUGCCACCCAAUUCAACGUACCUAAUUCUUCUAAUAUAGUUACUAUUGGCCUGCUCAUUAAACUGCUCCAUUAACUGUGUGUGUGGAGUCCCCCCUCCCACUCCCCACAUCACUGCUGUUUACCUGGACUGGCCUGGGGCAGGGCAACUCCUAAAUUGAGGUUUGCAUUGGAUUGGCAGCAGCACUCCCAUCAGUGCUACCCUCACCACCACCACCUAGGAAUGUGGGACAAAUUCUGCUUCAUUCUCAUUUUAAUGCAAAUCUACAUAAUUUGCGGGAAGUGGGUGGCGCUGUGGGUUAAUCCACAGAGCCUAGGGCUAGCCGAUCAGAAGGUCGGCGGUUCGAAUCCCCGCAAUGGGGUGAGCUCCCGUUGCUCGGUCCCAGCUCCUGCCCACCUAGCAGUUCGAAAGCACAUCAAAGUGCAAGUAGAUAAAUAGGUACCGCUCUGGCGGGAAGGUAAACAACAGCGUUUCUGUGUGCUGCUCUGGUUCGCCAGAAGCAGCUUUGUCAUGCUGGCCACAUGACCCGGAAGCUGUCUGCGGCAAACGCUGGCUCCCUCGGCCUACAGAGUGAGAUGAACGCACAACCCCAGAGUCGGUCACGACUGGACCUAAUGGUCAGGGGUACCUUUACCUUUACUUUACAUAAUUUGCACUUCCUAAAACAGUACAUGAUCUACCUGAAGCACAGCUUUUUUUGAGACCCACACUUCUCAAAUUUUUGCAAUACAGUUCUUCAUCUCAAAAUGCAUAUAAAAUGCCUAUUAUUAGUGUUAAGUGUGCAUAUAAAUGCAUUGUAUUAGGGAAAACUAAUUGCAGAAAUGUGCACUAGCAGAAGCCAGCACAAGGAUUCCUGCUAGCAUAAUGGGACUUGGCACACAAUGCUGUCCCCAAAUUUUCUCUGGAGCAUUGAGACAACCCCCAGGGAAAAGAGAAGGGCACAAGGUUCGGCUAUGCAAGGAAAAUCCUUUUUUUUAACUGCAAUAUUUUUAUUUAUAUAUACAGUUUUGAAGGUAUCAAAAUACAGUCACAGAUGAAGCACCUUGCAGCUUCCUAUUUUCCAUUUUUUCCUCUAUGUACUAAGAGCAAAGCUUAAAAUUAAUUUGUGUUUCCUUAGGCGUCCCAUAAUUUUGUUAGACAUAAAUCAGUCAAGAUUGAGUGACUGGGGAAACCCAGCCAGAUGGGCAGGGCAUAGAUAAUAAAAUUAUUAUUAUUGUUACUAUUAUCAUCAAGCGUUUCUGAACAAUAAAGCAAGUAGUUCCAAUGUCAAUAUUAGAUUACUUCUUUUUUAAUGGUUUUAUAUUAUAGUGUCUCUCUUUCUCUCUUUUUUAGGUGAAUUAUCCCCUUGUGCCCAGAUGAAUGGGGGCUGUCAUGACUUAUGUCUUCUGACCCCCGAAGGCCGUGUUAAUUGUUCUUGUAGGGGUGAACGAAUACUUACAGAUGACAACAGAUGUGUGCGUAAGUAAUAUUAAUUGAUAAUAGCAGCAAUCGGCAGUGGAGCUUGUCUCCACACUGCCUGGGGCGUGUGUGUGUGUUCUGCACCCCAAGGGUGGGGCAAGGGAUGGAGGACAAACGGAGCCCACCAUGGCUGCUUAGCCCCGCUACUGGAACGGCACCAGGAACAAAAGAAGGCGUGAAAGCCAUAGAUAUGGAAUUUUGAACUGCAAUCAGGUGAAGCAGGUUCUGACAGGGUAAUUUCACAGUAAAAAUUAGAUUAAAAUCCUACAGCAUAUCUAGAUCCAGCAGUAUUUUGCUUGUAUCUGCUAAAUUGUCUGGAAAAUAUAUUGAUGAAAGCUUUUGAAGCAUUUCUUUUUUAUACAUGUAAGUGCUUGAAUUUGCCCUUGUGCGUUCCAAGAAUUAUGUAUGCCUUACAAUUACACGUAACCAUGGGAGGAGUACCCAAACCUUUUCACUGCACCCUUUAUCUUCUGGCUUAACCUAUCUUCUGCCGAAUGUAUGACUCAGUGUAAAACUUUAGGGUAAAAUGUUGGUUAUAAAUCAAAUCAAUAACAACAAUAACAAUACUAAUUGUUAUUUGUGCAUAUCAACUGCACAAAUGUCCAAGAGUCAUGACUGGUGGCAAAUAGUGGAACUACCCCUCAUAGCCUAUGAACUCUCCACAUACCCAUUACUCUUAUAAAGAGAGUGAUCUAAAACCACCAACUAGAAAUGUGAAACAGUAUUUUGAAACAUCCAGAAAGUUAGCUGAGAAAUGUAAGCGUUCUGCCUUUACCAUUCGCUAAAUUUUAGGACUUUUUGCACCUUUCUCCAAUGAAAUUUUUGGCAUUUUCCAAGAGUCUUUAAGUGCUGCUUGCAACUGUAAACAUCAAUUAAAUUUACAUCAAUUUUAUAUUUCCAUAUUUUGUUAAUUAGUUGUAUUUAAUAAUGUGUAUGAUUUAUUUGAAUACUUCACAUCAAGAGGCUAUUUAAAGAGCAUAGGUGACUGCUGGAAUUAAAAUGUUUCAAACUUUGGAAUUGUGCAUGUAGAGUUGAUCUAAAGCAGAUUUUCUUCAAUAAAUUAAAGUGACUGUACUAUAGAUAUGCAGUCCUUGUUGCAUUGGUGCUCCUGUUUGGCAUUAUAAUUGAGAUCAAGUGGCUCCUACAGAUGAUUUACAGUGAUAAAAAGCAUGUUAAUUAAAGCUGUAGCACAGCUGCAGUGUACCACAAUCGUAGAAUAGCUGUGAAACUCAUAUCCUGUAGAGAUCAAUUGAUCUUGUAUGGACAGGCACCUGAUUUGCAAUGGUUCCAAGUUAAUGUAAUUAAAACAUUAGUAUUUCUUAUUAACAGCUUAUUUCAGUAUAGACUUGGAACCACUACUAACAAACCAUCAGCAUAUCACUGAGAGCACCUCACACAGCUGAUUUGCAGUAAGUUCUAAACUGGAAUUAAUUUGGCAACAUGUUCAAGUAUUUUUACUUCCCAAAGGCAUUAAGCUGUUUAACUCAGACAACUUUAGUACAGAUCUUACCACUGGUUGUUAGGUAACGGAUACGCUACAUUGUAAUACAGUGGUACCUCUAGUUACUAACUUAAUUCGUUCCGGAGGUCUGUUCUUAACCUGAAACUGUUCUUAACUAGAGGUGUGCUUAUGCUAAUGGGGCCUCUUGCUGCUGCUGUGCCGCCGGCACACGAUUUCUGUUCUCAUCCUGGGGCAAAGUUCUCAACUCGAGGUAACUCUUCCAGGUUAGCUGAGUUUGUAACCUGAAGCGUUUGUAACCUGAGGCGGUUGUAACUCGAGGUUACGUACUUAAUUCAUUCCGGAGGUCCGUUCUUAACCUGAAACUGUUCUUAACCUGAAGCACCACUUUAGCUAAUGGGGCCUCCUGCUGCUGCCGCACCACCUCUGCGCAAUUUCAGUUCUCAUCCUGAAGCAAAGUUCUUAACCCGAGGUACUAUUUCUGGGUUUGCAGAGUCUGUAUCCUGAAACGUAUGUAACCCGAGGUACCACUGUAUUAUAUCUUUUCCAAGUAUGCUUAAAAUUUUUCAUGUGUGGAGAAAUGAGGGCAAGAGCACAUUUUUAUUGUUUUGGUAUACCACCAAUUUAGUCUUCUGUUCUUGUCCAAAUUCAUUGCUUUCAGUUCAGGUCUUGUUAAUUGACAGUAUGGAAUCAGUAGCAGAUAGUAGUAAUCUGUGGUUGGCACAAAUGUGGUUUUUAUGGUUGGCAUCAGAGGGUGGAAUUCAACAUAUUGCUAAGCUGAUUAUUCCAUCAAUUCAAGCAUUUAAGUUGGCCAGGCAGGCCCAUCUCCCCUCUCCUUCCCCUUCUUCCGAUCCUCCCAGAACUGAUUGGUGGGCACAUAGGGGAAAGAGAGAGGAGACUCCUUGCUGUGGCUCCUGCUAGUCCAACUAUUUAGUUGAAGAGUCGGCCCCUCCCAACUCUACAAUUCUAUGAUUCUAUUAUUCCAAAAGUAGUCAUUCUUAAUUGAAUAGAAAAUGAAAUAAUUCAGGGUUUCAGAACAUCAUGAAAUUGGAAAUUACAAAUAUAUAUGUGUGUGUGUGUGUGUUUUCAUAGCAGCAUGGCUUCUAUUUCUCCAUGGCUUGGGUCCAGGGCACUCUGAAGUGGAAUAUUUGCAAUCUGAAAUACACAUCAUUUAUGUAAUAUAUAUUUAGUUAGUUACAGAAUUGCCAUUGGCUGUUGCACCAUUACUUUGAACUUCUGUAUUUUGUUUUAACACUUGUUUUGAUCUUCUUUCUUUUCUUUUUUCUUUUGCUUAGACUGUGUAUAUUUCCACCCUGGGAACUUUGGGCGAAGGGCAGAUUAUUCAUACUUUAAAUAAACAAACAAACAAACAAACAAACUUAUGCUUGCUUUUCUGUUGUUCACUCUUUCAGCUAAAAACUCCUCAUGCAACUUUUACUCUGAGUUUGAAUGCGGAAAUGGAGAAUGCAUUGAUUACCAGCUGUCCUGCGAUGGCAUCUCCCAUUGUAAAGACAAGUCUGAUGAGAAGUUAUUUUAUUGUGGUAAGAUCCUUUUAUCUCAUUGGGUUACAUUGCCAUAUCUUGUUUCCAUGUAAUGUUUCUGACUAGCCAUAUAAGCUGAUUCAUAGUUUAUUGACUCCGCUCCAAAUACCAAAACUUACUCUCAUCUAGCCAUGUUAAUAGGAAGGUUAUGUAAAUAAAAUAAUAGUCUUUGUAUUUUAAUUUACCAGAAAAUAGAAGCUGUCGAAGAGGCUUUAAAUCUUGUUCUAACCGUCGCUGUAUUACAACUGAUCAAGUGUGUGAUGGCAAAAAUGACUGUGGUGAUGGGUCUGAUGAAAUAGGCUGUGAAGGUACUUUUUUUGUUUGUUUCUUUUCCUGCAGUAUAAUGUUUAUGAAUUCUAGUAUUUAUUAAAUUUCAAGAAUCUGUGAGUGUCCCGAACCAAUGACCAAAUAUUUAUUUUCAUUGACUACCAAUAAAAGUCAUAUCUGAACUCCAGAAUUAUAAUUCAACACCACCAUCCCACCCCCAAUUCCAGUCAAAUAUUUCAGACAACAUAUUUUGUCGAAUAAGUGGUAUGUAGAAAUAAGCGUCUGCAGGCGUUUUUCACUUUCAGCAGCAGUCCUAUGUGUGCAAAAUAGGCCUCUGUAGGUGAAAAUCGAGCAGUUCAGAGUGCAAACCCAAUGCUACUACAUUGUGCACUGUUUACCAAUGUUGUAUGAGAUUGAUUUCAGAUAUCCCUGAAUCUCCACCCAAGUGAAUAGUAUUGUGAAUAUUGUUGUUGGUUCAAUUACCGAUGUGUCUACUGUAGUUCUACUUUGUGGAGAAAUAUCUCAGACACUUACCUUAUUUCUACCCUAUAAUUCUAUCUUACUUCAUUUAAUUUCUGUCUGGCUUAACCAGUGAAAAAGCAGACUCAAGACUGUAACUUUGGCAAAUCACCUUUUUUUUUUUUAGUGCACAAAGUGCAAUGGCAUUGUGAAAUGAUAGGUUUGUAGAACGUACAGAAAAUAAAACUAAUUCUGUGAGGUGAAAUAUCUAAAAAGAAAGUAAUGUAAGGCAACUUGCAUAUGAUAAUAUUUAAAGCAUCUCAAAUCAAUUGGUUAUAGUUGGAUGGGGAAGAGAGUAACUGGGACCACUGCUUCAUCAGCGAUUCUUCAGGCAGGGCACUUUGGCACACUCCAGUGCUGGCUUGCAAAAAAUGUGUUAUGCUUUCCCCUUUGUUUUUUGCUUUACAAUUGUUUGCUGAGACUCUUGCCAUGAUGCCACGGUCUCAAUUAGUCUCACAGAAAGCAGCACAAAAUUGCAGAAAAGUCGCAAGCAGUUUAUAUAAAAAUGGCAGACAUAAUGCCAUCUAUCUUAAUCCACCAUGGGUGCUCUGCUAAACCUAUCAUAACUACUGGGUAUUUAGGCCAAGUAGGGCCGAGAUUAGCACAAUUGGAUACACAUUAUUUUACAGAAAUAUGUCCCUUUUCAGCUUCUCUCAGCUCAAGCUGAUCAAUAUCGCUGCUUUUCUUUUCAGACUUGGAGGUAGAGACUUAAUAAUGCACAGCAUCUUCCUUAAACAUGCAGAAAAGGGCUGCAAUUAGAAUAAUAGGAUCAUAGAAUUGUAGAGGUGGAAGGGGCUAUGAGGGUCAUCUUGUACAACCCCCUACAAUGCAGGGAUCUUUCACCCAGGAAAAUAAUGGACUGUGGGAUGAAGAAGCAAGGGGUAUAUAAAAUGCCACAGGGGUAUUUGCUUGCGUCUUGAACAGGCCAACCUGUGCAAUGUGCUUUUCUGGGCUGUGGUCUGUGGUCAUGAUGUGUGUGACUGCAGAGCCGUCUUUCCCAUUAGAUUUACUGGCGCAUUGCGCCAGGGCGCUGACCUCUCAGGGGCGCCCCAGCAAGUGGGGGAACUGUGCGGCUUUGCCGGCAGCCUCCCCUUUCCCUCCUGCACACCUGCCAGCUGCGCCCCGUCAAUCAUAUGGCUGGUGGGCAUGCAGCUUCCUUCCCAAGCCCCCGUGGGAGGAGAGCGAUCCCCACAGAGGCUUGGAAAAAGGUCAACAACUCUGGGAAAUGGGGGGGUGGGGCGCCGGAGGGAUCUUUGCACCAUAGCACCGGAUAUGCUUAAGACGGCCCUGUGUGACUUGCUACUUUUAAACAACACACAUUUAAGCGUUGUAAUUAAUUUAGUAGCAACUUUAAACUUAAAUAUCCCAAACCUUGCAAGUUAUGUUUAUAUCUUUCUUUCUUCCUCCCCACCCACCAAACACUUCACCCUGUAGUUUCAGGAUGUACUUCAACAGAAUUUCACUGUGCAGAUGGAACUUGCAUUGCAAAAUCAGCGCAAUGCAAUCAGAUUGUGGACUGUUUGGAUGCUUCUGAUGAGAAAAACUGCAGUAAGGAAUUUAGGUUUUUUUUUUCAUUUGUAACUAUUUGUUUCUUAUACAAUACUAAUAUAUAACUGUAAGUUUAAUUUGUGUGAUGUAAUUCAAUUGGGAACAGGCAAUGCUGUGAUUGUGGGAGCUAAAUUAAGCAACCACUGUCAAAGAAAUCACAGUGAUGAGAUCCACACUGAAAAGAAUAUAUUUUAAUGUAUGCCCAUUCCGUUUUGUGUACCUCAGAUAGCACAGACUGUGCUCACUUCUAUAAACUUGGAGUCAAAUCUUCAGGAUUUAUUAGCUGUAAUUUUACAUCACUUUGUAUACUACCAGAAUGGAUGUGUGAUGGAUCUAAUGACUGUGGAGAUUAUACAGAUGAACUUAAAUGCCCAGGUAAUCAUGGAAAUAAAAACAAUUUCUAUAUUUAUUCAUGAUAAAGAAUUAUUCAUUAGUGGCAUUGUUUCUUUAUUGUAUGUUGAGUUUCUCUUUGACAAACCUGUAUAUGGAGCACUCCCGCAUAUAGGAGGAAGUGGCAAUGUUGGUAUUCCUUCAGUGCUCUGAGAAACUGGUCUGGACAGCUGAGCAACUGUCCAAAAGAAUGCAGAAGGUGACAUGGCUACAUGGGGAAGAGAAAAUGGGCAAAUAUUGCCUCUUCCCUUUCUCCUGUGGGAGCCUUUACUGGAUCAAAACCCCUUCCAUGAAUGAAAGGAGCCCUUCUAUUUAGUGGAUCGAACCCAGAUAAUCUUUUCUAUGUAUAUUUCAUCCAAAAUUCCAUGACUACCAGAAACAAAUUGCUUCUUUUAUUUUAUUUGCAGUUCGAAACAAGCAUACAUGUGAAGAAAAUUAUUUUAGUUGUCCAAGUGGGAGGUGUAUUUUGAAUACCUGGGUAUGUGAUGGUCAAAAAGAUUGUGAAGAUGGAAGUGAUGAAUUGCACUGUGGUUAGUAUCUUACCUCACUGCUGUUAGUAUCUUAUCUUUGAACCAUGGAUGUUUGUGCAAAGGAGAUGUCAAUUGAAAUCUCUGCAAGAAAAAGAAUACAAUUAAACUAAACUGGUAUUUUAACAAAUCUCAAUGAACAGCUUGAAAUCCUGCAAAUUAUAUAGGCAUGAUACAUAGCAAACACUUUAUUGUAUAAUUUGGUCAUUUAGGCUCUAAUCAUAUACAUAUAUACCUAGAUUGUAAUCUAGUAUAGCUCCGUAGUGAGUGGUGCAGUUAGGAUCUUUGCCCCACAGUCCAGCCCCCUGCAAAGACCAUCAGAGAGCAGCAUAAAAUAAGUCAUAUAAAAUCUGGUAAUGGUGGGAGGGAGGAGAGAAAGAAAUGUUGUGUGCUGUGCAACUGAAAUAAUACAUGUUGACUUCUAAAGGAGGGAUGCAAGAAGACCAUUCAUUCCAGAGUCUAAAAUUACCUAGGGGCUGACUUUGAAGUGACAUGUAUAGGAUUCUGCUGUUAGGUUCCUUUGCUAGAGAUCAACAAACUUAUAAAUAUAUUUUGGUGUGAUUAGAGUAUGCAGAGGAGGUGGAGGUGGAGGAGAAGGAGAUGAUUUCCAUAAAUUAUUCCUUACUACUUUAGUAUCCUGGAAAGCUGUUCUGGGGGGAUGGAGAACUUUCUGGAACAAUGAGGAACAUGUCAGUGGAGGCUGCAGAAAGACAGAUAAUCAAAAUCUGCCUUGCUGCAGGACUCCUCUGCAAUUUCAAUGCGUUUCAUAUGUAUUACUAUGGUGUAAUGUCCCUCAAUGAAUAUUUAGUCCCUCAAAGAUCUUUGCCAUUUUUCUUGUGAGAACAUAUAUAUAUAUAUAUAUAUAUAUAUAUAUAGAUAUAUAGAUAAUAUAGAUAUAUAUAUAAAUAUAUAGAUAUAUAUAUAUAGAUAUAGAUAUAUAUAUAUAUAGAUAUAUAUAUAUAUAUAUAUUACUGUUAGAUUACACAUAACCAUACAAGUUCAAGCUGUUAAGAAAGUUUGUAAUUAUUUUGAUCUUAGAGCUGUUUUAUUUUUUUACAAUAUGUUCGUGAAAACUUAAAAUACCUUUAGUAGUGGGCAAAAGUAUUCACAUAAUAUGUUGUAGGAUAUUUGUUUAACAUAAGAUUACAUUUUUCAAUGCUUGUUGGAAGGCAUGCAUAUGUGUCUUUUCCUCUACGUAGCUGUUUUUGAAUAGUAGAACAAGAAUUAUUUUUAUUUACAUUUGUUAAAGAUGGGAGGUAGAUUAUAAUGUGAUUUAAAGAUAUAUAAACAAUCUUAACGAAGACAGAAGUGCCUGACGUGCUCUGGUCCAUGGGGUCACGAAGAGUCGGACACGACUAAACAACUAAACAAUCUUAACAAUGCCUGGAGAAGCUGAGCAAAAUUCCAUCAGCUCUUUAGGAAUUUUGAAGGGAAUUUCCAGAUGGGCAAUAUGUGAAAUGAACUUUAUCGGAAAUUUCUAGGAAGAAUUUUGCUUGUCAAUAAGGUGGGGGGGGGGGAGCAUGCUAGAUUUUUUUUCAUAGUGUUGAUAUUGAAUCUGUUCCUAUUGAAUAUAUGCAACACCUAUCAUUUACAUGCCCUUGCAGAUUCCUCUUGUUCAUGGAAUCAGUUUGCUUGUUCUGAAAAUAAGUGUAUCUCUAAACAAUGGAUUUGUGAUGGGGAGGAUGAUUGUGGAAAUGGCUUGGAUGAAAGCAAACCUAUAUGUGGUGAGUACUACAGUGAUACAAAUAUGAGCUUGGGGUGCACAUUUCAAAAUUACUUGGCCCUAGCCUCUUCAUUCAGUCAACUCAAUGAACAACCACCAGAAAUAAGUAUUGGAGCGUUAUCAUAUUCUGUAGGAUAUAAGAAGUAUAUGUAAUAUUUGGUAUCCCUUAUAAGACAUAUGGUAUUGUGCAGUAAUAAGAACUUGAUGAGCAAUAUCCAAGUUCCUUGAACCAGUUGUGGCUGGUGAGGCUGUGCAGGCGCAGCUGUGUUGCUCUUCUGACUUCCCAAUGCUGCACAUCACUGCCAGUUACUGAGAAGGAAGGAAAAGGCAGUAAGGAGCUCAGCACAGUGUAGCACAGAAGUGGACACAACCCUACAAUCUCAAUGUUGCGCCUACACUGUCCCUGCUGAGCAGCGCAGUCCCACCCAUGCAUGUCCCUAACUGCUACUGACUCAGAGGUAUUGUCUUUGUUGUUUGACUUCAGAUUUUAGAAAUCAUUAAAGAAAAUUGUAGUAUAUGUUAUUUUAUUUUUUAACAAGUCACAUCAGAAUAUAACUUUUGUACAUAACAAAUAAAAUUAAAAUCAUACCAAUUUUUUUCCCCCAGGCUCCGUAACCUGUGCCUCAGACAUGUUCAGCUGCUUAGGUUCCUAUGCCUGUGUUCCUCAGCACUGGCUUUGUGAUGGUGAAAGAGACUGUCCGAAUGGAAGUGAUGAGCUUGCCACAGCAGGAUGUGGUAUGAACCAUUUUGCAACAUACAUAAAUAAGAUGAGGGGUUGCUGUAUUUAUCUGUACCACUGUAUUGGUGGCUGACAGUAACUUGACAUUUUCUCUUUAUAAGUUGGUGGUUCACUGUCUUGCACUCCAUUUUCUUUUUCUUAGCUCCUAAUAAUACUUGUGACGAAAAUACUUUCACAUGCCACAAUAAAGUCUGCAUUCCCAAGCAGUUUGUAUGUGACCAUGAUAAUGACUGUGGAGAUGGAUCGGAUGAAUCGCUAGAAUGUGGCAAGUAUAAUUUUUUACACCUGAAAGCUUCAGCAAGGAAGGAGGCACUCUUAAGAUACUUUUGGGCCUAUGUCAUUUGGGGCUUUAAUGUGAGCACUGUGAAGUGGGUGUGGACACAAACUGGCAAGCAGUACAGCUGUUUUAAAACUGGAGCUAUAUGAGUUUGAAAUGAAAAAAUAGACAGUAAUCUGGCUGCUUCAUUUUGAACCAGUUGAAAUUUCCAAGUUCCCAAAGAAAGAAGUUCCAAAGGAAUGUGCUUACUUUUGCUUUUUCUAAUAUAUUUUCCCCUAAAAUAUUUUUCCCUGAAAUAAGUUUCCCUAAAAUAAGGCAUUAGUAGUAGUACAUUGGUGCACUAUAAAUGGAGCAUUGUGAGAAGCUUAGGCUGCAAUCCUAUGCACACCUGGGAGAAAGUCUGUUAAAUUCAAUGUGAGUUACUGAGGACACCUGUGUGAAAUUGCACUGUUAAUCUAUGAUACAGAGACAGGUCUUAAUGCUGAAGUUUGUGUGCUCUGUAUCUGUCUGCUGACAAGGAUAAACUCCCCACAAAUAGAAUAAAAUCGUUUGAAGAAAGUAAGUUAACAGGUUUUAAAUUUCUUCUUCUUCUAAGGAAGCAGUGCUCAUAUUCCUUUAAGAUUUCUGUAGAGAAAAUCUUUGCCUUUUCAGAGCAAUUUGUCAAUGUAUUAAAAUGGUUUCUAAGAAGCACCAGAUAUUUGAUCUCUUCAAUAUGUCCUAUUUGACAGAAUGUGGAAUCCAGUCAACUUUAAAUAGACCAUGGAGUUAUCAUUUAUAAAUAAGUCGCUAUGUAUUUCUCUUGAAAAUAAACAUUUCACAUUUACCAGUAAAAUCAAAGAACAAGAGGGUAAACAGGUAUUUCUUUGCUGUGGAUAGAGUUUUGGAUUUGGAAAUUUCAGAGCUUGGGAUAAAUUGGAACUGAGCCAUAAUACUUAUUGGGUGGCUUCAGCCAGGUUACUGCUUAACUCACAGCAGAAUAAUUUUGAGUAAAGAACUCUAAUCUGACAAAUGUAUUGGAUAGUAUCUCCUAGAGGGGUGAAUGGCACUAUUUAGCAGGAAGAAAUCCCAAUGAAAAUCCUUGUUAUUAUAUAUUUUCAUGGCUGUUUAUUUGUAUAUAGUUUAAAAUUUUAUAUAUGGAUAUUUUAUGAUGGCCUAUACUUGUAAUGCCUAAUAAACGUUUGGCAAAGUAAGUAAGAAAAUUUAUUGUUUUAAACUCAAACCCUUUAUAUUUGUCAGAUCAGACACAUUUCUAGUCUGUCUUCAAAAACUAGUUUCAGUGUAGAAUUCUAGGUUAUGUGAGCCUAGGCUACAGCCAUGUUGCAGACAUGUCCCAACCCUAUCAUAUUUAGCAGAGAUCCAGAAACUGUUAAAUCUGCUACUGUAGUUGCUCAUGAAGAAUUGUAAGCCCUGUGUGCCCUGUUUCAUGGUUGGAGACUGUUCUGCUUUGUCAGAGUAGUUACAACAGCUUUCAGCCAUGGAAUUGGGUGUUUCCAUGUAGCUCCUUGCUAAAAGCUGUUGAAACUGCUCCUUUUGGCCAUACCCGGGUCACCUGUAGAGGCACAGCAGCAGAGAAGGAGGUGGAUAGUUUGGUCACCACUAUGGCUGAAGUUUGCAUCUGCUAAGGAAGACAUCUGCAAAGUACUUUGAAAUGUUCUAUGGAUCAGCUCCUGUUUGAAAAAGAUAGAUAGUACCUUUUUUGGAAUAUAAAUAUUAGAGGUCUACAUUAUUAAUGUUUGGCCACUCUUUUUUAGGCUAUCGUCACUGUAAUCCUGGAGAAUUCAGCUGUGCUGAUGGAAGAUGCCUGUUAAAUUCUCAGUGGCAAUGUGAUGGAGAUUUUGAUUGUCCAGACCAUUCUGAUGAACAUCCAAUUAACAUAAAAUGCAGAAGCGCAGGUUCAGCCUUUAAAAUAUCUUUACAAUUAAAUAUAUGUGUAAAAUAAUUUAGCAUUGUUGUUAAAUAAUAAUGUAGUUUUCAGUAAAAUUUGGUAUUUGUGGAGUGUUGAGAGAACAUUCAGGCCACAAAGAACUAAGGGAGGAUCAGGCUCUCAAAUUGUCCAACCCAGGGUUAGUAACGUAAUUGCACAGCAAAACUAUAAGCCUUGCUCUAUCUCUGUUCAAAAUCUUGAACGUCAAAACUACAAUUGCAUCCUGAAAAUUGCAGGUGUGCAAAUUUGCAUAUUUGCAAGGAACACAAGUCCUCAGUAGUUCCUCUACCCUCAGAAGCUCAGGGGUUGGUGACCAGGAAGAUGGCAUUCUCUGUGGCAGCCCCAAAGUUGGGGAACCCCAACCCCCACAGAGAUGAAUCUGGUGCCUUGUUUAUACAGCUUCCAGUUAAUGAUGAAGAUGUACCUCUUUACCCUGACUUUUGUCAUUUGAGGUUUAUCUUUUUAGGACACACCUUACUUCUGUAAUUAUAAGCUAUUUAAAGCUGUUUUUAGUAUAGUAUUUUAAUGUUGGAAUCUGUCCUGAAACUUUAAGGUGAAGGGUGGGUCAUCAUCAUCUUUAGUGAGACAGUUUGGUACUGAAUCUGCCUUGGCCGCCCCUUAUGAAUAAUCUCUCUUAGAAGGACAGUGGGAGUAUGACCCUGUUGCUGUUACAAGAUCUCGCCUUGGCUUUCGACCCUCCUGGACCAUGUAUGGGAGAUGGAUAUCAGAGGCAUUGAUCUGUGGUGAUUCUGAUCUGCGGUGGUUCCAGGGGAAGUUCCAGAAAGGAGCACUGGAUGAGAGUUUCUCAGCCCCCUGGAUCUUAAGCUGUGGGGUGCUGCAGGGCUUGCUGUUGUUGUUUUAUUCCCCCUAUGUUUUGAUCUUCCUGCAGAGGCAAGACCCAGUGUUCCAUAUUUUGCAACAUGAAGGCCUUUUCCCUCUUUAUGCUAAAUAGCUGAUAGACAGGAGGGAACUCAAAGGGCCAGAUGAAAUCCAGCUGAGGGCCACACUUGGGCUAUACAUAUAGGUGUUGGAGGAAAGGAAAUAUAGACAGAACUUGUAUUUACUAUUUGAAACAAACCAGCAGUAUGUUUAUGACUAAUCAUAGUUACACUGACUGGUGAUGUAAUCCAGUGAAAUUGAUGACAGACUUUCUAUAAAUGGAAAUGUUGCUGUGGGAUAUGCAAACAGAAUAUGAAAGGGCUGGACUGAAUUUUCACGAAUGAUCUGUUUCUAAAUUAAGAUGCAGCCCACAUGUUAAUCCUGACACAUCUCAACGUGUUCAUUGCAAUCCAUUUGUGUCCUUUCCCUCUUGUUUCUUAUUUUUAGAACAGUCUUGCAACAGUUCCUUUUUUAUGUGCAAAAAUGGCAAGUGUAUUCCCCAAGAAAAUGUUUGUGAUACUAAACAAGAUUGUGGUGAUGGAUCGGAUGAGAGAAACUGCCAUAUUAACGAAUGCUUGAGUAAGAAAGUCAGUGGCUGUUCUCAAGAUUGUCAAGAUCUUCCUGUUGGGUACAAGGUUGGUAGUCCUGGUGUGUAAAAUAGUACGUUAUAAAUAGAGUUUUAAAUCUUAAAUUUGACUUGCAUAGGUACCAUAAACAUUAGAAUUUGACACUUCCUGGAAAAGAGAGCACACCUUGUGCUCACCAGUUUUUGCUAUUCCAUUACUAUAAUACAGAGGGUAUAAGACUCUAUGACUAAUACAAGAUUUAGUUUUAUAUGAUUUGGGGGCGGAAUGUUUCAUGGAAAGCCAAAUAAACUGAAAUAUGUCUGAAUAUCUUGAUAUGCCUUUCUUUUGGUCAGAAUAAAGGAUUAUUCUCCUCCUCCUAAUGCUUUUGGACUGUAGCUCCCAUCAGUCCCUCCCACCAUGGGAAUUGUAGUGCAACAACUUCCAGAAAGACACAAGUUCCCCACCUCUAAUGUAAGGCUAUGAGCUAAAUAUUUUGGUGGUAGUAGUGAAAAAAAGAGAAGCAGACUGAGGGAAGCAGCAAAGAAAAAAAAUGUAUAGCAAUGUCAGUCAUCUUAAAAAUAUUUUAAUUGUUCAUCAUUUUACUUUUAAAUGUUAAUCUCCCAUAGAUUUUUGACCAGGUUCACAAUUAAAAGAACAUUAAAACAACUACAAAAUCAUGUGGAACUAGUCCCAUCACACUGAAUAACCAGCAGAAAUAUCAAAAUAACACCAGUAAAUUAAAUAUAUGAAAAAUUAAAAAUGUGUUUAGAGCUUUUGUAAAUUAGCAUGAAGACGGAACUUGAUUAUACUCACCUUUUUGAAGCGGAAGGGGGGAUGAAAUUUCACAAUACUAGCCCAUUGGCUUCCCCCAGUACUUUUGUAUGAAUGCUUCUAGCAUCCCAUGUCUAAUGGCUGGGAAAUGAAGAGAAAAGUAUGAGAGAAAAGUAGAAGAGAAAAGAUUGGGAGGAAAGAAUUGGAGGUGGUAUGAGGAAUAUUUUCCCCUAAGGUUCUUUAAAGCAUAUAAGGGAAGGUCUAUCAGUAUGUGUAUGUAUGUGAUGUGGGGAGCAGAAGCUGCUGAAAAAUAUUUCUACCUGCUAGUCGAGUAUGACGGGUAUGAAAAGUUAGGUUCCUCUUCUCUGCCCUGCUUUGGCCCUGGAAAGAGCAGGAUGGUAAAUAUUAGUGUAGCAUUUAGCAACAAGGAGAUCACGAUCAUCUGUAUGCUUUGGGUAGAUCUUCACAGUCCAUCUCUAACUUGUAUCCUCAAACCUUGCUACCUCUUCUCCUUCAUAAAGUGGGCUUCGGAAUUUCUUACAGAAACAUGCAGCAGAAAUAUAAAACUUCUGCUAUGGAAAACCACCUGGAGAGGACGACUUGGUCUGAAUUGUCAUUUAAAAGUUAUUUUAGAUGUUAUAUUACUAGGUUUUAAACAACAUUUUGAUCACAUUGAUACGGUGCCUGUGCAAGAAAGAAAGCAGCUACCCUUAGGAUGUCUGAUGUAUAAUUUGCUUUUAUUUUUCCUUGUAGUGUAAAUGUUGGCCUGGCUUCCACAUGAAGGAUGAUGGCAAAACUUGUGUGGAUAUUGAUGAAUGUUUGUCUGGCUUUCCGUGCAGCCAGCAGUGCGUCAAUACAUAUGGCACCUACAAAUGUUUGUGUGCAGAUGGUUAUGAGGUGCAACCUAAUAACCCAAAUGGCUGCAAGUCACUUUCAGGUAUCAUUUGCUUCCUUGGCUUCUGGAAUAUUACUGACUCAGUGCAGUUAAACUUAGUCAUAACUAAGUCCCAUGGAAAGCAAUGCAACUUAAGUUAGUUUUGACAUUUUCCUUUAGUCAUGCAGGUUUAAGACCUAAACAUACUUUGUUCAAACAAAAUUAUCUGUGUAAUGCACAAUGCAUUAAACUUUCCGGUACUAACCAAACUGUCUUAAGGCAUUCUUCUUCUUAGGUAAAAAUAGAUGUUUGUCCAGAUGUGAGCAUCUUGUCCCAUCAUUUGUUUCACAUUAUGGGAUUGGAACUAGAGAAAAGCAUGUGAAGGGGCGCUGCCCCGGCAGCUCCUCCAUAAAUCCUCUCCUGAGGGUCAGCUAAAUGGGGCCUGCUGAAUGGGACAGGCUGUGGUGUAGGGGCUGAGAAGGAAGGAGGGUCCCUGGAAAUUGGACGGCUGCACCUUUCACAAGCAGGAGAGGGCUAGUGGGAAUAGAAUUAAUGCAAACAUUCUUUAAUGUUCAGUAGGCCCAGUUGCAAGAGGCAUGUAUUGUUGGGAAAUUACAGGGAAACAUUCCACAAAAUACACUGCACUGGAAGGAACAGGCCAGGAGUGAUCAUAGCAACAUCACCAUUCUACAUGCCAUUUGAAUAGCCCAGAACUGAUUUGCAAAACUGACUCUCUGAAAAUCUGUCACUCUGAAAAUCAGGGCUUAGAGUGGUUUGAAUUUGCUCAGCAUACCUUUUAUUGUACAUUUCUUAAAUAUUAUUCUGAGGUUGUGCUGAGAAUAACUUACUAGGAAGUUCCAAUAAAAUUAAUGGGGCUUCUUUGUGAUUACACAUGUAUAGUAUUGCACUAUAAAUGUAUUUUUUAAUGUACACUAGUUCCAAGUAUGCUUCACGUGCACUUCAUUUACAGAAAUUUUGAAUUAUUAAAAUGUAAGUUAAAUGUAUUUUCAGAACUAUUCAGCUCACUACUCGCUGAAAAUUCCGGCAUGCAUUAAUUUGGACCUUUCUGACUUUUGAAUUUUUCCCUUUCUUAAUGUCAACUGUUACUUAUCACCUAUUUGUCCCUUAAAAGCCAGGCUGAGUAGCUGUGCUUAAAUUCAUUUUGGAAUUGAAAUUAUUGAGAGUGCUAAUACAUUUUCUGUAUUACAAAGGCUAAAUUAAAGUACUCUGAAAGAAAUGCUAAUUGAAUCUCUUGUUCAGAUUAUGACGCAUCAUUGAUCUUACUUGAAAUAUUAUGCUUUUAAUGUUUCUUUCAUCCACAACGCUGUUCACAGCAUGUAGCAUUUUAUUUUUCACUACUUGUAUUUCUUUUCUUGAAGCUCCAUAAAUUAACUUAAAUGCUAACAUAGUAUUUUUCUCCUUUCGCUAUAUUUAGAUGAAGAACCUUUUUUAAUUCUGGCUGACCAUCAUGAAAUCAGAAAAAUCAGUACUGACGGAUCCAACUACACUUCAUUGAAACAGGUACAAUUCCAAUUAUCAUCUAAUUAAUACUUAAUAAUCUUAAUACUCAUUGCUGUUUAGAAUGCUUGAUGAACAUAAAACCACAGUCUUAACUGCACUCCAUAGCACAAGAUAAGCUAUGGACAAGGUUGGCUGUGAGCAUUAAAAGUCUGUAAUUCAGUUGUUGUAUUUCUAGUAACUGUAAAGGGCUAUAAUAAAUGAGGUUUCUCUUUAUUACACUUUCCUUUGUCACCUUACUUAAUUAUGUAAAUGGACCACUCGACCUGAUACAAAUAUGUAUAAUAUGUUAAAUCUAAUUACUAUUCAGGUCCCAAUAUCCUGAGUAGCCAUACCUGCUGAAAUGUUUUUUUCCCUACAAAUAAAGUUCCACUACCAGUGUCUAUUUUCAUGAGCACCAGUCAUCAUCAUAUCAUGUGUUAUCCUACUCUAAUAAGACCCAUAUUUCUACUGUGAAUUGCAUCCCAUUUUGUAAAUGUAUAAUCACCGUAAGUAUUUCUGCUAGAUAUACUGGACCAUGUAUUCAAAAUGCACAGUCUUUAAUGGACAUUUCUGGAGGGCAUAAAUAUUAAAAUAUCAGUUGAUUGGAAUUAGAAUAUGUUAAAAUUUUGUGUUUGGGUUUUUUUUUUUUAAGUUGACCAAUGUUUAACUUGUUUCAAUGCUUCCAACUGACUCUCUUUAUAUUCGGAAUCUGUUUCUUUCGUUAAGAAUUAAUAAAGCACCUAAGCCAGCUUGGCAUACGCAAAGGAUGAAUUCUUUCAAAAUCCUGUCAAUUUUGUCAAGAACAUUUGAUUCAUUAACUGUGAGAUACUAUGAAUAGCAUCUAUUCUCCCUUCCUGGAGAAUCCCCCCUUUCCCCCAGAGCUUGUUCUCAGAAACUACAUCUGAGAGUUCCCAAUUUGAGUGUUAUGUGAUCUAACUUCACACUUCUAAUGGAAUCCUGAAUAAUUUCUCCUGCACCUGCUUUUGCACCUCAAUAGGCAAACGAAGAGGCAGGCACAUAAGAUGGGGUUUAACUGGGACACUUUUAUUUAGAUCUUAAAUUGAAAUCAGCAGAGGGGGAUGACCAUGGGGCAAGAACUAACUUAACUGUAUAACUGUAGCCAUUGGGUGACCCACCCUUGCCGAAGGAAUUAAGGCACGGCUUCCUAGCCUGCCCCAAUUCCCAGGCAACACCCUGAAGGUGAGGAAGCCUUAUCCCUGGGACUGCAGAACCCCAGGUGGAGGCUCCUAUCUCACCCUCUGAACCGCAGAAUCCGAGAAGUGAGCCCCGCGGGCCAACCCAUCAUCUAAAGGUGCCUAAAGGGCGUCAACAUGCCCAAACCAAACUACCGUAUAUACUCGAGUAUAAGCCGACUUUUUCAGUACAUUUUUUAGGCUGAAAAAGUCCCCCUCAGCUUGUACUCGAGUGAUGGUCCUUUCGGGCUGCUCCUUCCUACGCCGCCUUUGCCUCUGUUGGCAGCAGUGGAGGACGAACGAGCAGCCCGAAAGCAGCCCUUUCAGGCUGCUUGUGCUUCCUCUGCCGCUGUAGCCACCACCAGGUUUGUGGUGUGGUGAACCAGCUUAUACUCGAGUCAAUAGGUUUUCACAGUUUUUUGUGCUAAAAUUAGGUGCCUCAGCUUAUAUUCGGGUCAGCUUAUACUUGAGUAUAUAUGGUAUUUAUUUUCCCACACCUAAACUGCCACUGAAAGGGGACAAAUCUCUAGGGGCUAUAACAUAAGGGCUCCCAAUGCCAAGACAGCACUCAAAACAGGUCAGGUGACAGUGGCUGCGUAUAGGUUGCUUAGGAUCCUCCUGCAGAGGAUGUUGCCUUUCAGUCUAAAAUUCCAUUUAAAUGUCAUCCACUUAAACUAGCACUACAUCUAACUGAAUCAUUUGAAUAUCCCUGCCAUUAAGUUAUAGGACCUAGAAGGAAUAUUGCAAGAGCUCUGAAGCAAUCUUGUCCAAGUAUAUUGUAUCCUUGCAGACAUAAAUAGAUUGGAACCAUGCUAAAUCAGUUGCAGUACAUUGGGGGGGUGGAUUCCCUAAUAAUAAUAAUAAUAAUAAUAAUAAUAAUAAUAAUAAUAAUUUAUUAUUUAUACCCCACCCAUCUGGCUGGGCCUCCCCAGCCACUCUGGGCGGCUUCCAUAGAAACCAAAAAUACACUAAAAUAUCACACGUUAAAAACUUCCCUGAACAGGGCUGCCUUAAGAUGUCUUCUGAAUGUCAGGUAGUUGUUUAUCGCUUUGACAUCUCGUGGGAGGGCGUUCCACAGGGCGGGCGCCACUACCGAGAAGGCCCUUUGCCUGGUUCCCUGUAGCUUUGCUUCUCGCAAUGAGGGAACCGCCAGAAGGCCCUCGGCGCUGGACCUCAGCGUCUGGGCAGAAUGAUGGGGGUGGAGACGCUCCUUCAGGUAUACUGGACUGAGGCCGUUUAGGGCUUUAAAGGUCAGCACCAACACUUUGAAUUGUGCUUGGAAACGUACUGGGAGCCAAUGUAGGUCUUUCAAGACCGGUGUUAUAUGGUCUCGGCGCCGCCCCCAGUCACCAGUCUAGCUGCCGUAUUCUGGAUUAGUUGUAGUUUCCGAGUCACCUUCAAAGGUAGCCCCACGUAGAGCGCAUUGCAGUAGUCACGUAGAGCGCAUUGCAGUAGUCCAAGCGGGAGAUAACCAGAGCUUGCACCACUCUGGCGAGACAGUCUGCAGGCAGAUAGGGUCUCAGCCUACAUACCAGAUGGAGCUGGUAAACAGCUGCCCUGGACACAGAUUUGACCUGUGCCUCCAUGGACAGCUGUGAGUCCAAAAUGACUCCCAGGCUGCACACCUGGUCCUUCAGGGGCACAGUUACCCCAUUCAGGACCAGGGGAUCCUCCACACCUGCCCGCCUCCUGUCCCCCAAAAACAGUACUUCUGUCUUGUCAGGAUUCAACCUCAAUCUGUUAGCCGCCAUCCAUCCUCCAACCGCCUCCAGACACUCACACAGGACCUUCACCGCCUUCACUGGUUCUGAUUUAAAAGAGAGGUAGAGCUGGGUAUCAUCUGCAUACUGAUGAACACCCAGCCCAAACCUCCUGAUGAUCUCUCCCAGCAGCUGCAUGUAAAUGUUGAAAAGCAUGGGGGAGAGGACAGAACCCUGAGGCACCCCACAAGCGAGAGCCCAGGGGUCUGAACACUCAUCCCCCACCACCAUUUUCUGAACACGACCCAGGAGGAAGGAGCGGAACCACUGUAUGACAGUGCCCCCAGCUCCCAGCCCCUCAAGACGGUCCAGAAGGAUGUUAUGGUCGAUGGUAUCAAACGCCGCUGAGAGAUCCAGCAGAACUAGGAAACAGCUCUCACCUUUGUCCCUAGCCCGCCGGAGAUCAUCAACCAGUGCGACCAAGGCAGUUUCAGUCCCAUGAUGAGGCCUGAAUCCCGACUGGAAGGGAUCCAAAUGGUCCGCUUCUUCCAGGCGUGCCUGGAGUUGUUCAGCAACCACUCGCUCAAUCACCUUGCCCAAGAAUGGAAGAUUUGAGACUGGGCGAUAGUUGGCCAUCGUGGCCGCAUCUAAAGAUGGUUUUUUAAGAAGCGGUUUAAUAACCUCCUCUUUCAGCGGGUCUGGGAAGGCUCCCUCACGGAGGGAAGCAUUCACCACCCCUUCUUCCAUUCAUUAUUAUUUCACAAAGUCCAUUAUCCUUUGUGUUUGAUUCCUGUUAUAUUCUUUUUAAAGAUCCAGAAUGUGGUUCAUAGAUUUUGUUAGCUGCAAAAAAUUCAGAACUUUAGGAGAUCAAAAGUCCUGGAAAAUGGCCUUGCAGCCAGGUUGGACACUACCCCCCCCCUCCACAUGUGCUUCAAUGUCCUUUUUUUUUGGUACAAACCUUACUGCUUUCUGACUUGGAAAAAAAAAUUGAAUUUGUAACACAUAAAUUAACUUAAAGGGGAAGUUAAUUUCAGGUUAUUUAUAGUUAUCAGUUUAAAUAACAUGUGAGUGCCACAAUCGAGCAGUCUCAUUUCAGCAUCAUGUUCUAUUAAAAGAUAUAAAUCAAACUUGAAAAUAUACAAGACAUAUAUUAUACAGUUAUAUACAUUUUGAUUAAUCUUUGAUUAUUUAUCUUGUCAGAGUUGUCAUCUUUGUUGUAUUAAAUGGCUUAUGGAAAAACCUGGUUAAUUAUUUUUUCCUUUUCAGGGUCUGAACAAUGUGAUUGCAGUAGACUUUGAUUACAAAGAGGAGUUCGUCUAUUGGAUUGAUUCCAGCAGGCCAAAUGGCAGUAGAAUAAACAGAAUGAAUCUGAAUGGAAAUGAUGUCAAGGUGAUUGGAAAGUAAUCAUGGAAUUAUAAACAUUAUUUGGGUUCCUACUUAAUAUUAUUAUAUGCCAAAUAGGGUUAUGCAUUUGCACAACUGAAGCUAGUAAGAAUUAUUAUAAAUACAAAAUAGCAUAUCUGUUCUUUAUUUUUAUGUUUUACUAAAGAUAACUGGGCUCAAAUCGUGCAGAUAGUUUAUUCAGCUAAUACAUGUCCAGUUAAAUGUGUGGUUAGGUAAUUCUAAUAGCAAAUAAAAAUGAAGAUACCGUUACAAAACUGUAUGCUGUAUGUCACAAUAUGAUUGAAUGAAGUCAAAGCAGCUUGUUUUAUUUGAUGGGUUAGAAAAGUCAUUUAAGGAUGCUGAUUGAAUUUAUCCUGUAUGUUUGCAACUUAUUUUUCUUAACAAGUUAUUGGUGCAAAGAAUUUUUAAGCCCUGUGCCUUGCUUGCAGGGCUCUGGGACAGUUGUACAAGGUCUCAGGAUACUCCUGCAAUCAGUGCUUUUUCCCAGGGGGUACUCAAGGGUACAGGGACACGGGUGGCACUGUGGGUUAAAUCACAGAGCCUAGGACUUGCUGAUCAGAAGGUUGGCGGUUUGAAUCCCCGUGACGGGGUGAGCUCCCGUUGCUCGGUCCCUGCUCCUGCCAACCUAGCAGUUUGAAAGCACGUCAAAGUGCAAGUAGAUAAAUAGGUACCGCUCUGGCGGGAAGGUAAACGGCGUUUCCGUGCGCUGCUCUGGUUCGCCAGAAGCAGCUUAGUCAUGCUGGCCACAUGCCCCGGAAGCUGUACUCGGCAAAUAAAGCGAGAUGAGCACUGCAACCCCAGAGCCGGCCACGACUGGACCUAAUGGUCAGUGGUCCCUUUACCUUUACCUUUUUACUCAAGUGUACACAGUACCAGCACCUCUUUUGUUGUUGUUAAACUGUAACAACUUCAUGGCGCUUACUGUAACAACUUCAUGGUGAGUGCCAGCACCUAUUUUUCUAGCGGGGGAAAACCACUGCCUGCGAUACCUUGUAAGAUCUCAGAUGGCCUCUGUGCGAAGUGAUGAAUGUGUGGCCUUACUAUUAGGUGCAGAAGUUGUACAUGAAGUGGCAGUGGUACAGCCCAUCCCACGCAAGGGCACAGCUGUAACUGGAUAGUUGCCCUUGAUAGCUUCAGCAUCCUGUAUGGUACACUUGUUGAAUGAUCAAAAUUAAGUUCAAAUCUAAAGUUUUGUUUUUUUAAUUUCCUCCCAUUUUUGAGUUAUGAGGGUUUGAAAUUCCAAAAAAAAAAGGAAAAAGGAAAAUUUUGGCCUUGCCAGCCUACACAAAAGCCAUAAAAACCCAGCCCGGAUAUUUGAUCAAAAUUAAGUUCAAAUCUAAAGUUUUGUUUUUUUAAUCUCAUCCCAUUUUUGAGUACUGAUCUCUUCAGAACUUCAUGGGCUUUAAUAUGAUAUGUCACAUGAUGGGCUUACUUUAGAUUUCAAAGUUAAAUUACAAAAUUUAAAACGUGAUUAAAAAUGAAUAUGAUUUUUUAAAAAUCAAAAAUAUAUAAGAGCUACUUGCAAAAUUUAAUAUUGGGAUCUCAAUGAGAUCACAUUUUAAAAAAAUAUUUUGUACAUACAUAUCUGCCUUAUUUGGGUUCUGUUUAGGAUCUUGGAGUAAAAUAUAACAGAAUAAACAAGGCUUAAAACUAUAAUAUCAGGCAUUUCAUAUCAGGCAUUUCUUUAGAAAGUUAUUCAGUUAAAAGGCAUUUGAAAGGCUAGUCAGGGUUUUCCUUUAAAAAUGUGUUCCAAACCAGCGUGAUAGAAUUAACAAUAAUAAGUUAGAAUUCUUUGGAUUUAAACUUAGUUUUGCUCAUUCAGCAAGUGUACAGAAUAUUAAGAAAAUGGGAAGACAUGAAGUAUUGGAUCACUUGAUAUGGAAGGACCCCACUUUGUUCUUGAAGUCUAACAGUAAUGGUGGUUGUUCCUGUCUUUUAUCCUUGAGCGCCCACUGACAGUUACACCUAAAGAGGCAUUUCACAUGCCCCAGGUGUUUCUAAGCAAUCAGCCCACUUUCCAUGCUACAUUUGAUUCUGGGGGGCUUUCACAGAAGCAGAUUACAACAUGGCAUGUCUUCCUGCUUGCCAAAAUCAAAAAAGUGAAAAGCAGCAGUUCUACUGGACAUGUCUAGUGUCUAAACUAGCAGUUUGGAUAUCAGCCUGCACUUGGAGAAAAGGGACUAAAAAAAUAAAUUUAGGGUUGCCAUAUUUCAAACAGUGAAAAUCUAGACAGAAAAGUGGUUGAGUCUUUUUUUUUAGCUUUACCCAAAGUUGUGGAGCUUUUCUGGCAAAUUCUGGCUAUUUUUAAAGAAAAUUGCCAAAAACAAUACAGCCGACACAGGUUGCCAUAUGUCCAGAUUUUCCCAGCCAUUUUAGCAAUUUCCGCCCAGACACUGCUUACAAAGUGUGUUCUCCUUCAUGGAGAGCACGUGUUGCGGUGGGGUCUGCUGAGCCGCCCCUCUGUUACCAGGCAGGGUCUCUAAAGAUGGCCUGGGGCAGUGAUUGGUUCACUGGGUUGCUGGGGUAAAAGUUAUGUUGCAAUUUUGGUGGGAGGGGUAAAAUGUUUAAAGACACUGCUUACAACUACAGUAUUCCAGAUAUGUCCAGGAAAUUCUGGACAUAUGGCAACCCUAUUAAUUUACUAUUUUAAAAUAGCUUUCUCAAACCAACCUGGGUUUUAAUUUAGCCUCUUUUUUGUUAUUUUUAAUAUUCUUUAAGAAAUGCAUAAUUUCCCUCAAAUACCUUGGGAAAUUUGGUCUGUAAUCUUAUAUACUCUCUUUGAGCACAACAAAACUUACUUCUCAGUAGAUAUACAAUUAAUUGUGCUGCCAAUUACGAAAUCACAUUUGUCAAGUGUAAUAUCAUUUGUUUCUCUCUUGCAUCUUUUAAAUAUUUUUCAAGAAUAAGAAAUGGAUUCUGUUCUUGUUUUUCUGUGUAUUCCACUACUUAUACAAUUUUAAUUUCUCUAGGUAGUUCAUAACACAGCUGUUCCUAAUGCACUUGCAGUUGACUGGGUUGGAAAGAAUCUCUAUUGGUCUGACACAGAAAAAAGGAUUAUUGAAGUAUCAAAAGUCAAUGGCCUGUAUCCCACCGUUCUUGUGAGCAAAAGGGUGAAGUUCCCUAGAGAUCUCUGUUUAGAUCCUCAAGCUGGGUAUGGAACUAUAUUACAAACUAAUUAUGUUAAUUGAUCACAUCUGAUUAGGAGAAUGUGGGUUCUGAGGUUAGUUUAUGAAUGUGUUUAACAGUUACAAAAGACAACUCAAGUAUUUAUCAUAACAUAUUUGAAAAUUCCAGAAUGGAAACUUGAAAUAUCCUUUUCUCCUCUGAAGGCAGAAGGAGGGUUAAUUAUGUGACCUGACAGAGAUAUAUUUGCAAUAAGUUAAAACUUUACAGCAUAAUAUCAUUAAGAGAUGAAACAUCCUUAAAUAAGAUAAUAAAGCAGUAAAGCUUCCCCUAUAUUUAAACAGUUAUGCUUCAGAAUAAGGAAUUUUUUUUACAAUUAACGAGCAGAUGGAUCCCUCAAUUAAAAUUAAUACAAACAUCCAGUAGAUCUUAAGAAUUUGGUAAAGCUUUUUUGUUCCUUGACAAGAUGUUUUGCUCCAAAUUAUACCCAGUGACAUAUUUUCUUUGGGCAUUAUUUCUCUGGAUGUUACAAGCCAGGACUGUAGCUAUUUAUUAGAGAUAUCAGCCAAGCCAGCUUUGGUCUAGCCUGGAAAUUAGCUUUGGGAGCUCUCAUCUCAAAGAACAGGUGAGCAAUAGUGUUCACAUCAAAGAACAGGCAAGCAGUAGGAUUUCCUGAUUGACUCUGCCAAGCACCCAGCCAUCCCUUUGACAUCUGGUAGGGGAGAGAAAAAGGGCCUUCAGCGGUGGGUUGCUGUUUCUCACCUAACAGCUUUUGGAGCUGCAGCAUCUUCAAAUCAAUAGUGAUGUCUUUAUUCAUUAUACAUCUUAGGCACCUGGUGAAAAUGUUCCUCUUCAACCAGGCCUUUGUCUGAUUAACAUUCUAUGACUCUAUGUCCUUUUAAACGUGUGUGGGGGGGAGCGAGGGGUGUUACUGCUUUGUUUUGUUCUUGUUUUUAUUAUGUAUUUGUGUUUUUAUGCUGUGAACUGCCCAUUGAUUUCAGUAUGCAGAUUUAAAGCCCCUGUGGCCAGGGAAAUGGAUGUGUAACAUUGCAUAUAGAUAACACAAAGUGUUCUUUUGUUUUCAGCUGCCCCUGACCAAUAUUUUAAUUGGCCUGAAUAAAUUUUGAUUAAGUGCACUUUAGAAAUUUUAUUUUUGUUUCUGCAGUAGUGCCUAUCCUCCUCCCCUCCUCAGAAAUGAGCAGAGGCCUUUUCUAAUUUGGGGGGCAGGCGGUGGUGGAAAUAGCUCGCCUUAUCUUAUGUGACCCAUGUUCCACAUGUGGGUCACUCGUUUUUCUUUUCUGAUGCAAAAUAUCAAUAUUUGUGAACUUGUCAUUUGAUUGAUGAAAUCAGGAUCUUCCUGCAGAAUCAUUUGCUCAAGCAACAAUAACAGCCCUGCAACGUGUGAUUCUGUUUUCUGAGACAGUACAGCUAAACGAGGUCUUCUGGGGACAUCAUUCAUAUGCUCAUUACAUCCAUAUAAAUUGGGGUGGGGAUCUUUUAUUAAGAAUAAAAUUAAGAUGUGGGUGAAGGGCACUGAACCCUUCUCUCUCCUGAACCAUAUUCCACCUUAAUCCUUUGCUCCAACUGAGGGGAAGAGGACAUAGGACAGUGCAUUCCUUUUAUUGGUAACAUUAGCAUUGCUACCACCUGGUUUCAACUGGAGCCAACAAGUGAAAAGAAAUGGACCUGCCAUCAUAGAGUCUAGUUUGUCCCAUAGUUCGUAGAUUUUCACUCUUUUGACAAGUAAUAUAAUCAAUGAGCUCUAUAUUUACUAACCAGCAAUAGUACUUCCUAGUUAGAAUGUUUAGGAUUGCAGUAAUAGAAUAAUUCUUGAUCCCCUGAUUAUACACAUAUAUUUUUCCUGACGAAUACAUUUGUAUCAAUAAACAAAAGAGUUAUCAAUUUUAUUUCCUAGAUAUUUGUACUGGAUUGAUUGCUGUGAGUAUCCUCACAUUGGCCGAGUUGGCAUGGAUGGCUCUAAUCAGACAAUUGUGAUAGAAACACAGAUAUCUAGACCAAUGGCUCUUACAAUAGAUUAUGUCAACAGAAGACUCUACUGGGCUGAUGAAAGCCAUAUUGAAUUUUCUAACAUGGAUGGCUCUCGUAGAAAUAAAGGUCAGUUGCUCUCUGAAACAAAGUUCAGACAUUUUGUUAUUUAGCUAGGUUUUUUAUGCUCAUUAUAGAAGUGAACGUAUUUCUAUCGACUACAUUUUCACCAAUAAUGUAUGCUAAGAAAUCAGAACAGUGCAUAUCAAAGAGGAUGGAAAACAUGAGACUGUAGCUGGUUUUUUAAAAAAAAUUUAAAGCACUACUCAAUUAUCCUAUCCAAAGCUAAAAAUAAUACAGACAUAAAAGGGGAGAAAAUCACCAGUACAAGCAUAAAACAUUUAUUUCCAUUCAUUAAUAAAAGUGCAGCCAUUAGUUCUUUUAAAAUGACAGUACAUAUGUGAUUCAAGAAUAUGUAACUCAGGAAUAUACAAAGACCAAUGAGUAAGAAUAUAUAAAGACCAAUUAAUGGAGUGCAUUUACUAUUCUUUUUUCUAUUCCUAUCUAUCUUUCUCUAGUAUAAAAAUCCAGUGAAAGAGAGUUUAAAAAAUCCAGUCGUUUUUUAUAUUUCGUUUACUGGAUUCCAUUAGUGCAAGUGCCCUCCAGAUGUUAUUGGACUAUAAUUCCCAUCAGGCCUGAUCAGCAUUGCCCCUGAUGAGUUCAACAACAUCUGGAGGGCAGCAUGCUGGCUACUUCUGGCUAGUGUAGUUCUGGAGAUCUUCACCUCCUUAAUCAACUGUAGCGAUUUGAGAAUUACUGCUGUGACACUGUGACUCCUGUACAAAACUUCUUGAUAUAUAUAUAUGCACAGCAAAUGUACAUGCACACAUGUAAGUACCAAAUAUUUUUAUUCGUUACUAGGCAAGCUUGGGGGAUUAUUGCUACGAAAUUGAGAACCCAGGCAGCAAAUGGUUGACAGAUUGAGCUGCUAAUUUAAAUGAAGACUUUGCUGAUUUGAAUCUCGCCUUAUUAGUUGUUAUCUGGGAAUUGACUGUCUCACAGCAUCAGGUCACAUCUAGAAUAAAGGAGUAAUAAUAUUGUCUAUCAGGAUUAUAAUGGGAAUCACUUUUCACAUAUUUACCAAUUUAUUUCUUGUGAGCACGGUUUGAUUUUUGUGUGUAUAUUGCCAAAAUUGGGAAAGUACAAAUGGGGAGUUAGCUCUCAACUUCAAAGGGCCCUAUUUCUAACCUCAUAGUACUUGGAAAAUGAGAGAGUUGUCUCCCAACUUAGCUUCUAUUCAUGAGGCCAGCACUAUACUACUUCUGCAGCUGACAUGAAAUAGUCAAAGCUCUAUGGAAGACCAUGGAGGUUCAUACAUAUGAGCAAUAAUGGACUUUUCUGAAUUCAUCUGCCUUUUACAUUUUUUAUUCAAAUCUCACAAGUAUUGUAUUCAAAAUCAUAUUUAAAAACAUCAAUAUUAGUUUAUAAAUAAAAUAAAUAUUAGUCAAUAUUGAACUGUCUGCAUAUUUUGGAAAAAUAUAAGAAGUACGUACACAGGUUGUCAUAAAGAGUAUAUAAUUUAAUGAGCGAGAUUCAGAACAUAAUUUUUAUAGAUAAAAUGGUAAAUUGCAUAUGAACCCUUGAUUAAACCUUUGACAAAAUACUCAAAAUUAUGCUUUCCAUAGUGAACAGUUUAAUUUACAAACUCAUUUAAUGGACUUCUGUAUACAGUGGUACCUUGGUUUAAGAACAGGCCUGUUUAUGAACUAUCUGGUAUAAGAACUCCGCAAAACCGGAAGUAGUGUCCUGGUUUGCAAACUUUAUCUUGGUCUAAGAAUGGAAUCCGAACGGUGGAAGGGCACCCACAGCCUCAUUAGGGAAUGCGCACCUUGUUUUAAGAAUGGCUUUGGUUUAAGAAGGGACUUCCAGAACAGAUUAAGUUCAUAAACCGAGGUACCACUGUAGUCCAGUAUUGCAUCGCAGACAGUGAUGAUAGAGAACCAUGCUUUCUUUGAUUUUUAUAUAAAGGUACUUACAGAAAGGGAUGUAAAAUACAUGUUGAGUCAAUUAGAAAUGCCAGAUUUGCCAUUGGGACUAUUUAAUCUUUCUUUGCAGGCUACUGGGGUAUCAGAAUAACAAUGCAGGUGGGCAGAACUCAGCAAACAGUAGAGAGUGUACUUCAAUGAAAACCAAUAACAUUUGCAAUUCUUCCUUUGAUGACAAAUCUUUUGUUGAUGUGUCACAUUUUCUUUCUUCAGGAAUAGUUGCAGAAUAGCGGAUUCUGAUGUCACCAUAUCCCCCUAUAUAGUGAUCAAUGUACCUAUCACACAUCCUUCACCCCACCCACUUGACUUUCAUGUUCUGCCACCUGCUGUCAAAGAAUGUGCUCCUUAAUAGCUGACUUUUCAUUUAGUACAUAUAAAAUAGUACUGCAAAGUCAUAUUUUGUAUAAGUGUUAUAAGAUGAAAAGAUCUUGGUUCCUCUUAAACCACUUCAUCCUACAUGAUGAUGCCCUGUAACAAGCAAUAAAUCUGAGCUAAAGCUCUCAGAGUUCCUCCUCUAUAUAUGCGUAUUCCUAAUAUAUGUGGAGGAAAACACACUGCAACAAGUGACCUCAGUCAUAAUUUAAUAUUUUGACACAAUCGUCACCCUUUAUCUUGUUAGCACCAAUCCUAGAGCAGUACAAGAACCUGGGGGGGGGGGGGAAUGAAAUUGUUCCUGACCAGUUGCUAUCUAGGGGUUCAGGCUAGUCCUAUUUGCUCAGGAAUAUUUAUUGAUAGAAGGGAUGUGGGUGGCGCUGUGGUAUAAACCACUGGGGCUAGGGCUUGCUGAUCAGAAGGUCAGUGGUUCAAAUCCCCAUGAUGGGGUGAGCUCCCGUUGCUCGGUCCCUGCUCCUGCCAACCUAGCAGUUCGAAAGCAUGCUAGUGCAAGUCGAUAAAUAGGUACCGCUUUGGCAGGGAGGUAAACAGCGUUUCCGUAAGCUGCUUUGGGUCGCCAGAAGCGGCUUAGUCAUGCUGGCCACAUGACCCGGAAGCUGUCUGCGGACAAAUGCCUGCUCCCUGAGCGCUGCAACCCUAGAGUCGUCCGCGACUGGUCUUAACAGUCAGGGGUCCCUUUACCUUUAUUUAUUGAUAGGCACUGUAUCAUUAAGUAAAAUAUUACAUAAGGGGAAGGUUCUAUUGAUCACUGGUCCAAUAAGCCAAAUGGGGUACUGCUCCACCAAUCUCAGUCUCUCCUCAGCAAGGUCCCACCUGCCUGCUUGCUUCCUUACAUCCAGUCCACUGUCUGUUAGCUUCCCCUCCUUAGAAUCUGUAGAACUCGGCAGGCAGAAGAAUGGGGACAAAACCAGAAUUAGUUGGUUUUGCCUAUUACUGGCUCUGAAUCCACCUAUUUUUCACCUCCUUGCCUUCUGCCCUACCAGCCCCAAUCAGCAUCAGCCUUCACUGCUAUUGAUACAGAUGUUUGUACAUGUAGAUUCUAGGGGGAAGUUCUACUUGGCAUCCCCACAUGGGAGCAAUACUGACUGAAGAAGGCUAAGGACUACCAAUGAUUGCACAAAUGUCAUCUCCUAAAAUUGGUACCGUUAUUUAAAAUAAUUAACUAUUCAAUGCUACAGAAAAAAUUAGCGUUUAGAGAAAUGGAAAACAAAUCAUUAAUAUAGAUUGAUAAACAGUUGCACUAUCUUGUGGGCAAAUAAAUGCAGUUAUCAGUAAAAAAAAUUGCGUACAUCAAUUUACACCUUGAUAGACAAGAUUAACAGUUCUUUAUAAGCAGCAUUUGUCAAACAAAGGUUACUAGAUUUAGCAUAAAAAGAUACACUCAGUGGUAAUACGCUCAAUGACAUGCAGCGCUUAUAUCAAGCAUAAAAGAGUUUGACAUGAAACUCAUGAAUAUUUUAAAAAUGAAACAUAGCACAAUUCCUAUUCUCAUCGCGAACAUCUACUGUAGUACUUGCAAAUAUUUUCCUGUAUUAUACCAUCAAUGGAUUGCUUCACUUGCUACCUUCCCUACAAACUGCAUUGUAUCCCUUCUGUGAUACUCCUUCGAAGCCCAAUCUAGAGGGCCAGAGUUCUGUGGCUUCUGCUUGUACAAUGGGUCUUUCCCCUCCAGCGGCCCUCCUGCCUCCUAAAAUUGGCUUGGGGGACAUGAGAACCCCCAGAACAGGGCAUGGAGGUAGCCGGGAGUGAGGGGAUCAUUCCAUUUGGCAAGCUGAAAUGCUUGCACUGUUGGAACGCUCAACGUAGUGCAACAUUGAAUUCUCCCAUAGUAUUAUGAUCACUGGGUUUGCUAAGUCUGUGCACAUUAUGGGAAUAGUUCUUAGGUAGCAGUCUUCUACACUGUAUUCUUGAAUGGUUAGUAUUCCACAAUACAAUGUUAUUUAAAAGGGUUUUUUUAAGGUAAUAUUAUUUUAAAUAACAUUUGCAUACUACUCUUCAUCUGAAGAUGGCAGGGUGGUUCACCACAUAAAAAUACAAAAUGAGAACACAAAACAUAAUAAAAACAAGAACAAAAACCAAUAACUGCCCUCCCACAAACAUAUUUAAAAAGAUAUAGAUUGUUAAUCAGCCAAAGGCCUGGUUAAAGAGAAAUGUUUGCAUCUGGUUCUUAAAGAUAUGUAAUGAAGGUGCUGGGCAAACCUUCCUGGAGAGAGCAUUCCACAAAUGGGGAGCCACUGCAGAAAAGGCCUGUUCUUGUGUUGCCAUCCUCUGGACCUCUCAUGGCAGAGGAACACAGAGAAGGGCUUCAGAUGAUGGUCACAGGGUCUGGGUCGGUUCAUAUGGGGAGAGGUGAUCCUUGGGGAAUUGUGGCCUUGAGCAUGAAAUAAGCCUGAAAGCACACAUGAAAUCCCACCUGAUAAUUCACAACAAAGUGAAUACUAGCAUUACAGCACAAAAACACAGUGUUUUUCAUGCACAUAACUUCAUUUUCUUCUCUCUUCAUAGAGCUUUGUCCUUACUGCCAUGAUAAUUUUAUGAACUGUGAAUUACUAUUUUACAUGCUUGUUACUAGUAAUGGGUGAACUUAAAACAGCAUGCAAAGGGACACUGAACUAAACAUACUCAGUGGUCUGAACAAAAUUCUGAAGUUGAAGAGGAGGGGGGGGGACAGGAGAGGAUGAUUUGCCAUUAAUGCACAGUGCCACUCGGAAAACAAAAUCAGUUAAUUUGGAACAUCAAUCCCAAAAUGUGGGAGAAGUUCAGAUAGAAAUGAAAAACUGUAAGAAAAUUGCUGGAGAAAUGGGUGUACUCACUGUCUUGAACAUGAACUCAAGCUGUGUGGAAAGGAAGAGUCUUUUGUACAUGCCCAGAAAGUAAUAGGCUCUGCUCUGACACUCUUUGCUCUUCUGCUGCUGUUGUGGUGGUGGUGACUUGAAGCGCACCAUAUGCAUGCCUAGACACAGUAUAACCAAAACAAUGUGCCCUUGAAUUGCCUUUUUAAAUAGAAGAAUAACCUUGUAUGAUGAAACAAAGCUGCAUCCAAAGAAUUAAGGAAUCCCUGCAGAAGCUAUAAAUUACAUCCAGCCUACAAUUUGUGCAAAAACUUUCAAAUCUGCAUGUGGCAGUGCUCAAAUAGUAUCCUGCUAUCAGUUCCCUGGGACCCAGCUGUUUCUUUCACUAUGGUUAGGCCAACAGAGUUUAGCCAAGUGGGGUUGAUGUAUCUAAUCUUAAUCCUAGAUACUUUUAACUGGUAACAAAGAGCCUCCAGGCUUGACAGGUUGUCACAGCCAUUAUUCACAAGAAGCUAUGCAGUCCUUGUCUUUGUCAGCUUUUGCAGUAUGGAAUAUUUUAGCUGGCAGUCUUCCAAAACUGAACAUUAAUCUUACAUUCUGUUGCAGUUCCUAAUCAACAUAUUCUAGGCGUGAUUGCUCUCACAUUAUUUGAAGACUACAUCUACUGGACUGAUGGAAAAACCAAGACAGUCAACCGUGCCCAUAAAACCUCUGGAGCAGAUAAAGUAGCACUGAUUAACUCGUGGCAUGCCAUAACUGAUAUCCAAGUGUAUCAUUCAUACAGACAGCCUGAUGGUAAAUAUUUUCAGCAUGUGUUCUGUAAAGAGCAUUCUGACUUCAUUAGAGUUCUGAAGACUUUGCUUAGUGAUUAACCUAAGCAGUUUUAUAUUGAAUUGCUAAAGACGUAAGACGGAAAGAAGAGCAAAAUAUUAGAAGUAUGGUUAGUUUCGCUGAAGGUCUGACACUGAAGGUCCAUUACAUAAGCAACCUAUGUUGGCUUUGUGAACCGCCUCAGUUCUCACUCAAUUUUUGUAACGGGCCCUGGAAAGAAGUAAACUCUUACUGAGCCUGCAACCACUGCCAGUAAGUCUCUACUGGACACCAGGAAAGAGUUCACGGUUGCACAGGAUCCAGAAUUCUCUGCUAGUUCUGAGUAUUUUUGAAUUUCAGGAGUCCUUCAGGCUUGUCAAUUGGCUGAAUUAGUCUGAACUAAUAUAAUACGACACAAACUGUAUUUUAUAGGCAGUUUGAAUCAAUGCAAUUUAAAGGCCUUUUGGACCUUUUUGUGUGUGUAUCCUAGGAAAAAGUGGGGGAAAGUACAAAAGGCCUUUAAAUUGUGUUGAUUCAAACACACACAGGGCCUGCUGGCCUGCCCAUGAGGUAGCCUGAGGGAGCUGCCUCAGGCAUUAGGACACAAAGAGGGAGUGCCUAGGUGGGCAUCCUACCUGACUGCCUCCACUGCUGGAGAAGUGGUAGUGCCACAAGCUUCUGGCAAGAUCUCACUGAAAUCUUGUGCACUCCAUGAGAUCUUGCUGGAACUGCCUCAUGACCCAGAUAAGGGAGGACUUGGUGGGCAGCACCUUUCCAUUUUGCCUCGGGCAGCGAAAUGGGAUGUGCUGCCCCUGGAAAAAAUUACUUUCAUUCAUAUAGAUAGUCUGAUGGUAAAUAUUUAUAUGCAUAUUUGUUUACUUUAUUAUUAGCCGUACUGAGGUACCUCUAUUUGCCAGAAGUUUAUCUGGGGGAAAGCCAGCUAUGUUGCUUUUCAUGUGAAUCACCUUAGCACAUUUUAAUUGUUUCCUCUUUUGCAUUCCUAGUGCCUAAACAUCUUUGUGCAUUGACUAACGGUGGCUGUAGUCACCUGUGCCUCCUGGCCCCAGGCAAAACACACACAUGUGCCUGCCCCACCAACUUUUACCUCGCGGCAGAUAAUAAGACUUGCUUAUCAAACUGCACAGCCAGUCAAGUAAGUAGAACGUUUGUAUUGUAACAUUUAUAAGGAUUACUUAUUAAUGUAUUUAGAGACUUUGAAGCAACGUAAAGACUUGUGAGAGUUUUCAGAUUAAGGGGGGAGGGCACUAAUAGUUUUAAAUAGUAAUGAAUGAAGGUACUGUUGGUUAGGAACUUGGUUUUUUGUUUUGUUUUUUCAAAAUCAGAAAAUCUGGUUUAUGGCGUUACGGUUAUGUUGAAGCCUAAAUUAUUUAUCUUUAUAUUCCUUAUUUGGAUAAAUUUCAUUCGGUACAUCAACAAAGCUAUUCCCCCACCCUAACGUGACUGAUAUGUGUUGGCUUGGAUCCUGAUUUCCAAAGUUCUAUUCAUGGAACAGGAUCUUUCAUCUCUCAUUUGCUUUUAUAGCCCACUGUCUCCCUCUGUUUCUGAACUAGCAUGCCAUGGAAUUUCCAAAAAUACCCCCCUCCCCCAACCCAUGAGAAUGGAAGUGCCUUCCACUCACCUAAGUAUGCCUGUUAAUCCAGAUCAUUAAUACCUUUAGUGGGCAAGAAACUAAUUUCAAAGAACAGCAGACUCCAUAUUCUGGCUUUGGGCUCUGAUUUCUUAUAAAUUAUUUUCAGCUGCAAAAAGAAACAUGUUAUUUCAAUAAAAACUGUUAACACUUUAAGGUUUUCCAUAUUAUACCUUUCUCCUACAGUUCCGCUGCAAAACUGACAAAUGUAUUCCAUUUUGGUGGAAAUGUGACACUGUAGAUGAUUGUGGGGAUGGAUCAGAUGAACCUGAAGAAUGCCGUAAGUAUUUUAGCAAGUUGCAUUAACCUAGCAUUUUCAUACUGUAAGAGUCAACGUGGUACAGUGGUUAAGAGGGUUGGAGUAGGAUUCAGGUCUCCACUUGGCCAUGAAAUUUGCUUUAGGCCAAUUUAGGGAUGACUUUAGGCCAAUCUUUUAGCCUAAUCUACCUCACAGGUUUGUUGUUUGACUACAAUGGGAAGAUAGAGAACCAUGAAUGCCGCCUUGAGCUUCUUGAAGGAAGGUGGGAUAUAAAUUUGUCGUUGUUGUUAAGUCAAUAAAAUCUACAAGACUGCUACAGAGUGAACAAACAAUUUAUAUAAUAACUUAAUUAUCUGGAGAAAUAGAACUUUCUCUAAGCAUUUCUGCUGCAACUUGGUAUAAUAUUUAAUUUUUAAAUAAUUUCCUAAUAUCUCCCUUACUUAUAUUAUAGCUUUUGCAAAUAAUACAAAAGAAGAUUUGCAGCAGUCUGGCUAUCACUAGAGAUUUCAUAAGAUGUACUGCAGCUUAGCACUUUUAUAACACUGCUGCAGUAUCCUGAAUGUGCUGUAAAAUCUGCAGAUAUUUUGAUAGGCUCAUAGUUCAUGCACCUGCCACAAUACUCCUGUCAUUUUUUAAAAAGUAAACAAUGUUUGCAGCAGGUACAAGUAUGCCUGCUAUAAUUUUGCCAUGACAGAUGAAUACGUGACAGGUGAAUACAAAUAUAUUAUAUUCAUGAAAGCAGGCUUGCGUAGCUUUGCAUUUUCUGCAUGGUAAUUCAUAGUGGAGACUUUUCUGCUGCACAUGGCUUAUAUUGGUUGGUACACAUGCUUCAAAUCUCUUCAUUCUCAAUUUUUUAAAUAAACUAGGCCAGUAGUUUUUUUAAUCAGCAAGCCGAAACUUCCUAGAGCUCCAGUGCAACAGCAGAAGCAAAACAGGAUCCUCAGCAGGUCACUUUCUUACCAUUACAAUUAGCAGUAUUCCCUCAUCUAGUUAUGUUGGAAGUCUGUCAGGCAGUUACUAGGCAACAACCAAAUGCUGUCCGCCAGUAAAAUAUAUGUAGUGGAUCAGCAAAGCAGCAGGGAAGAUGGCAUUGUGCUAACACACCAGUAGAACCAUGGUUGCCCCGUGGCAUUUUGGCAAACUACAAAAUGGCACCCCCCUUCCCUGUUAGGGAAGAAGGGAGGAGGGAGUGAAGGCUGACAUCAGGAAUAAAAAAGGAAUAAAGAUAAACAUUGGCAUCUGUUGCCCCUGCAGAUCCUGCCACCUGAGGCAGUCACCUUGCCUUGCAUCAUGCGUAGGCCAGCUCUGGGCGGAACCAAUCUGGUUUUCCUGCUGGCACAUCUUUACUGGGCCAACGCUGCCUCAUUCUUCCUCUACAUAAGCAGCAGCAACUCAGCUGUCAAGAGUGAGCGCUGCCACUCAGCCACACUGAUUGCUGCUGUGUAUAGGUAUAUUUAUACAUGUGGGUCAAUUCAAAUUGAGUUUAGGUGAUUUUUCACUAUAAUUUGAAAUCCAGACUGGAUUACUGGGAAGGAAACUAGUUAUGUUUGACUGCCUUUGCUUCACAGGGCUAAUGGUUCUCAAAUUUCAAUCAAAUCUCUGAGGACUAGAGCUCAAAGUGUCCUCUGCUGCAGAGGAAAUGUAAGUGAGGCUAGUGGUGAUCUGAGAAGAGUGGCUUGCUACUUAGAAGGAGUGAAGUUGUCACUGCUAAUGCCAUGAUAAAGAACAGGAUGUGAGGGUGAUCUGGCUGAGACAUCUGUCACCCCAUUGAUCGCCAGGGUUGAUUCGGCUGAUAUUGCUGGCUAGGCGGGUGUCCCCUUCCUCCCUCACUGCUCCAUGUGCUUCCCUCCCGAAGCUGCACGCUCGGUGGAAGAGGACGACCAUCCCAGAUAGAAGGAGUAUACCGUUCUUCGGUCAAGGGUAUACGAUAGCUGUGAUAAAGAACAAAUAUGACUUGCAUUGAGGUUUAGGGUGGAGAAAGGCUUCCCAAAUGUGCAACCGUUACUAUUUUGGAUAGAUAAUGUUUUAUUAAAUCUUCCAUUAAUUUAGAAAACCCUGAAAAUGUAGAAUUUUAAAAUGAAUCAAUAAAAUUAAGAACUCGUAGACCACAAUAUUAAAUUGGUACUACUGCAGGUACCAAUGGCUGAUGCUGUUGGAUUCAUUUCUGAGUAAGCAUGCUUAGGACUGUGGUGUCAUAGUAGUGAUUUGUAGCAGUCCUAUAGCAUAGCUGUCAUAAUCUUCUUCCUAUGGAUGCCUAGAAUCUUGCUCAUAAUUUUGGAGUUGGCUAGAUUUUAUUUAAACAAGCUAGUUUCACACUCACAGAGAGGCAAAUUUCAGUUUUAGUUAUUAACCUAGGCAUACACAUACUUAUUUUAGCUAGUACUGUUUCUUGUAUUGAUUCAGAAGGUAUUUGUGCUCUGUGUAUCAAUAUCGUCAUCCAGAUAUUCACAGUAAGUAUUGGUGCAUUAACUAGUUUGAAUGCAGUCAUUUUGCUGAUCUGUACUUGCAAUAUGAUGUCCUGAAGAACAUCAGAAUGCAGGAAAUCACACACUUUACAGUUGCUGAGAAAUUAAGCUUUCAUGCCAAUUAGCUUCCACUUCUCCUGCUUGGACGUCAUAUAGUUGUGGGAGAAAGGUGUAGCUGUGAAUUUGUAAACAGAGAGUCAUCUGGCUGAAACAAUUUUAGUACAGCUAAGAGAAAAUACAUUUAAUUGCUUCUUUGAGGCAAGAGAAGCAAUUAGAAUCACCCAGUUUCUGAUAGUUCUCACGUUGCUUUAAAAAUUACAAAAUAGAGGCAUGCAUUCUUGUUAAUUGCAAAACAUUUUAUAUGCAUUUGAUUAAAAAAACACUGACUUAUAAUGGAAAUUUUUUAUUAACAUACUUGGACUAAGAGAUAGACACUUUACAUAUCUAUUUAUUAGUAAACAAAUAUAUGAUAGCUUUUUCGUAAGCCUAGAAAUGCUAUGAAAGGCUGUUGUGUUGUUGCUGUUUUUUAAAAAGCUUAUUACCAUAAAAUGCAGCUGUUCAACACUUUAUUCUUUUUUCCAGCUGAAUUUAAAUGCCAGCCUGGCCGAUUUCAGUGUGGAACUGGACUCUGUGUUUUACCAGCAUUUAUAUGUGAUGGAGAGAAUGACUGUGGAGACAACUCUGAUGAACUCAAUUGUGGUAAGCAUUAUAUGGCAUGAGACUGCUUUGAGGUUGCUGUUUUUGCCUACAAUCAAGUGGUAUAUAAAUUUUCUGAAAUAAAUAAAAUAAAAAAAAAAGCUUUUUGGAGAAUCUGAUGCUAUAGUCUACCAUUUAUCAGCUGCAGCACAGCGUCAUGUACCGUGCUCCAGUUUCUUUUCUUUUCUUUUUUAAUUGGUUUUUCCAUAUUACAUCACAAUACAAAUAUACCAAAGCCAUCACCACAUCCUCCCCAUCUCCACAGAUAUCAAUCAGUCAAACAUAAUAUUCUUUUGUCCCUCCCCCCCCCCCAGGAUGUUUCACACCUCCCAUUGCAAGAAUCUGCUGACAAUGUUUCAGAAAGGAGGGGGCGGAUUUUGCUCAUCGCUUCUUCCGCUCCAGCCUGUGGGAGUCUGAGUGUUAUCUGUAUAUAGAUAAGGUGACUGCUCAAGCAGCUGUAACACUCAUGCAGUCCAGCGUCUCCGAUUAGUCUUUAGUUAGUUUAUGCAGUAGCUGUAGAGAAUAAAAGAAGUUAUACUUCAGAGCUGUUGUUCGUGUGGUUCAUACUCUGCUGUGCUCCGCUGACUUUUGGAACUGAGUUUGGUGCUCACAGCUCUAAGUUGUGAGUCCACAGCACUUAGACCUGCUCCCUGCAGUGGAAGGUCUCUGGGAGUGCUUUUCCAGCUCGCCUGGCCCAAUCGGGGCUGAAGAGGUUGAGCCCAGUCAUUGGCACCGGCUCAAAGGCGAAGCUGACACCCCCCGCUUCCCUCCGCCCCUACUCAAUUUCCUCUACAUUCUGACAUUACAUUUAUCUUUGCAUUCUACAAUCUUCUCAAAUCUUCUAUAUAUUCUUAUUAUCCUUCUUAUUAUCCUUCUAUAUAUUCUUAUUUACCUUCCCUCACCUUCAUUGUUCCCUUGUAAAAGGGCCGCCAGCAUUUCACAUCUCCUAUCCAGUGGCUGGUUUAGUCUUCAAUGCUAUUGCGUCAGGAUGAGGACAAUCCUGUUUAAGAUGCAGAAGUGCUGUGCAAGGGUUUUUACAGGUGUGGGGAAAGUGAAACCGCACAAAUAUCCCAGCACAACGUUCUAAGAACUGAAGGAGAAACCUCAUUUCCCUAGUGUUUCUAUAACUUACUGUUGCCACAAGAGUACUAAAGAGAUCUGAUACAAUGCUAGAAAUCUGUAAAACAGGACAAGCCUGUCUCUUUAACUGAUAUAGGAUAUGCCAUUUUAUCAGCUGUUGUGCAUCCAGGUGUUUGAGCUUCCCUAGCUAAAAUUCUGAAUAGGACCAGGCUGCCAGUAAUGUUUAGCUCUUAAGAAUCAUUAAGAAGUUGGAAGAUAAUUGCAAAGAGUGUAUCACUCUAAUAUUAUUAUAAGAUGACUGAUAACAGCUAUCAGGAGAGUUACAAGAGAAUGGUGACCUCUUUAAACACUCUUCUUUGUUUGGUGAAAAGGCUGCCUGGCAAUAAACCCUGGAUAAAAUGGAUGUACAAGAGGAAUGAAAAAGAGUGAUAGAGAAGGGGAAACAUAAUUACAUAAAGGAGAUGUAAUGAUGUGUUGCCAGCUUGUCAUUUCGAAAUGCACUUGGAAUAAAGGUGUGUGUGUGUGCGUGCAUGUGCAAAGUUUCAGGUUGUAAGAUAAACAUGAAGAAGUCUGAACUUAAAACUACUUUAAUGAACAGUUCAAACAAGAUUUAAAGAGCCAAUUUAAUAUUGAAUAUGAAUCUCUUUAUUUUGGAUAAUGGUUGAUUUUUAGGUAAGCAAAUAUGCCAAGCACUGCAAAUCAGAACCAAGUAACAGCUUGAUUCCCAUUGAAAAGUUGUGGCAGCAUGCAGUAGCAACAGGUGUUGCUGCCUGUCUUGUCCAGUCUGGUUCUAGGUGAGAUAAGUGACUGGUGAUGGCAGCAGUGCCAGUAGUAGCAUGUAGCAGCACUAGGUAGAGAUCCAGGUGGGAACUUAUUGCAAACAUCAUGCUGAGUGCUCACUGAAAUCUGGUACCAGCCCUGAUAAUGAGGCAUUCAAAACAGGACUAAUAUAGUUGAGCAGUAUAGAAUGAGAAUCACCCGAGUUUUCUGUCCUGAAGCUUCUUAUUUGUUUGUCCUCAGAUACACAUGUCUGCUUGUCAGGUCAAUUUAAGUGCACCAAAAAUCAAAAGUGCAUUCCAAUAAAUCUCAGGUGUAAUGGACAGGAUGACUGCGGUGAUGAAGAAGAUGAAAGAGAUUGUCGUAAGUUACUUACGUAGAAACUCCAAAAUUGCAUUAUUUGUGGUCAGUCAAACACACUAUACACAUUGUUGUUUUGGUGAAUUCUUUUGAAUAAUACAAUUUGAAUAAUGUAGGAAGUGGAGAUAAGACAUUGGUUUUGUUGUUGGGGUUUUUGUUUGUUUGAAGAAUUGAGAGAAAGCUAGUUUAAAACAGCGUUGAUUGUUUUAAUUAGAAUUUCUGAAUGUUAGAAAACAGUUUCUGUACUUAAAGUAGCUCAUUUUCUUUAAAGCGGAAAACAGCUGUUCUCCUGACCAUUUUCAGUGUAAAACAACAAAGCACUGCAUUUCUAAACUAUGGGUUUGUGAUGAGGAUCCUGAUUGUGCUGAUGGGUCUGAUGAGGCAAACUGUGGUGAGUAUCCUGUAUACUACUGGCAAAUGCAAUUCUCUAGUGCCUGCCCGUAUGUGGCCAAAAUUAUAUGUCCCAUGCACAAGAGUGAAAUAUCAGCAGGCUUGGUGGAAAUUCAGGGUUUGCAGACAUACCAAAAGAGAGAGAGAAAUCAUGAAGUGGUGAGAGAAACCAACAACCCAAAGACCACUGAGCAUACUCAUUGUCCAUUGAAUGCAGCCUACUUCUUGGAUGAUAAACCAUGUGAGAUUGGGAAUGGAAUUGAGCAUGCCAGCUCUUUGUAACAAUGUACAGGAGCAUUUUUUGUUGUAAGGCUUGUUAUUAUUUUUAAAAUAUUCUUACUAAAUUUAUUACCCACCCUUCACCAGCAGGUCCCAGGGUGAUUUGCAGCUAUUUAAAAGCAGUUGAAACCAAGGAAAAGAGUGGGUCCUGAAAAAUACCCAAGAAUAUUAAGUGUUUCAUCACAACUAGUGGUAAUAAAGUCAGUUCAUAUUAGAAUCAUUUCAGAUUAGAAUGACUCCUUCUAUGCAGAAAAAGGGUUUUGAUCCAGUGGAGAAUCCCACUGAUGGAAGAGGAGGGGAGGGAUUUUUUGUUGAUUCUAUCCUCCCUCUGCUGCCAUGCCUGUUCUAAAAGGUAAAGGGACCCCUGACCGUUAGGUCCAGUUAUGACUGACUCUGGGGUUGCGGCGCUCAUCUCACUUUAUUGGCUGAGGGAGCCAGCGUACGGCUUCCGGAUCAUGUGGCCAGCAUGACUAAGCCACUUCUGGCGAAGCAGAGCAGCACAAGGAAAUGCCGUUUACCUUCCUGCCGGAGUGGUAUCUACUUGCACUUUGACGUGCUUUCGAACUGCUAGGUUGGCAGGAGCAGGGACCAAGCAACGGGAGAUCACCCCAUUGCGGGGAUUCGAACCGCCGUCCUAUGCUCUGUGGUUUAACCCACAGGACCACCCGCGUGUUCUAGACAAUCCCUAAAUCCCCUGAAGCAAGUUUUCUGAGGGCACAAGAGGCUGCAGCGGGGAGGAGGGGAUCUUAAAUUGCUUCUUCCCUUCUACUGGCAGAAGUGCCUCUUGUGAAAAGUUCUGUUUCAGAUUUUCCCAUCAGCCACAUUCAAGUUUGGAUCCAAGCAAAUAAUUAUCCCCCACCUCCGGGCAAAUAAUAAUAUGGUAAAAAUAAAAUGCAUUCUGACAUAGCAGCUGAUAAUUAAUUCAGUACCUUUGCUAGUGAAACAUAGUGUAAUGUGCUAUAGAUCUGGCAUGCAUUUUUCACAAUGCUUAACUACCUAAGAUUAUUAGAAUAAAAGCAGUAUCUGUCUUGGUUACAGAUAAAAAAACAUGUGGGCCUCAUGAAUACCAAUGUAAGAACAGCAACUGCAUUCCAGAUCACUGGAGGUGUGACAGCCAAAAUGAUUGUGGUGACAAUUCUGAUGAAGAAAACUGCAGUAAGUAAUUUCUGACUUACUAGUAGUACAUGUGAAAGGGAUCUACGGGUCUUAGUGGAUCACAAGUUUAACAUGAGUCAACAGCGUGAUGCAGUAAGAACAAAAAAGUGAACGCUAUUCUAGGCUGCAUCAGUAGAAGUAGAUCAAGUCCAGAUCUAUUCUGCCUUGGUCAGACCACACCUUAUUAUUCCAGAAGCAAAAUUUGAAUUUUUGAGUAUUUGGAAUACUUGCAUAAGCUGUGUGAAAUAAGUAAAGUCAAUUCACCUGCAGUAGCAAGAAGUGCAAAGUGUUGGUUCAUUAGAUUUUAUGGCUUAAAAAAAGUGAAAGAAAGCUUUGGGGCCAAAUUCAAUCAGCCAGUCUUGCUUUGAGGAUUUUUUCCCUUAACAUAUAAAGCGGUAUAGAAAUGAUAAUAAUAAAAUAAUAAUAAAAUAAUAAUAAUAAUAAUAAUAGCAGAAGCUUGUGCAAGAUGAGGUUUCCCCUUCCUCCCACCCCACCCCCCGUAUGUCCCUAUGCCUUCCCAAAUUGACUGGGGGGGGGGCAGGGGAAUACAUAGAACAGUGCACAGCGGGGGGUGGGGGGGAGAGGAGGAGAAGGGAGAUAAUUCCAUCAGACAAGCUGAAAUGCUCGAACUGAUGGAGUGAUCUCCUUAGCACUACAUUAGCACUCCUCUUUUUAAAACUUUGGCCUACAUUGUAGUAACAUCAAAAGCUUUUGGGAAGCUUUUGAUAGUUAAAAUAGUCCUUUUUAAAAAUGCAUAUUUUCUUAUAUGGAACUAAAAAGUGGAGAGCCUCUGUGGGUAUGUAAGAGUAAAAUACCUUUUAUCAAUAGUUUCUGAAUUUCAAGCAUACUUAUUUUAAAUAUGUAUGAGCAUGCCCCCCCAUUUUUAAGCUGGAUUUUUUUGAAAAAAUAAUAAUAAUGUUACAAUAUUAUUACACACCACCCCAAUCUCUGCUGAGCAGCUGCAUAAGAUUCCAGGGGUUGCAGGCGUUCUUACCCAGGGUUAGUGUUUCCUUCAGGAAUAAGGCUCAACGGAGGCUAGUGUCUUUAGGAUAUAUACAUAUUUUUCGCUCUAUAACACGCACCCGACCAUAACACGCACGUAGUUUUUAGAGGAGGAAAACAAGAAAAAAAAUAUUCUAAACGAAAUAGUGGAUAUAUGAUUUUUGUGGUUCAUGCUGUGGCCACAGACAUGUGAUCUGACAGUGAGUUUGGAGUAGCCCAAUGCAAAAAUCCUGAGGAUCCAUGUGGAUCCAUGCUUUGUAACCAUGGAGGAGGGAAGGAAGGGGAACCAUGGAUCCUCUGCUCACGACUGCAGCAGAUCCCCCCCGCCACCCGCAGGCAUUCCCUCCAUAACACGCACAGACAUUUCCCCUUACUUUCUAGGAGGAAAAAAGUGAGUGUUAUGGUGCAAAAAAUACGGUAUAUGCAACCUGGAGUUUCCAAUAGAGGGGCUCACAGCAGCAGUACCCCAAAACGCACCAGAAUAUUCCAUAGCAACAACAACAAGAAGCCCAGCACAACCCAGCUUCCUGGUUACACCACUCCAGCCCUAAUCCCCAUAGCCUAAAUUCUGGUCUCUUUUAUAAUCCAGGAGAAGGCCCUUCCUUUGAUGUCCUAAAACUCAUUGCCUGAAAAGGGAUUAGCUUUUCACAUUUAUUCACACUUAGCCCUUGAGAGAGGGAGGGAACCGGCACAUUUGCAAAUGAGAUCUGCCCUUUCAUUCUUUUGUUUCACCUAAAUGGCUUAUCCCCAGGUGGUCACCGCACAAGGAAAUUACCUCAGCUAAUUAGCUUUUAGACUUGUUGAUUCUACAGGAUUACAAUGUCAAAUACACAGCCCAGGAAGUGUGCUUAGGUUAAUUAACUCUUCGCAUAUUAACAGCUGCCAGCCCACAUCUUGAAUACACAUGAAUCCAGCUAUUAUGGGUCCUAAAAUACCGGUUCUAAUUAAAUUCUAAUAUUUAUUAAACCCAAUUAGCACCCUCAGAUGUAUAACAUUAUAAAUAAUAUAAAGGGAGAACACAAAAUUAAUGGAACCAGGAAACAGUUCUGAUUCCAGUUCUUAGUGUAUCACGGGUAAGCUUGGGAGAAUUCAAUCAAACUAAGAAAAAAGUUCUCUAACUUAUGUUUAGUUUGAAUCUGAAACAUUUCUUCUUUCAGAACCACAAACAUGCGCUCAGAAAGACUUUCACUGCUCAAAUGGAGACUGUAUGUCUGCAAGAUUUUGGUGUGACGGUGAUUAUGAUUGUGCAGAUGGCUCAGAUGAGGUAGGGCUUUGCAAGAGAUUGGUUUUGAUACUUAGCACCUAUAUAUGAUGGGAUACUAGCAGCAGGGGGUGAAGUGCCUUUUCCACCUCAGUACCCCCAAAACAUCCAUGCUUGGGCUUAUAUACUGAUGCACACGCCACCUAAAACCAUGUGAUCAAUACUCUACGUAAGAUCCAGGAUUAACAACUUGAUUUGGAUCUACAAGCAUUGGUCCCGGUCCUCCCCUACAUAGCUGCUGAGCAAGCAGAUCCAAAGGCAGUAUAGAAAUAUAUGGCAAGAGUGGCAAAUGACUUCAAACCCACUCCUUUAACAUGUGUAACUGGUAGGACAGAAGAACAUACUGCCAAAAUUCAGUUUUAGUAUUAGUUUUUGCCUAAAGAAAAGGCUCAAAUGUAAGACUUUGGAGGCUCAAACGUAAGAAUUUCUAGGAAGUUGAAAGUAAGGUUGAGUCAACAUGGUCUCACAAAAAUUCUUCAUGUUAUUGGUACACUGUAGAAUUGGGGUCAAUUAACUUUGAACUAGAUUGCAGGAAAUAUCCUGAUCUACUGAGGGAAGUCAGUUAGUAGUUUGCGGGGGGGGGGGACUAUAUUAAAAGAAACAACUAGCCAGUAAGACCUGUGCAAAAGGAAGUCAACAAAAUAAAAUGGCAUCAUAGCCUGCUCCAUUGAGGAAAAGCAAGCUGCCAACACUUGGUAUCACAAACUAUGAGUAAAAUAGCCUGGUAUUGCUGCCCAACAGCAAGAUGUUUUUUUGUUUUUUUUUAAGUGAAAAGCUAUGAGCUUUUUUCCAAAACAGAAGCAUCAGGGAUAACUUUCUAAUGGUAAGAGUGUUCGACAGUGGAACAGACUCCCUCAGAAGGUGGUAGACUCUCCUUCCUUGGAGGUUUUUAAGUAGAGGUUGGAUGGCCGUCUGUCAUGGAUGCUUUAGUUAAGAUUCCUGCACUGCAAGGGCUUGGACUAAAUGAACCUUGGGCCCCAUCCAGUUCUUUGAUUCAAUGCAUAAUCAAACCUCGUCUUAAUCCCUUUUUGGUCCAGGUCCAAACUAGUGUGCAGCUUUGUAACUUUGGAGUUAAGAGUUCUGAAAAUUCUAACCUUGCAAAAAUCUGGCUGCUGCCCUGUCACGUGGUCUCAAUUUUCCAUGAGGUGGAAAUAUCACAGAAAAUAAUAAGAAAGGUUUCAUAUAUCCCUAUUUUUAGCCCAUAUUUGAAGUGAUAAUUCUGAAUGUACUUUAAGAAAAAUGUCACUGUAUUUGAGGUGGCCAUGUCCAUGACUAUCACUCAAUCAAAUUACUAUAUGUGCUAUCCAGUUGUGAUUACUAUUCCAUUUUAUAAUUUCUGCUACGUUUGUAUAACUUUGGAAAUGAUUGUUUUAUUACUGGAGAAUUCACAAAUGCUGUUCGUUUCCAGGCAUAAUCUUCUUUUUGCACUUUGUAUUGUAUAUUACUUCAAUUAGUUGCAUUAUUUUGUUUAUGACAGAGAUACUGUGAUUCUGGCUGCUUAAAAGACCAGUUUCAGUGCUCCAAUGGUCAGUGCAUUUCCUCAAAGUGGAAAUGUGAUGGACACGAUGACUGCAUUCUUGGGGAAGAUGAGAAAAAUUGUGAACCAGGUAAAUCUUUAUCUGGGGGGGGGGGGGAGGAAUAAGAGAAUUAUUAACUGCAAUGAAAAACAUUGUUAGUAAUAUAUUUUGCCCUUACCAAACAUGCCACUCUGUAGAAAUACAGAUUUUACCAAAUACCAAGUUUACAGUGCACUGUCUUUCUCUAAUGCCAAAUAUAUUUCUGAUAUAGCAUCUCCAACCUGCUCUUCGAGUGAGUAUGUUUGUGCCAGUGGAGGGUGUAUCUCAGCAUCUUUCAGAUGUAAUGGAGAAUAUGAUUGUCCUGACGGCUCUGAUGAGGUACGCAGUUAAUUAGUCUUGACCUGCUCUAAAGUUUUGGCUAGCAAAUUUAGAAGUUUGAAUUUAAAGUAGCAAAUAUUGUGGAAUUUCAUUCUACCCCAGAGGUUUCCUUGUACAGAAAAGCAAACAACUCAGUCAUUACUGGGCUUUUCUAUUUUUCCCCAAUAAUGGAGUAGUUGAAUCUUUCAUUGAUUUGCAUAGCUGUAAUGUCCUUUCAGUUCUGGCCCCCAAAUUCUGGAAUUACCUCAUGUCAGAGGUUCACCAGAUCUGUUUCUUGUCUGAGGAGCUUGAAAGAUCAGACAACUACUUGAGUACGCCCAGGUUUGCUGUUUUAAUUGUUGCAUUUAAAAACCAAUAUGCAACAGGAUGCAACAAUUUAAUCCUUACAUUUUCACAUUGUGACCCACUUUGAUGGCUUUGGUCAAAAAGCAAGUUAUAAAUCCAUAAAGAAAUAAAUAUGGGGAAUUUCAUAAGAACAGUGGCACUCCGUGGGCUGGGUGGUAGUUAUUGAGCAGUAUCCAAAAGUGUUUUAUGCUUCUGCAAGGGCACUUCCAGUCUCACAAGAUAGAUCCCUCCUUCAUUUUUUUUUAUACCCCUUCCUCCUCCAGCCCCUGCACUCUUUCCAAGGUCCCAACUUUCUAUACUCACAAAAAGUCUUGCUUGAAAGCUGGAGAGGUGGAAAAGCCCAGUGCACAGUCACACUUCUUCUACUCAUGUAACUUUGGAUGCUAAGGAGUGGUUUUAGGGCAAAGGUGUCGAUGUCAUGCCCCCUCCUUUAUAACUCAGAAUGGUGUUGUUUGCAUUUGUAGUUAUUUAUAUUCAGUGUUAAUUGUAACUUUUUUGUCAGCAAGAGAAAAGUGACCCACCUUUGGAUUAUUUUUAUCAGUUUUGGCAAAUUCUACUUGGUCUGUCUAUAACUCUGUUGCUUUUGUUUAUAAAUACUGCCACAUAUAAAUGUAUUUAAACAGAUGGAUUGUGUAACAGAAUGUAAGGAAGAUCAGUUUCGAUGUAAAAAUAAGGCCCACUGUAUCCCUAUCAGAUGGCUUUGUGAUGGAAUCCAAGACUGUGUGGAUAGCAGUGAUGAACAACAUUGUGACAGAGGUGAGAGUCAUUAUGUUCUUCCCCACUAAUAAUAAUAAUAAUAAUAAUAAUAAUAAUAAUAAUAAUAAAUUUAUACCCCACCCAUUUGGCUGGGUUUCCCCAGCCACUCUGGGUGGCUUCCAACAAAAUAUUAAAAUACAAUAAAAUAAAAUACAAAACACAGUCCUAUGGAGCAUGGAGAACAGUCCAAAACAUGUCAGUACUGUAAUUAUUUUUUCUUUCUUUUGCCAUUAUAUCUGUGCCCACAGGAUAGUCCUAUGCAUGUUUAACCAGAAUGAACCUCCCCAGUGCUUAGUUGGCUGUAAUCGAAACACAGUGGAAGUAAAAUCCAUUGAAUUCAAUGGGAUUUGGUUCAGAGUAGAUAUGCGUAAAAUUGUGCUGCCUAAGACUUAAUACAAACAAAGUAAUUUUUAUUUGCCCUUAUUUAUUUAUUUUGCUAUAAGAAUGUACAAGGAAAACAGGCUGCCUCUGAGUAAGAUAUCACCAUGGGGGGGGGAAUCUACAAUAGAACUACAUUUGUUCUAUUGGCACAAGCCCCGUUGAACUGAAGGGGAGCUUGCAACUUGGCCUUAUGACUGCAGCCUUCAACUCUUUUCAGGUUACUGUCCAAAUGUUCAAGUGCUAUAACUUGCACAAAAGGAGAAAAAGCUGGUAGCAACAGAGAUGGUUGACGAUACUCCCACCCCCUUUACCUUAACCUGCAGAAUGUCACAUUUUGUUCAAUAGACCUUUUUCCUUGGCCGUUAGCACAACGGCAUUUUUGUAACUGUCACUAUUUUGUUCAGAAAAGCCAUAUCCUUAAAAAAAAAAAAAAGAAUUAUGACUUGUAGUAAUCCCUUAAAAUAUAGAGCAAUAUUAUCUCAUUGAGGCUGCCUUUUCACAAAUCUAGUUCAUCCUAAACCUAGGCAAUCACAGGAAUAAUCCCAAUUUCCAUCUCUGAAGUGUGUGCUCUGUGAAGGCUGUAUUUAUAAUUAAACUAUCUGCUGAUUUUUGGAUUUGUUCUUUUAUCAAUCCUUCUGUGUUUGCAUUAAGCCCACCUAUUUUUUGAGAUCUAUAAUUCUGUUUCCUCUAUUAAGUUCAUUUUUCAUUUUAGAAAAAAGCAUAUUAUUUUAGAAGAUUUAGGCAAAUCAGAUUUAGGAAAUGACCAAAAUAAAACCAUAUUGAAAAUAGGCUACUUUAUCUAAAUGACGUGCUUCAAAAUAGGAUUUAAAUAAAAUGCCCAUCUCAGUUCACUAGCCCAUUUGCAAGUGGCAAGUAGAGAGGGAGACUUUGUCGUUUUCAACUGCGGGGGCAGAUAAAAUUUAUUUAAUGGUUUUUCUGGGGGGAGUUGAGGCUUAACAGCUAAAUGUAGCAGCAAAUGGCACAGAUUCUUCUUUUUCUUUUGCCUUUAAAGUUAUUGUAACAUAUUGUGCUCAUCCACUGACUACGGUGGUAGUGCGAAAGCAGGUUUCACCCAAAUGGUGUCUGACGUGCCUGUGCAGUUAUUCUACGUCAGAUAACACAACAUUGUUCUGAGUUGGUUUAUAGGAGGAGUGGUAAAUGGUCGUUCCUACUGGGUGCUGAGAAUUGUUGCCCUACUGAUGUCACUUCCACUUCCAAUCGGCAGCAGCAAUCAAUCAAUCAAUCAAUCAAUCAAUCAAUCAAGUCCAUAUAUUAAAACACAAUGCUGAAUCAUAUAUAUGGGGUGGGGUUAUUGGGUUGUUGUUUUUAUUUUUAUUUUAUUCUAUUCUAUGAACCGCCCUGAGACCUCCAGGUAUAGGGUGGUAUGAUGAUGUUGAUGAUGAUGAUGAUAAUAAAGAACGGACACCACCCCUAUCUCCAAGCAGUGUAAAAUUCCAGCGGGUCUAGGCACAUACCAGGGCUCAUUUUCCUUGGCAUGAGGGACAGCAGAGACUGUGGUGUCUUUAUUACAUACGGUUUAUUUAAACAUAUAUACAAUCUGAGCCUACAAUGGAGGGAGUCACAGCAUUAACACCUCCAGAAGAUCUUGCUUCUCCCAUAUCCACAGCCUAGGAUCCGAGCAGAAAUCAGGCAUGGCUUUAUCUGUCAGCUGCCCAGGCUGCUGCCUGCUUCUAGUUUCCAGCUCACAUUCAUAACUCUGGCCUGUCCUUCACAGUAACAGCCAGGUGAGGGAGGGGAGCCCACUCAUUUGUCCCCUGGCACAGAGCCAAUUUCUGUUACCUUAACAACCCAUAUUUAGGGGUCCUUGACAGGAAACCUGUCUGACUCAUCCAGCAAUUGAAUCCUUAUUUGAUCCAGGAAUUAGAAAGGACUCCGGCAUACAGCAAGACAUCUGUCCCCAAAUGCACAAACAGCUUCCCUAUAGAAAAAUAACAGACACAUUAUACACCCAGUUAAAGCAUAAAAAUAUAUGUAUAAACUAUUUUCGUUUUUCCGUGUUUUUCAGGGGGGAAUAUAUGUAGAUCGGAUGAGUUUCUUUGCAACAAUUCACUCUGUAAACUGCAUUUUUGGGUUUGUGAUGGAGAAGAUGACUGUGGAGAUAACUCUGAUGAACUCCCUGAAAUAUGUGGUAAGUUUCAUUUCCUACAGUAUGGUGUGUUGAUUUGACUACCUUUCGACUGCUCAGUUUUGUGUUUUGCUUGGUCACUUGUUUUGUUUUGUUUACAUACGUAUUUAUGACUGUGUACACAUUGUGGGCAGGAUUCAACUAAGUUGUCGAGUGCAUAGAACAAGGUCUGCUUGCACAAUGGUAAUCCCCCCUCCUCCAACCAUCCCCAUGUUAGCAAUUUCACUCCUCUGAGGCUGCAUUUUGUGAUGAGUGAAAACGUGAGAACCAGAUAUAGUCCUAUCCGUAUGUAUUAUGUGAUGUGCUUUCACUUUUGCCUGUUCUCUCUCGGAGCUGGAUGAGAAAGAGCGUCAUGAUUCUGUGUCCGUGUAAUAUAGUGUAAAUAAAUGGUAGUUUAUAACUACGAUGCCUCUUUCUUUUGCUGUGUCUAGAGAGAAGGCUAGUGUGCAUAAAUCAAGUUGGUUUAUGUUGCUGGAGCGCCCUGGAGAAGAGGAGGGUGCCUUUUCCAGAGCUAUGCUCACCGGAGGAUGCUCGGAGAUCUGGGGGGCUGCAAAUAGCCCAGAGCGUAAUCCCAACACCCCACUCUCUAAAAAUGGCUUAGGGGGGUGCAGCAGGAACAGUAGAAAAUUCCCAUUGGGUGACCCUGUUCCCCGCAUGCAUACCCCACUUAGCGCUAUGUUGAAUUCCACCCAAUAUUGCUAAAGCACAUUCAAAGCACAUUUUCCUUCUUAAAGAAUUAUUUGAUCUGUUGUUUAUUAAGGGGUUGCUGGGAAUUGUAACUCUGUGAGGGGUGAGCAGCAGAGCCCAGAAUUAUUUGAGGGGAAGUAUGUGUUUCAAAGGUGCUUUAAAGGUAUAGUCAUAGCUGUCAACGUUUUCCUUUUUUUAAGGGAAAUUUCCUUAUUCCGAAUAGGAUUCCUCACAAGAAAAGGGAAAAGUUGACAGCUAUGGGUAUAGUGUGUAUGCAGCAUAUGUCUUUAUAGUAAACGUUGCAAAUGCUACAUUUGAAAGAAGCAAGUUAAAACACAGUAGUGUUACAUGGUCCCGCCAAACGUUCCAAGAGGAUUUCUUGAUAGUUGAACAUUUCAGCAAUACUUUCCCCUUAAACCUUGCAGUUUUAAAGUCAUAAUACAGUGGUACCUCUAGUUACGAACUUACCGUAUUUUUCGCUCCAUAGGGCGCACCGGACCAUAGGGCGCACCUAGUUUUGGGAGGCGGAAAACAAGAAAAACUUAUUCUGAACCCCAGAAGCCAGAACAGCAAGAGGGAUCUGGCUUCUGGGAUACCGUGUGGCUGUUCUGGCUUCUGGGAUAACCGUGCCAAGCCUCUUCAGGGCAGCAGGAUGAAGGCUCCCCCUGCCUGAAGAGGCUGCGCAGGGCUAAAGCAGAAGCCAGGACAGGCGCGUCGCUGAAGGGGCGCUGCGCCUUCUCUCUCUGCGCAGAGAGGGAGAAGGCGCAGCGCCCUUCAGUGAAGCUGGAGAAGGAACAGAAGGAGACCCUUCUGUUCCUCCUCCGGCUUCGCUGGACAGGUGCGUCGCUGCGAAGCAGGAGAAGGAACAGAAGGAGACCUUCUGUUCCUCCUCAGGCUUCGCUGGACAGGCGCGCCGCUCAAGGGGUGCUGCGCCUUCUCCCUCUCUGCGCGUCGCCUCUCCUUCACAGGAGAGGUGCCGCGCAGAGAGGGCGAAGACGCAGCGCCCUUCAGCGAAGCUGGAGAAGGAACAGAAGGAGACCCUUCUGUUCCUCCUCGGGCUUCGCUGGACAGGCGCGCCGCUCAAGGGGUGCUGCGCCUUCUCUCUCUCUGCGCAGCGCCUCUCCUUCACAGGAGAGGCGCUGCGCGGAGAGAGAGAAGGCGUAGCGCCCUUCAGCGAAGCUGGAGAAGGAACAGAAGGAGACCCGUCGGUGCCUCCUCCGGCUUCGCUGCACAGGCGCGCCGCUCAAGGGGCGCUUCGCCUUCUCCCUCUCUGUGAACAGGAGAGGUGCUGCGCAGAGAGGGAGAAGGCGCAGCGCCCUUCAGCAAAGCUGAAGAAGCAACAGAAGGAGACCCUUCUGCUCCUCCUCCGGCUUCUCUGGAAAGGCGCGUCGCUGCGAAGCGGGAGAAGGAACAGGAGACCCUUCUGUUCCUCCUCGGGCUUCGCUGGACAGGCGCGCCGCUCAAGGGGCGCUGCGCCUUCUCCCUCUCUGUGCAGCGCCUCUCCUUCACAGGAGAGGUGCCGCGCAGAGAGGGAGAAGGCGCAGCGCCCUUGAGCGAAGCUGGAGAAGGAACAGAAGGAGUCCCUUCUGUUCCUCCUCCGGCUUCCAGGUCAGGCGCCUCGCCGCGAAGCCGAGGAGCCUGCAUUCGCUCCAUAGGACGCACACACAUUUCCCCUUCAUUUUUGGAGGGGGAAAAGUGCGUCCUAUAGAGCGAAAAAUACGGUAAUUCGUUCCAAAGGUCUGUUAUUAACCUGAAACUGUUCUUAACUAGAGGUGUGCUUUCGCUAAUGGGGCCUCUUGCUGCCACUGUGGCGCCAGCACACGAUUUCCGUUCUCAUCCUGAGGCAAAGUUCUCAACUCGAGGUAACUCUUCCAGGUUAGCGGAAUUUGUAACCUGAAGCAUUUGUAAGCCAAGACAUUUGUAACUCAAUGUAUCACUGUAUAUACAUAUAGUAAAGGCCUGGUUAAAUGUUUAAGGGGCUGAAUCCCUUGAUCUACUGGUACAACAGACUUCUGUGUCCACAGCUGAGUUUUUGCUUCCUCUCCUGUCCCAUCUAACCCACUCUAAGGUGGGUAGGAGGAAAGGGGGAACCUCGUGUGCAAAUGAAACUCCCGCUGCAACAGCAGAACUACACACAUGGAUCACUGGAUACAAUCCAAGCUUAUAUCUGGCAUGUAAUCACUUUUGCCUCUCUAUUCAAAGCGGAUACAUUCCAUACAUAAUGAGCAUUAUAGUACUAGUUUUCUCUCUCCCUUUUUCACAGUAAAAUUUCCAUGUCCCCCAACAAGGCCUUACCGAUGCAGAAAUAACCGAGUCUGUCUGAGACGUGAGCAGAUUUGUAAUGGGAUUGAUGAUUGUGGUGAUGACUCAGAUGAAGACCAUUGUGGUGGGUAUCCCCCCCCCUUUGGAUUAUCAUAAGACCAAAGUUCUCAUUUGAUUUAUGAAAAUGUGUGGAUUAUAUCUUGUCAUCAAUACUGCACAGACGUUGUGUAGUGUCCUUGAUAGGUUUGGUGGCCUACAGGGUGAAACCAUGUUCUUAAGUAAUGGGACAAGCUGUAUGGGACCAUUAGCAGUUAAUUGGAUUAAUCAGAGUUGGAAGGGACCAUAAGGAUCUUCUUCUCCAACUUCCUUCAAUGCAAGAAUCUUUGCCCAGUGACCCCUAGAUUAAGAGUCUCGUGCUCUGCCAACUGAGUUAUGUAUGCAGACUAAGUAGGUAGCAGGGCAGUUGCAAUAUAUAAUCCUAAGGCUAACAACUGUAUUCAGUGAAAUGCUAACAUCUCUUACAUGUUAAGGAUAUCCCAUAAAGUCCAAGUCUUUGACACGAUCACCUGGACUUCAUAGGACCAUUGUGAUCAUUUUGCCCUGAUAAGUACCAAAGUCCGUACUGUCCAAGUCAUGUCUGGUUCAUUGAGUGAGGCCUUGACUCACAGUGGAAUAGAGAACUGAAAUUAAAGGAAUGAGUAGCAGAACUGACUGCAGCUAAAGCAUCAGCGUGGUAACGACAGCCACCACUCCUUUGCUAGUUUCUGUCUCGUGUCCUAUACAUUGCACACAGUGCAGCGGUACUCAAUGCUGUUUGUAGGCAUAGCACAGGAGGACCAUAGGCUGGGCCAGCAUAUUCCAUCUUCCUUUUUCCACUCCUUGCUUCAUAUGAUACUCAGUGAAAACAGCCUGACAAUGAGGGCCAAGUUAUUCUCCCAAGUGGAAAACAAGAAAAUGAGGUAGGGGAGUGUAUGCCAACUCAGACUGCUCCAUCCUCUCAGUUUUGUGUUUUCUUGCCGCCUCUUGAAGCAGCAAGUGCAGACACCAUUGUGUGAAAUAUGUAUUUCUCUGGGCAAUUGUAGCAUGCACAUGUGCAUCCUGGGAUGUUGAAUUCUCCUGUGGGAGAAAUGGAAAUCUUCUGAUUGUCAUGUUUCAUGGGCUGCUGCAAGUAUAUAGUAGGUUUCUACAUAUCCAGGAAACAGUAUUUUUUUUAUUGGUAAUGUUUCAUUGUUAAAUGCACUUGUUCCAUUAAUGAUAAUAAUAUCAAAGGGAGAAAAAUCUGACUGCUCUCUUGUAACAUUUUGCAGACAAAACUACAUAUAAGGCAAGGCCUUGUAAAAAGGAUGAAUUUGCUUGUAGCAAUAAGCGGUGUGUACCUGUGGAACUGGAGUGUGAUCAGUUUGAUGACUGUGGUGAUGGUUCCGAUGAGCAAGGCUGUAAAACAAGUAAGUUUGAUUUAGAAGUUGAAAGCUUGCCAUUCUCAGAAUAAUAAAAAAGAACAUGUUUUUAUAUUAUAUAGAACCUGUUAUGUGUAAUCUUGUAGAAUUUAAAUUAGCAUGAACCAAACAGUAUCUAACUCGGCUAGGAGAGGAGCACACCAUCUGUGACGUUACCCAAGGGCCUGUACAUUCACAUGGUGCCAGUAAACCAGAGUUUGGCUUACAUGUGAAAGUGGCCACUGAGCCAAAGUUGACAUUGCUUCCUCCUGUUAAUUUAUUAGCUGAUCAGGAUCGUAAAGUGCAUUGUAUGUUAAAAAUGUGGGGAAUACAUAAAUAUCUAUAUUAAAAUGAUUUAAAGAACUCACUUCCUUUUUGCAAAUACAGCCUCCAAUCUGCAAUCUGAAGCAGUCUUAAGGGAAUGAGAUACAUUCACAGGGCUCACCCACACUUCCCUUGCUGCUCGUCCUGCCACUUUCACUCAGGAAAAUCCACUCUUUACCGCUGAAUUGGAGCAAACAUCAAUUUGGUUUUCCUCAGAUUAAUGCUUGCUCUGAUUCAUCAGAAAGGAGCAGAUUUCCCAGGGAAAGCUAUGGGAGAAGCAGCAUAUCUCUCAGUUCUGUGCUUUCUAGGAACAGGAUGAGUGGGAGUGUGGAAGAGCCAUUAUUGCAUUUAGCCUUGAGAGAAAUUUAUUUAUUUAUUACAUUUACAUACCGUCUUUAUCUUCCAAGGAGCUCAAGGUCGUGUACACAGUUCUCCUCCGUUUCCUCCUCACAACAGCCAUGUGAGGUAGGUUAGGCUAAGAAAUGGUGACUGGCCCAAAUUCACCCAGUGAGCUUCAAGGCUGAGUGGGAAUUCAAACCCUGGUCUCCCAGGUCACAGUCCAACACUCCAACCAUUACACCGCACUGGCUCUACAAAGAUCAUCUUGGACACUAUCUCUUGUUUGCUUUUUUCCUACUAAUAAACCUAUUUAAAUAAAACUGUAGUGGAAAAUAUUGUGACGGUUUUUCUAGAAGGGAUGUGUUUUUAAUUGCUUCUGGGCAGUAAGAGAUGGGGAAAACAUUCUUAGACGAGCUUGGCUGUGAGUCCUGGAAGACCUUCUCCAUGCCUUGCAGGUCUUUCCCCACCUGGCUUGGGAGGACAGGGCCCUGACUGACUCCAGCUCCAAACACUGAGGCACCUGAACAGAUUAUUGGACUGGGGUGUUUGUUCAUUGUUUGCAAUUACCGUAUUUUUCGCUCUAUAAGACGCACCAGACCACAAGACGCACCUAGUUUUUGGAGGAGGAAAACAAGAAAAAAAAUAUUUUGAAUCUCAGAAGCCAGAACAGCAAGAGGGAUUGCUGGGCAGUGAAAGCAGCAAUCCCUCUUGCUGUUCUGGCUUCUGGGAUAGCUGCGCAGCCUGCAUUCGCUCCAUAAGACGCACACACAUUUCCCCUUACUUUUUAGGAGGGAAAAAGUGAGUCUUAUAGAGCAAAAAAUACGGUAUGUAUUUUUUCACAUUGUAAACCUCUUUGAGCAUGGUUUUAGCUAUGGAAAGGCAAUAUAAAAAUAAAAUUAUGUAUGUAUGUAGAAUACAAACUGAACUUGGUUUUGAGGGCUCACUCAAAAAUGGCUUUAUCAAAGGAAGUAAUAACCAAGCUGAUUAUGGGAAAGGAGGGGGUUGGAGCAUGGGUCUCAUUCCUGAUGCUGCAAACCAUGAAGGAUUGGAAACAUGGCAUUACAGUAUAUACAACCAUAUACAUUAUCAGGACUAGCUAACUUCAAAACAAAAAUUAAAGCUGACUUUCUUUGGAGACAAAAUUCUUCAUCAGCUAUGAAUGAAGACAAUGGCUAUGGAUGUUCUGUAACAAACAUGGAAAUAAACUAAAAUCCAUUUGAUUUUGCAUCUUUUGUUAUUUCCUUUUUAGGCUUAACUGAAUAUAGCUGUGAAAACAAUGUGAACCCUUGUGGUGAUGAUGCAUAUUGUAAUAAAACGAAAACACCUCUUUUCUGUCAGUGCAAGCCUGGAUUUCAAAGGAACAGAAGGAACUGGCAAUGUGAAGGUAUUUGUGUAGAAACUGCUUUGAAAUCCUUAUGUUCAAAAAUAUUCCAUAAAAAUGAAUAGCAACAUUAAAUGUCAAAAGAUGGCCUUCAAUUCUUUUUGUUUUACGUAUUCAAAAGCAUUCUAAACCACUUAGUAUUUAUCCCCAAGUGGUAUACAAAAACAUGAAUUGAAAACAGUAGAACAGUAUAAUAGAAACAGAGCUACAACACAAAACCAGUAAAAUAGUAUUAUAAGAACAGAAAUUCAAUAAUAAAAAGGUCCAAAGUUAUAUAUUUACAAUGAAUCUGAAGCAGCUGACAAAUAACAUUCAAGUAUGGUUAUGAGAUGUCCACUUUGGGGGUCUGAAAUUAAUGACAACAAAACCUUUUGUUUUGAACUAGGAAGUUAACCAUCCAUAAUAUUUUUUGUGUGUUUUUAAGCUCCUGCAAAAUUCUUAAGAUUUUGACUCUCUUUGUUAUCCCUCUCCACCCCUUAACAGAUACAGAUUUAAAUAAAUAAUACCACAAAUUUUCCAGAAAUGAAGGUGCUUAAUUGCAGGGAUUCCCAGAAUCUAUGAGGGACACGGGUGGCACUGUGGAUUAAACCACAGAGCCUAGGACUUGCCGAUCAGAAGGUCGGCGCUUCGAAUCCCUGCAACGGGGUGAGCUCCCGUUGCUCGGUCCCUGCUCCUGCCAACCUAGCAGUUCGAAAGCACAUCAAAGUGCAAGUAGAUAAAUAGGUACCGCUCUGGCGGGAAGGUAAACGCCGUUUCCAUGCGCUGCUCUGGUUCGCCAGAAGCGGCUUCAUCAUGCUGGCCACAUGACCCGGAAGCUGUCUGCAGCCAAACGUCGGCUCCCUCGGCCAGUAAAGCGAGAUGAGUGUCACAACCCGAGUCAGCCACGACUGGACCUAAUGGUCAGGGGUCCCUUUACCUUUACCUUACCAGUCUCUAUGAGACUACCAGCGUUAGUCUGUCUCAUGCUCCUUAACUGAUCUGGUGUGUGGGCAAGUGAGGUACCAUCAGAAAAGUGAAUGAGAGAGGUAGAUUGGGGCUUGCUUUCACGUAGGAGGGUAACUCCCCAACUGCACACGGGACUAUCGUAUCCUUCCUUGUGUCACAUUUCCCACAGGAUGCCUUUGUGACAGCAGCCUCAUAGCAUUUAUAUCUCACAUUUAUUUGCAUACCUCAACCAACACUCUUCUCAUCAAGGAAAGCAAUUUAUUUUUUCCAAGCUUAUAAACUCUGGAACUAUAGGUUUACGAAUAAAAGCAGUUAAGGAGAACACCUAAGUCUGACAUUUUAUUUGGGUCAUCGUAAUUCAACGUGGGGGAAGGAGGGACAGUCCGAAGUAAAUAAAAAGGAACUCCAUUCAUUAUGUGACUAAAGCAUGAUGUAAGGGUGCAGAUCAGGCAGCAAACAGAUGAAGGGGCUUUGCUCUAGUUUUAAAGGUCGGAUAAGAGAAUGUUGCAAUAGAUAAAUAAAUUAAAUAAACAAAUGAAUAAAAGUCCCAAUGGAAGGCAACAGAAAUAAAACAGAGACCAAGCGAAAGAAAGCUAGAGAGAAAGGCAUCUUUCAAAGUUGCUCUUACUCAGUUACAGCCCAACUUUCUUCCCCAAUUUAUCUCUGCUGUCUAGCAUUUUGCUACUUUUGUCAUUGAACCAUUUUACAUAAGAUAGACAGUUCUUUAAUGGCAAUGGAUUCCCCCCCCCCAAGUUGUAAAAUCCAGUAUGUUUUCAGAUUUGUAUGUUUUAUGAAAAUACAAAAUAUAACUGCAGACUGUGUUCACAGGAUAUCUGAUCUAGAAGAGCUAGUGAAAUUAGCUAAAAUCAAGGCAGUUAAUUACCUAUAGGAGAGCUAUCUACUGGCAGCAUAGACUGUUGUACCAAAGAAACCUUUCUUUUCCAUUGUUGCUGCAUUUACAACAUGCCAUCCAACAGCCUGAAUGGAGAAUGGCCUCUAGAAUUUAAGCAGCCUUCACUUGAAGAUCAAGCCAUCCUGUGCAAAAUCCAUGACAAAACUGCUGGUUGUUUUUCUUCUGAGAUAUAACCAUGCAUAUGUAUUUAAGCUUGGAAUUGCUGAUUUAUACACUUUGAACUAUAGAAGACUCAGUUUUAACAGAUUCUUUGGAUGGGUUUUGAACAGUUUCACACUUGGUGUCCUGAAGGGACUGCCUACAAGUUGCCAACUGCCCAUCUUGACUGCCUAAAAUUCUUUUCAAUAGCUAGAAUAAUAUGCCAGAACUCAAAUCUGAGCAUCUUUUGCUUAGUCUAGGAGUCUAAGGUUAAACCUGUAGACUGAGCUAAUAGCUAUUUUCUUUUCUUUUUUUAAGAGUUGAAUUGCUUUGGGCUUUUAAAAAUCUGAGUUCCAAUUUUAUGGUUAUCUGUCGUGACUUUCUACAAUGAAUUGAAAAAGAAAUGAUAAAGGUUUUUCUUUUCUAGAUAUCAAUGAAUGUGCAAUAUUUGGCAUCUGCUCCCAACUUUGUAUCAAUGUGAAAGGAUCAUACAAAUGUACUUGUGAAAAAAAUUAUAAGGAAAGAAACAGCAGCUGCAUUGCAAAAGGUAAGAUGACAAAACAAUUUGAAUAUACUAGUUGACAUAUUGGACAUGAUCCUUUCCCACAAAAGUCCACAGUGCUCAUGAGCAAAUGAAUCCCUGUACAACUCAACAGAGAAUUCCUUCUCUUCUCCCCAUCCCUACCCCCCACUCCCCCCAUGCAUAUGCAUAUGGAAACAGUGCAUCAGGACAGUCUAGUCAAUGGGAAGUCUCUGCAACCUCCAAUAUCCUUACCAAGCCCUCCCAGUUCUGCAUAUCUCAAGUUGCUUAAAACCUGGCUCCAUACUGAAUGAUUGGCUUGUGCGAGGUGUACAUCCUAUUCUGCAGUCCAAGUGCAUUGCUUUCAUGUGUUGCUAUUUAUAUCUCUGAUACGUGCCAAAAAGAAUAACACCCUAAGUGAAGAGAUAAUUACAGCUUUGUGCUUGCAUCUCUUACGCUUGAAAAGAGAGGCAUUUAUGGAAACAGCUUUUUCUCAGUAUCAUAUUCCAGAUUGAAAAGCCUUGAACUGUUGCUACCGAAGUGCAGAAUGCCAAGUCACAUAAUAUGCAAUUUAAGAAGAGAUAAACUUCCACCUCAGAAGUACACUGUGGUUGAUAGCCUCAAAAGUCAUUGAUACAGCAAGGACACCACCUUCUCUGUCUCACCAUUCUAUACUGAGACUCAGGCUUCCACAGGAGCACCAGUCGUAUUAACUGGGAACUCUCCAAGAUCAUUUAAGAACUGAUCAGCUUCCACAAAUCUCUGGAAGUGGGCCAUCAUAAUGUGCCUAAUACCUCCACAGAGAGAAGUAGCCACAGUAAGACAAAAAUCACCUGAAAAUGGUCUGACCAUGAAAAGAGUGUGAAUAUACUUUCCUCUAAGACAAACACUUGUUUUGUAUGUAGGGCUAGUAAUGUACUGGGAAAUACCCAUGGUUGUCACAGUGGUCAUGAAAUUCUUAGCCAGCUGUGAUAAGGCAGUUUUGGCUUGAAUGUUGAAGUCCCACAUAACAAUAAUCCUGGGGAGGUUACUCAAUAUACCUACAUAUGAGACACUUGUUGCUAAAAUUAGAUUAUAUUUUAUUUGUAGGAAGGCCAUAUGUUUAUAGGGUUUCAUUCCACACUACACUUACCUCUGGAAUUAUUUUGAAACUGCCCCAUUGACUUCAGUGGGGUUUAAAAGUAUCCAAAGCUAAGUGGGGUGUGGAUGGCAACAGGAGUAUCCAAAUAAAUAUGAAAAUUUAACAUACAUGAAGCACAUUACUUCUUAGUAGUUGAAAUUUACUUUAUUUUUGUAUUUCAUUACAAUAAUCUCCAGGCUCUGAAGAUCAAGUUCUCUACAUUGCUAAUGACACUGAUAUCCUGGGUUUUGUAUAUCCAUUCAACUACAGUGAUGUUCAUCAACAGAUUGCACACAUUGAACAUAAUUCAAGAAUAA